GCAAAAAAACAAAACUACACUGUCGAGACCGUGUAGUUUUGUUUUUAUGAUUAGAGGCUCUACAAUUCUCAUGCUGGGAUUGUCUAAAAAAAUCUUACUCUGGAUAAGGACGUCGUUCAAGAAGAUUUCGUUGGGCUUAGCCCACUCUUACAGGCACUGUGAGAGAUCAGAGUGCCUGUAAAGAUGACGACAAAAGCACCAACAUUUACGCAGCCGUUACAAAGUGUUGUGGCACUGGAGGGUAGUGCCGCAACCUUUGAGGCUCAUAUUAGUGGUUUCCCAGUUCCUGAGGUGAGCUGGUAUCGGGAUGGCCAGGUUCUCUCUGCUGCAACUCUGCCAGGUGUGCAGAUCUCGUUUAGUGAUGGCCGCGCUAAACUGGUGAUCCCCACCGUGACAGAAGCAAACAGUGGAAGAUAUACCGUACAAGCCACCAAUGGAUCUGGGCAAGCGACUAGUACUGCUGAGCUACUUGUCACAGCUGGAACAGCACCACCAAACUUCUCACAACGACUACAGAGCAUGACUGCAAGGCAGGGAAGUCAAGUUCGACUUGACGUGAGAGUGACUGGAAUCCCUACACCUGUGGUGAAGUUCUAUCGGGAUGGAGUAGAAAUCCAAAGCUCCCCCGAUUUUCAAAUUUUACAAGAAGGAGACCUUUACAGCUUAAUAAUUGCAGAAGCAUAUCCUGAAGACUCCGGCACCUAUUCAGUAAAUGCCACAAAUAAUGUGGGACGUGCUACUUCAACAGCUGAAUUGCUAAUUCAAGGUGAGGAAGAAGCCGUUCCUGCUAAAAAGACAAAGACAAUUGUUUCGACUGCUCAGAUUUCGCAAACAAGACAAGCCAGAAUUGAAAAGAAGAUUGAAGCUCACUUUGACGCCAAAUCACUUACAAGUGUUGAAAUGGUCAUAGAAGGUGCAACAGCCCAACAGCUCCCACACAAAGCACCUCCACGAAUGCCUCCUAGACCUACAUCAAAAUCACCAACCCCACCAAUAAUUGCUGCAAAAGCACAAAUGGCACGACAGCAAUCACCAUCACCUGUUAGACAAUCACCAUCACCUGUAAGACAUGUCAGAGCACCAACACCCUCACCAGUAAGGUCAGUUUCUCCUGCUGGAAGAAUCUCCACCUCACCUAUCAGACCAGUGAAAUCUCCAUCUCCAAUCCGUAAAACACAUGUAGUGACAACAGCUGGGGCUGAAGUCCUUCCUCCUUGGAAGCAGGAAGGAUAUGCUGCAACCACAGAAGCCCAGAUGAAGGAAACAAGAGUAUCUACAAGCAGUACUCAAAUAAGAACUGAAGAAAGAUGGGAGGGGAGAUACGGAGUCCAAGAACAAUUUACCAUUAGUGGUGCUGCUGCUGGUGAGGUUGCGGCUGGUGCUAGAGAGGUAAAAAAGGACAGUGAAAAAACAGCAGCUGUUGCUACGGUUGUUGCUGCUGUGGACCAAGCCAUGGUGAGAGAACCAGCUCCAGAUGUUGUAGAGCAAACUGCUAAAAGGACAGCAAUGACUGCAGUCCACGUUCAACCUGUUCAGGAGCAGAUGAAAAAGGAGGCAACAGUAGUAAUUACCAGUGAUAAAGCCGCAAAACAAACAGUAAUAUCGAGAACUAGAGAAGGAAUUGUUACUUCACAAGAACAAAGGCACAUCUCUCCUGAAAAGGUAAGAAAAGAACCAGAGAAAAGUCCAGUACCCACAAUAGUAAUUGCCACAGACAAAGCCAAAGAACAAGAAAGAAUAACGAGAGCUAGAGAAGAAAUAUCUACUAGACAUGAGGAAGUGCACAUUGCUCAUGAAAAGAUAAGAAAGGAAGAUAUGAAACCUUCUGUACCUAAGGUAGUAAUUACCACUGAGAAACCUAAACCACCAGUCAUAAUAUCAAAAAGUAAAGAAGGAGUUGCUACCAAACAAGAACAAGUGAGCAUAACCCACGAAAAGAUUAAAAAGGAAGCUAAGAAAACUACUGUAGUUCCGAAAAUAAUUGCUACUGAUAAAACCAAAGCACCAGUCACAGUGUCCAGAACUAGAGAAGAAAUUACAGCCAAGCAAGAACAAAUUCAUCUAGCUUAUGACCAGACUGAAGCUGGAAAAAGGGCUGAAGCUGUAGCUACAGUUGUUGCAGCAGUGGAUCAAGCACGUGUUCGAUCACCCUGGGAACCAGAACAAGCAGGUGAAGCUUAUGUAAAGCAGAAAACUUUGGAAUAUGGCUAUAAAGAGCACACUGUUGCUGAGGCCCCAGCAGAACGUCAUGUUGUCACUAAAGAAGUUAAAACUAUCUAUGUUCCUCCUGAGAAACCUAUCUCAGCUGCUGAAAAGAAGGAAGUUCAUAUAUCAACAGAGAUAAAAAGAGCAACAGAAACGAAGACUGAGAAAACAAUUCAUGUUGAACACCCACGACCCCGCACAGCAAGUCCUCACUUCACAGUCUCCAAAAUUGCUGUUCCUAAACCAGAUCAUACAUAUGAGGUUUCAAUAGCUGGAUCUGCCAUGGCUACUCUGGAAAAAGAGUUAUCAGCUACUUCUGCUGCGCAAAAGAUCACCAAGCCCGUGAAACCACCUCAGCUAAAGCCACAUGAAGUCAGGAUAAAAGCAGAGCCAGUUGCCCCUCCACAGUUUCCCUUUGGAGAGGCGGCUGAGACCUAUAAAAGUCGUUAUGAUACUGAGACUAAAAAAGAGGCAGGUGUAAGCAUUAAAGGUGAAGCAGUGCGGGAAGAACACUUGGUCUUGCGUAAGGAAGGUGAAGCAAAGGUGACAGAAACUGCCAGAGUUCCUGUGCCUGCAGAAAUCCCUGCUACUCCACCCACCUUAGUCUCAGGCCUCAAAAAUAAGACUGUGACUGAAGGUGAGUCUGUCACCCUGGAGUGCCAUAUCUCUGGUCAUCCUCAGCCUACUGUGACAUGGUACAGGGAAGACUAUAAGAUUGAGAGCUCAAUGGACUUCCAGAUCACUUUCAAAGCAGGGCUUGCUCGCCUUUUGAUUCGUGAAGCCUUUGCAGAAGACAGUGGAAGAUUUACCUGCACUGCUACCAAUAAGGCUGGGAGUGUCAGCACAUCUUGCCACCUGUAUGUGAAAGUUUCAGAAGAAAUUGAGACUCGAGAAACCGUUUCUGAGAAGGCUGUUACAGAAGAGAAACGCUAUGUGGAGACAAAGGACAUCGUAAUGGAAGAUGUCUCUGCUGCAGCAGAGGAAGUAUUGGGAGAACCCGUACCUCCUUUCUUCAUAAGAAAACCUGUAGUACAUAAAUUAAUUGAAGGUGGGAGCAUUAUUUUUGAAUGCCAAGUAGGGGGCAACCCAAAGCCACAUGUCUACUGGAAAAAAGGUGGAGUUCCUCUAACGACUGGCUACAGGUACAAAGUGAGUUACAAAAGAGAAACCGGGGAAUGCAAACUUGAAAUUUCCAUGACUUUUGCCGACGAUGCCGGAGAAUACACUAUUGUUGUUCGUAAUAAACAUGGAGAAGCUUCUGCAACGGUCUCCUUACUAGAAGAAGCUGAUUAUGAAGCCUACAUAAAAUCGCAACAAGAAAUGAUGUACCAAACUCAGGUGACUGCAUAUGUACAGGAACCUAAAGUGGCUGAGGUAGCCCCAGCUAUUUCAUAUGGUGACUUUGAAAAAGAAUAUGAAAAAGAACAAGCCCUAAUUAGGAAGAAAAUGGCAAAAGAUACAGUGAUGGUCAGAACUUUUGUAGAAGAUGAGGAAUUCCAUAUUUCUUCUUUUGAAGAAAGGCUAAUCAAGGAAAUUGAACUCAGAAUUAUUAAGACCACCUUAGACGAACUUCUUGAAGAAGAUGGAGAGGAGAUGAUGGUUGAUAUUUCUGAAUCUGAAGCUGUAGAAGCAGGAUUUGAUUUAAGACUAAAGAAUUACAGAACCUUUGAGGGGACAGGAGUUACUUUCCAUUGCAAGACGACUGGAUAUCCAUCGCCAAAGAUUGCAUGGUACAAAGACGGUAAGCGCAUAAGGCAUGGAGAGCGCUACCACAUGGAAGUCCUGCAAGAUGGUAGUGCCAGUCUGCGUUUGCCUGUUGUUUUACCUGAAGAUGAAGGAAUUUAUACUGUCUUUGCCAGUAAUAUGAAAGGAAAUGCCAUUUGCUCAGCAAAACUCUACGUUGAACCAGUUGCACCCACAGCAACUCCAGGCUAUAUGCCAGGCCCAGAAGUUAUGAGAAGAUAUAGGUCUAUUUCUCCACGCUCUCCAAGCCGGUCUCCUGCCCGUAGUUCUCCUUCUCGUUCUCCUGCCCGCAGAUUAGAAGAAACUGAUGAAGGACAACUAGAGAGACUAUAUAAACCAGUUUUUGUGCUGAAACCUACGUCAUUUAAAUGCUCACAGGGGCAGACAGCAAGAUUUGACUUAAAAGUUGUUGGCAGGCCUAUGCCAGAGACCUACUGGUUCCACAAUGGUCAACAAGUGGUUAAUGACUACACCCAUAAAAUAGUGAUUAAAGAAGAUGGCACCCAGUCAUUGAUCAUUGUUCCUGCUAUGCCUGAUGAUUCUGGAGAAUGGGCUGUAAUUGCUCAAAACAGGGCAGGCAAAGCUUCAGUUUCAAUGACACUGACAGUGGAAGCUAAGGAAGACCUAGUCAGACCACGCUUUGUGGAAAGGCUGAAGAAUGUUAGCGUAAAGGAGGGCUCAAGACUGGAGAUGGCAGUGAAAGCUACUGGUAAUCCUAAUCCUGACAUUGUAUGGCUGAAGAACAGUGACAUCAUUGUACCUCAUAAAUACCCCAAAAUAAAGAUUGAGGGAACCAAAGGGGCAGCUGCCCUUAAAAUUGAAUCUACUGCCAGGCAAGAUGCUGCAUGGUAUACGGCUACUGCUAUCAAUAAGGCUGGGCGGGACACUACUCGGUGCAAAGUAAAUGUUGAAGUUGAACAUGCAGAACCUGAACCAGAAAGGAGAUUAAUCAUUCCAAAAGGAACUUACAAAGCCAAGGAGAUUGCAGCACCAGAGUUAGAGCCUCUCCAUUUGCGUUAUGGUCAAGAGCAAUGGGAGGAAGGAGACCUCUAUGACAAAGAAAAACAACAGAAACCAUUUUUUAAGAAGAAGCUCACAUCUUUAAGGCUCAGGCAAUUUGGCCCAGCUCACUUUGAGUGCAGGCUUACACCAAUUGGUGACCCAACCAUGGUCGUGGAGUGGUUGCAUGAUGGCAAACCCUUGGAAGCAGCUAACAGACUCCGCAUGAUCAAUGAGUUUGGGUACUGUAGCCUGGACUAUGGAGUAGCCUAUUCCAGAGAUAGUGGAGUGAUCACUUGCAGGGCAACUAACAAAUAUGGUACAGACCAUACAUCUGCUACCCUGAUCGUGAAAGAUGAGAAAAGCCUUGUGGAAGAAUCCCAGUUGCCAGAAGGCAGAAGGGGACUGCAGCGAAUUGAAGAGUUAGAAAGAAUGGCCCAUGAGGGUGCUCUUCCUGCAGUUGCAGUGGACCAAAAGGAAAAACAAAAACCAGAAAUUGUUUUGGUUCCUGAACCUGCAAGAGUCCUAGAAGGUGAAACAGCACGAUUCCGCUGCCGUGUGACUGGCUAUCCUUUGCCCAAGGUUAACUGGUACCUCAAUGGACAGUUGAUCCGUAAGAGCAAAAGGUUUAGACUCCGUUAUGAUGGAAUCUACUACCUGGAUAUUGUGGACUGCAAAUCGUAUGACACAGGAGAAGUGAAAGUCACUGCAGAGAAUCCAGAAGGAUUUAUUGAACAUAAGGUGAGACUAGAGAUCCAGCAAAGGGAAGACUUCAGAUCUGUUCUUCGUCGUGCUCCUGAACCCAGACAUGAGCCUGUAGUGACAGAGCCUGGAAAACUUCUGUUUGAGGUACAGAAGGUAGACAAACCUGCAGAGGCAACAACCAAAGAAGUGGUGAAACUGAAAAGGGCUGAAAGAAUCACUCAUGAGAAGCUUUCAGAGGAAUCUGAAGAGCUGCGUAGUAAAUUCAAGCGUAGGACAGAAGAAGGUUAUUAUGAAGCCAUCACUGCUGUGGAACUUAAGUCUCGCAAAAAAGAUGAAUCAUAUGAAGAAAUGUUAAAAAAGACAAAAGAAGAACUUCUUCACUGGACCAAAGAGAUCCCAGAGGAAGAAAAGAAAGCACUUCCUCCUGAAGGCAAAAUCACCAUUCCAACAUUCAAACCAGAGAAGGUUGAGCUUAGUCCAAGCAUGGAGGCUCCCAAGAUAUUUGAACGAAUUCAAAGCCAGACUGUAGCCCAGGGGACAGACGCACACUUCCGUGUGAGAGUCGUGGGAAAACCAGACCCUGAAUGCCAAUGGUUCAAAAAUGGUGUGCAAAUUGAAAGGAGUGAUCGUGUGUAUUGGUACUGGCCUGAAGAUAAUGUUUGUGAAUUAGUCAUCAGAGAUGUGACUUCUGAUGAUUCUGCCAGCAUCAUGGUGAAAGCAGUCAAUAUAGCUGGUGAAACUUCUAGCCAUGCUUUCCUGUUAGUACAAGCCAAGCAGUUAAUCAGCUUCACCCAGAAGUUACAAGAUAUUGUUGCUAAAGAGAGGGACUCCAUGGCAACAUUUGAAUGUGAGACAUCAGAACCCUUUGUCAAAGUGAAAUGGUUUAAGGAUGGAAUUGAGAUUCAUUCAGGAGACAAAUACAGGAUGCACUCGGACAGAAAGGCUCAUUUUCUUUCUGUACUAGCAAUUGAAAUGUCUGAUGCUGAUGACUACAGCUGUGCACUGAUAGAAGACGAAUCCAUAAAAACUACCGCAAAGCUUACUGUUGAAGGUGCUGUGAUUGAGUUUAUUAAAGAACUUGAGGAUGUUGAAGUACCAGAAUCCUUCUCAGGUGAACUUGAGUGCGAGGUUUCCCCAGAAGAUGUGGAGGGGAAAUGGUAUCAUGGUGAUGUUGAACUCACUUCUAACCAUAAAUAUGUGAUUGCAUCCCGCCGUGGUCGCCAAAUCCUCACUAUUAAAGAUGUUAAUAAAGAUGAUCAAGGAGAGUAUAGCUUUGUUGUUGAUGGCAAAAGGACUCACUGCACACUGAAGAUGAAGCCUCGUCCCAUGGUUAUUCUUCAAGGACUUACUGAUCAAAAAGUCUGUGAGGGAGAUAUUGUACAACUUGAAGUUAAAGUCUCCCUAGAAAAUGUGGAAGGUGUCUGGAUGAAAGAUGGUCAUGAAAUUCAAUCAAGUGAUCGUAUUCACAUUGUGUUGGAUAAACAGUCACACAUGUUGCUAAUAGAAGAUGCAACAAAGGAAGAUAGUGGAACUUACUCUUUUAGUGUUCCUGGUCUUGGCCUGUCAACCACUGGACGGAUCACAGUGUACAGUGUGGAAAUAGUGGUGCCUCUAAAAGAUGUUCAUGUAGUUGAAGGAACAAAAGCUAUUCUUGAAUGCAAAGUUUCAGCACCUGAUGUGUCUUCCUCCAAAUGGUACCUAAAUGAUCAUCACAUAAAACCUGAUGAACGUGUACAAGCUGUAUGUAAAGGCACUAAACAGAGGCUAGUGCUUACCAGAACCCAUGCAUCAGAUGAAGGACGUUAUAAGCUAAUGGUUGGCAAAGUUGAAACAAGUUGCAAUGUCACAGUUGAAGAAAUUCAGAUUAUUAGAGGUCUUCAUGACAUCACCUGCACUGAAACACAGAAUGUGUCUUUUGAGGUCGAGCUCUCCCAUUCAGGGAUUGACGUAAUUUGGCAUUUCAAAGGCCAAGAGAUCAAGGCUGGUCCUAAAUAUAAAAUCGAAGCACAUGGAAAAAUAUAUAAAUUGACAGUAGUGAAGAUGAUGAAAGAUGAUGAAGGAAAAUAUGUAUUUUAUGCUGGAGAGAAGAAAACAUCUGGAAAGCUUAUAGUAGCAGGUGGUGCCAUUUCAAAGCCUCUCACUGACCUGACUGUGGCUGAGUCCCAGAGGGCUGUUUUUGAAUGUGAGGUGGCAAAUCCUGAAUCAGACGGCCAGUGGCUAAAAAACGGUAGACCAUUACCUAUGACAGAUCAGUAUCGUGCUGAAUCUGAUGGUGUGAAGAGAAGGCUCAAUAUCCCUGCCACAAAACUGGAUGAUAUGGGUGAAUAUAGCUAUGAAAUAGCAAGCUCAAAGACAUCUGCUAAAUUGAAGGUCGAAGCGGUUAAGAUAAAGAAGACACUAAAAAACUUGACUGUGACAGAAACACAGGAGGCAGUUUUCAGUGUAGAACUGACCCACCCUGAUGUGAAAGGAGCUCUGUGGAUUAAAAAUGGUGUUGAACUUGAAUCAAAUGACAAAUAUGAAAUUUCAGUGAAAGGAACUGUUCAUACACUGAAAAUCAAACACUGUGUUGUCACUGAUGAGUCUGUUUAUAGCUUUAAGCUUGGAAAGAUAGGAGCAAAUGCCAGACUUCAUGUGGAAACUGUCAAGGUCAUCAAAAAGCCAAAGGAUGUGACUGCUUUGGAAAAUGCUGUUGUUUCCUUUGAACUGAGUGUAUCCCAUGAUACUGUACCAGUCCGAUGGUUCCACAAAAAUGUUGAGCUUAAACAAAGUGAUAAAUACAAGAUGAUCUCUCAAAGGAAAGUUCACAAACUUAUGCUGCAUAACAUAUCUCCUGCUGAUGCUGGGGAAUACACAGCUCUUGUUGGGCAAAUUGAGUGUAAAGCAAAACUGUUUGUGGAAACCAUACACAUCACAAAGACCAUGAAAAAUAUUGAGAUCCCUGAGACCAAAACCGCCUCUUUUCAAUGUGAAGUUUCUCAUUUCAAUGUGCCUGCUGUCUGGUUGAAAAAUGGUGUGGAGAUUGAAAUGAGUGAAAAGUUCAAAAUAGUGGUCCAGGGGAAACUCCAUCAGCUCAAUAUCAUGAACACGAGCAGUGAAGAUUCUGCAGAAUACACAUUUGUCUGUGGAAAUGACAGAGUCAGUGCAACUCUGACUGUAAAACCCAUCCUAAUUACCUCCAUGCUAAAAGACAUCAACGCUGAAGAGAAAGAUACAAUAACAUUUGAAGUUACUGUUAACUAUGAAGGUAUCUCAUAUAAAUGGCUAAAGAAUGGGGUAGAAAUAAAAUCGACUGAUAAAUGCCAGAUACGAACAAAGAAGCUCACACACUCCCUCUCCAUAAGGAAUGUACAUUUUGGUGAUGCUGCAGAAUACACUUUUGUUGCUGGAAAAGCAGCUUCAUCAGCCACUUUAUAUGUGGAAGCUCGUCACAUUGAAUUUAGGAAGCAUAUUAAAGACAUCAAGGUUGUGGAGAAGAAGAGGGCUAUUUUUGAAUGUGAAAUUUCAGAACCUGACAUUCAGGUCCAGUGGAUGAAGGAUGGACAAGAACUCCAGAUAGGUGACAGGAUGAAAAUUCAGAGAGAGAAAUAUGUCCAUCGUCUCAUUAUUCCCUCCACAAGAAUGUCUGACGCUGGUCGGUACACUGUAGUAGCAGGUGGAAACACAUCCAGCGCCAAUUUGAUAGUGGAAGGUCGUGACAUUCGUAUCAGAAGUGUCCGUAAAGAUAUCCAGGUCAUUCAGAGACAAAGAGCUGAAAUUGAGUUUGAAGUCAAUGAAGAUGACAUUGAACCACAGUGGUACAAGGAUGGUAUUGAGAUCAACUUCCAAUAUGAGGAAAGAUACAGUUAUGUGGUGGAAAGAAGAGUUCAUCGAAUGACCAUCUUUGAAGCCACUUAUUCUGAUGCUGGAGAAUAUACUUUUGUUGCAGGACGGAAUAGGAGUUCUGUUGUUCUCUAUGUGAAUGCUCCAGAACCACCCCAGAUUAUUCAGGAGCUAGAGCCAACCACUGUGGAGUCUGGCAAACCUGCCCGCUUCUGUGCUAUGAUAUCAGGAAAACCCCAGCCCAAAAUUUCCUGGUACAAAGAUGAUCAACAGCUUUCUCCAGGUUUCAAGUGCAAAUUUCUUCAUGAUGCACAAGAAUAUACUCUUUUGCUGAUUGAAACUUUCCCUGAAGAUGCAGCAGUGUACACCUGUGAAGCAAAAAAUGACUACGGAGUUGCUACAACUUCAGCUUCACUUUCGGUGGAAAUCCCAGAAGUGGUUUCUCCUGAACUAGAAGUGCCAGUGUAUCCACCUGCUGUCAUAAUACCCCUACGUGAUGCUGUUACAUCUGAGGGACAGUCUGCUCGUUUUCAGUGCAGAGUUACAGGGACAGAUCUGAAAGUUUCUUGGUACAGCAAGGAGAGAGAGAUCAAGCCAUCACGUUUUUUUAGAAUGACUCAGUUUGAAGACACUUACCAGCUGGAGAUUGCUGAAGCUUAUCCAGAGGAUGAAGGAAUCUAUACUUUUGUGGCUAGUAAUUCUGUAGGCCAAGUGACAAGCACUGCUACUUUGAAGUUAGAAGCUCCUGAACAAAUUAUUCAUAAGAAGCUGGAGGAAGAGAUUGAAAUGGAAGUGAAAGUUGCACCGAUCCUGAGGAGAAGGCUCGAAUCUCUGGAGGUGGCUGUAAAUCAUGUGGCCAAGUUUACCUGUGAGGUAGAGACUGCUCCUAAUGUCAGGUUCCAGUGGUACAAAGCCGGCCGAGAGAUAUAUGAUGGGGACAAAUACUCCAUUCGCACUUCCAACUACCUCUCCACACUGGAGAUCCUGAGGCCUCAGGUUGUUGACUAUGGAGAGUAUAGCUGUAAGGCUUCCAACCAGCAUGGCAGUGUAAGCUCUACAGCCCUUUUAACAGUAACGGAAGCAUUUCCACCAACGUUUCUUACCAGACCUGAAUCUAUCACUACUUUUGUGGGCAAAAGUGCCAAGUUCCUGUGUACUGUUUCGGGCACUCCAGUCAUUGAUGUCACCUGGCAGAAAGACGGCAUGACCAUUUCACCUUCGGACCACCACAAGAUCUCCAAAGUGGAAAAUAAACAUGUGUUAGAAAUCUUCCUUCUCACCACCAGUGACAGAGGGGUUUACACUUGCAAAGCUUCCAACAAGUUUGGGGCUGACAUUUGCCAGGCUGAAAUGGUCAUUAUAGACAAGCCCCACUUCAUUAAAGUUUUGCAGUCAGUGCAGUCAGCAGUCAAUAAAAAAAUACGUCUUGAAUGUCAGGUAGAUGAAGACAGGAAAGUAACAGUAGGUUGGACAAAGGAUGGAAGCAAAAUUCCUCCAGGCAAAGAUUAUAAGAUUUACUUUGAAGACAAAAUAGCCUCUCUUGAGAUUCCUUUGGCUAAGCUCAAGGAUUCAGGCCAUUAUGUGUGCACUGCCUCAAACGAGGCGGGAAGCAGCUCCUCUUCUGCCAGCGUCACAGUCAGAGAACCACCAUCAUUUGUGAAGAAGGUCGAUCCAUCUUAUUUACUAACCCCAGGUGACUCUGCACGCCUUCAAUGCAAAAUCAAAGGGUCUCCUGAAAUCCAGGUUACUUGGUUCAAGAACAAUAAGGAAAUCCAUGAAAGCAAUACACACAGGAUGUCCUUUGCCAAUUCUGUGGCUGUGUUAGAUAUUUUGGAGAUGAAAGUUGAUGACAGUGGGAGCUACUCAUGUGAAGCUGUAAACGAGGUUGGAAGUGACAGCUGCACGACCGAAGUAGUUGUCAAAGAGCCUCCGUCUUUCAUCCGAACACUUGAACCAGCAGAGGUAGUGAAGGGAACAAACACCAUUCUUCAAUGUGAGGUUGCUGGCACUGGACCAUUUGAGAUUAGCUGGUACAAAGACAAGAAACAGAUUCGCAGUAGUAAAAAAUACAGGUUGACCUCUCAGAAAGCUGUUAUUUCUCUGGAGGUGUCCUCAUUUAAUAGUGCUGAUGUCGGUGAAUAUGAGUGUGUGAUAGCUAAUGAAGUCGGGAAGUGCAUAUGCAGUGCAACAUACAUCUUGAAAGAACCACCAUCUUUUGUUAAGAAAAUUGAAAAUGUGACAGCUCUGGCUGGAGAUAGUAUUACGUUACAGGCUGUGGUGAAACGGUCAGAGCCUAUUUCUGUGAUGUGGAUGAAGGGCAAAGACAUUAUUCAAGAUGAUAACAAAGUGAGAGUGACAUUUGAACAUGGUCUAGCAACACUGCAAAUUACCGGUGUCCAGCUGAGCUCUGGUGGCAAAUACACCUGCGUAGCUGAGAAUGAUGCAGGAAGUCAGUCCUGCUUUGGUGAACUAGUAGUGAAAGAACCUGCCAAAAUCAUUGAAAAAUCUGAAAUGAUCCAGGUUACAGCAGGGGAGCCAGCCAUUUUGGAGUACACUGUCACAGGCACUCCAGAGCUAAAAACCAAAUGGUACAAAGAUGGAAGGCCACUACCUACCAGCAAAAAAUAUAGGAUCAGCUUCAAAAAUAACAUUGCCCAGCUCAAAUUUUAUGCCACUGAAAUGCAGGACAGUGGCGAAUACACCUUUGAGAUAUCCAAUGAUGUGGGCAUCAGCUCUUGUACUACCAGCUUCACCGUGCUAGAUCGCACUCUCCCUCCCUUCUUUACUAAACCAUUGAAGAAUAUUGACAGCAUCAUUGGCACCUCAUGCCGCCUAGACUGCAAAGUUUCAGGCUCUCUUCCAAUGAUGAUUUCUUGGUUUAAGCAGGACACUGAGAUCACUUCAAGUGCCAAGUACACAGUACACUUCACAGAAGGCUCUGCAUCUUUGGAAAUAAAACACCUAGAUGCAACUGAUGCUGGGGUCUACAUUUGCAGAGCCACAAACAGUGCUGGUAGCAAAGACAGCAGUAGCACUUUGUUUAUAAAAGAACCACCCAGCUUCACUGUAGAACCAGAGUCCCAGGAUGUACUGCCUGCAUCAACUGUACGUUUCAAAGGCACAUUUAAAGGCACAACACCACUGACGGUGAAAUGGUUUAAAGGUGAUACUGAGCUGGUGACAGGAGGAGCCUGCUACAUUAUGACAGAAGCAUUAGCAAGCUACUUGGAGCUUUACGCAGUCAAACCAACAGACUCAGGAAAAUACACCUGCAAAGUCUCCAAUAUAGCUGGCUCAGUAACAUGCAGUGCAAACUUGUUUGUAAAAGAACCUGCUGCCUUCAAGGAGAAGCUAGAGCCAACCCAUCUGGUAAAGAAAGGUGGAUAUGCUGAGCUGACCUGUGAAGUCACCGGUACUCCUGAGAUUAAAAUCACAUGGUUCAAGGAUGAUAGAGAGCUAAAAGAGAGUGACAAAUACAGGAUGUCUUUUGCAAAAUCCUUGGCAAUACUCCAUCUUACAGAGGUUGAGACAGAAGACAGUGGGGAGUACGUUUGUGAGGCCAAAAAUGAUGCUGGAAGAGACAUUUGCAGUAGCGUUGUUACAAUCAAAGAGUCACCUUGUUUUAGCAAGGAGUUUCAAUCCAUGGAAGUCUUGAAGGAUUCUGAUGUGGUUUUGGAGUGCGAGGUGCUCGGCACACCUCCCUUUGAAGUGUUUUGGGUGAAAGAUGAUAAACCCGUGCGGAGCAGUAAGAAGCACAGAAUAAGCAUUGAGAAAUCUUUGAUUAGCCUCCAUGUUUUCAGGUUUGAUGCUUCUGAUGUUGGCGAGUAUCAGUGUAGAGUAACAAAUGAUGUUGGGAGCUGCCUCUGCAGUUCGGAGGUGACACUGAAAGAGCCCCCACAGUUCUUGAAGAGGAUAGAAAAUAUUAGCUCCCUUCGAGGGGGCACAGUUGUGUUUCAGGCUGCUGUUAAAGGCUCCUUGCCCAUCACUGUGUCCUGGCUGAAAGACAAUGAUGAAGUUAUUGAAGACAACAAUAUCAAAAUGACCUUUGUGAACAAUAUUGCCACUCUUCUGGUGAGGUCUAUUGAACUGAAACAUGAUGGGAAAUAUUUCUGUCAGGCUAAAAAUGAGGCGGGAAUUCAGAGGUGUUCUGCUCUGCUGACUGUCAAAGAACCUGCUACAAUCGUGGACAAGGCUGUGUCAAUAGAUGUGACUGAGGGAGACCCAGCAACCUUGCAGUGUAAAUUUUCAGGAACAAAAGAUAUUACAGCCAAAUGGUUCAAAGAUGGCAAGGAACUGACAUUAGGCCCAAAAUAUAAGAUCAGUGUUACAGAUACUGUCUCAGUCCUAAAGGUGCUUCAUGCAGAAAAGAAAGAUAGUGGGGAAUACGUUUUUGAGGUUCAAAAUGACGUUGGGAGCAGUAGCUGUUCUGCCAGCAUUAAUGUCCUAGAUCUCAUUAUACCACCCAAAUUCACCAAAAAGCUCAAGAAAAUGGACAGCAUUAAGGGGUCUUUUGUCCACCUGGAGUGCAUAGUGUCUGGUUCACAUCCUAUAAGUAUCCAGUGGUACAAGGACGGCCAAGAAAUAACAGCAAGUGAAAAGCACAAAUACUCUUUCCAUGAUAAUACUGCAUUUCUAGAAAUCAAUAAACUGGAAGGCACAGACAGUGGCUCUUACACCUGUGAAGCAACAAAUAAGGCAGGAAGCAACCAAUGCAGCGGGUUCUUAACAGUCAAAGAACCGCCAUAUUUUGUGGAAAAACCCCAGUCCCAGGAGGUUGUGCCCAAUGCUAGGGUUCAGUUCAAAGCACUGGUGAAAGGCUCUACUCCUCUGCAGAUAAAGUGGUUUAAAGACAGCCAGGAGCUCCUCUCUGGAGCCAAUCGAUCUGUCUGGAAAGAUGACACGUCUAGUGUACUGGAGCUCUUCUCAGCUAGGACAUCUGACUCUGGGAACUACACUUGUCAGAUAAGCAAUGAUGUGGGGACCGCAACUUGCAAAGCAGCUCUGUUUGUAAAAGAGCCCCCCAGAUUUAUUCAGAUGCCAACUUCUGUAGUAGCUUUGCGUGAAGGACAGUCUACUGCUUUCGAGUGCCAGGUAGUAGGCACACCAGAGAUUCAUGUCACAUGGUACCUGGAUGGGAAUGAAGUGACUGACCAAGCUAAGUACGGCAUCUCCUUCAUAGAUGGUUUAGCCACUUUGAAAGUCACUCAAGCCAGAGUGUCAGACAGUGGGAUUUAUGUCUGUGAAGCCCACAAUGAUGCAGGUAGUGAAAGCUGCAGCGUCGAGCUGAAAGUAAAAGAGCCUCCAACAUUUGUUCGGGAGCUGAGACCCACCGAGGUAGUGAAAGGUUUGGAGGCCAUACUUGAGUGUGAGGUGACUGGUACUCCUCCAUUUGAGGUGAAGUGGCUGAAGAACAAUAAGGAGAUGUUCAGCAGCAAGAAAUAUGCCAUCUCCACCAAAGAAUCAGUAUUUACUCUUAAUGUGACUAACUGUGAUGUCUCAGAUGUUGGUGAAUAUCAGUGUAUUGUAUCAAAUGAAGGUGGGAGCUGUUCUUGCAGCACAAGGCUCAGCUUAAAAGAACCACCAUCCUUCAUCAAGAAGCUGGAGAAUGUCACUAGCAUUUUGAAAGGUACUGCAUUGUUCCAGUGUGUCAUAGCAGGCGCUCAACCCUUAUCUGUGUCAUGGAUAAAAGAUGAGAAGAUACUAGAAGAUGAUGAGCACCACCGUAUCACCUUUGAGAACAGCGUGGCCACACUGAAACUUACCAAUGUUGAUCUCAGCCACAGAGGGAGAUACACCUGCCAGGCAAAGAAUGAGUCUGGCAUGGAGAAGUGUUUUGCUUUGCUUUUUGUACAAGAGCCUGCACGGAUCUUAGAAAAGGCCAAAUCACUUAAAGUCACUGAAAGAGACCCCGUGACUUUGGAGUGUGCUGUGGCUGGGACACCAGAGCUCCGAAUAAAAUGGUACAAAGAUGGCAAACAACUCCUGCCCAGUAGAUACUACACAAUGAGCUUUGAAAACAAUGUGGCCAGUUUCAGGAUUGAACCAGUCUCAAAGGAGGACAGUGGUACCUACAGUUUUAAGGUUGAAAAUGACUUUGGAAGUAGCACCUGUGAAGCUGUUCUGACUGUGCUAGAUCAAUCAAUUCCUCCUGCAUUUAUCAAAAAGCUAACCAAAAAGGAUACCAUUCUGGGAUCUUCUAUCCAAAUGGAGUGCAAAGUUUCUGGGUCACUCCCCAUUACUGCAAAAUGGUCUAAGGAUGGAAAAGAGAUAACUGACAGUGCAAAAUAUAGAAGCCUGUGCCAUGAGAACACUGUGUCACUUGAGAUUGCUAAUCUAGAGCUGUCAGACAGUGCAAAUUACACAUGCAGUGUCUCUAAUGUUGCUGGGAAUGAUUCUUGCAGUGCUGUCCUGACUGUGAAAGAGCCACCAAGCUUCUUAGUAAAACCUGAAAGCCAGCAAGCUGUCCCAGAUUCCACAGUGGAGUUUAAGGCAACACUAAAAGGAACACCACCCUUUACAGUAAAGUGGUUCAAAGAAGACUUAGAACUUGUCUCUGGUCCAACUUGUUUCAUUGGGAUUGAAGGGUCAACUGGGUUUUUAACCCUCUAUUCAGUGGAUGCUUCUAGGAGUGGACACUACACUUGCCAUGUUUCAAAUGACGUUGGCAGUGACUCUUGCACUACAACAUUGAUGGUAACAGAACCACCCAAGUUUGCUAAGAAGCUAGAGGCAGCAAAAGUAGUCAAGCAGGGUGACUCAGCCCGGCUUGAGUGCAAAGUAAGCGGAUCCCCAGAGAUGAAAGUAGUGUGGUUCAGAAAUGACCAUGAAAUUGUUGCCAGUGAAAAAUUCCGUACUUCAUUCAUUGACUCUGUGGCCAUGCUUGAAAUGAAUCAUCUCAGUACUGAUGACAGCGGUGACUACAUCUGUGAAGCUCACAACCCUGCCGGCAAGGCCAGCUGUAGCACCAAAGUCACAGUGAAAGAACCUCCUGUCUUUAGCAGGAAACCCUCUCCAGUAGACAUGCUCAAAGGAACUGAGGUUAGCCUGGAAUGUGAAAUUUCAGGAACACCACCAUUUGACAUUACCUGGUACAAAGACAGGAGACAAAUCCGCAGCAGUAAGAAGUAUAAGGUUACAGCCAAAAACUACCAUACAAGCGUUCGCAUUCUUAAUGUUGAAGCUGCAGAUGUUGGUGAAUAUCAGUGCAAAGCACAGAAUGACGUGGGAAGUGACACCUGUUUUUGCACUGUGAAGUUGAAAGAACCACCAAAAUUCUUGACUAAAAUAAACAGCAUGACUGUUGUGGUUGGUGAACCAGUAGAGUUACAAGCAAGAGUGGAGGGCUCCCAGCCGAUUUCUGUGCAGUGGCUUAAAGACAAAGAGGAAAUCAUUAGAGAAAGUGAAAACACGAAGAUCACAUUUAUGGAAAAUAUUGCAACUUUACAACUUAUGCGUACAGAGACAAGCAAUGCUGGAAAAUACAUCUGUCAGAUCAGAAAUGAUGCUGGAAGUCGCGAGUGCAUGGCUACCUUAACUGUUCUAGAGCCUGCAGUCAUUGUAGAGAAAGCAGAGCCAAUGAGAGUUACUAUAGGAGAUGCCUGUACUUUGGAGUGCAAAGUGGCAGGCACACCAGAGCUUUCCACUGGCUGGUUCAAGGAUGGCAAAGAGCUGACCAGCAGCCAAAAAUACAGAAUUACUUUCUUCAAUAAAGUAUCUACACUUAAAAUUAUGGAUGCAGAAAAGGAAGAUGGUGGAUUGUACACUUUUGCAGUGCAGAACGACGUGGGGAAAAGCAGUUGCACAGCAUCUGUUGAUGUUUUAGAUCGAGUCAUUCCUCCUUCUUUCACAAGAAAACUAAAGGAAACCCCUUGUGUCCUGGGUUCCUCCGCAUUGCUGGAAUGCAAAGUGUUGGGUUCACCUCCUAUUUCUAUUGCCUGGUUCCGAAAUGGACUUAAGUUAGUCAAUGGGGAAAAACAUCAAAUCUCCUUUUCAGACAACCUAUGUAUUUUAGAAGUGAAUUCACUGAGCGACUCAGAUACUGGAACUUACACCUGCAAAGCUACCAACAUAGCUGGUUCAGAUGAAUGCAGUGCUGUAUUGACCGUAAAAGAACCACCUUCUUUUGAGAGGACACCAGAGCCUCUGGAUGUCUUGCCAGGCACAAGCAUCACUUUUACAUGUGUUAUCAGAGGAACCCCUCCUUUUAAGGUGAACUGGUUUAAAGGGGCCAAUGAGCUUGUGCCAGGGGACAAAUGCAAUAUCUACUUGGAGGACACCGUCAUGGAGCUUGAGUUAUUUGAUGUAACUCCUCUCCAAAGUGGAGAGUACACUUGUCUAGUGACUAAUGAUGCUGGCAGGGCAAAUUGUACAACACACCUUACAGUAAAAGAGCCAGCUGUCUUUGUGAAGAAACUGAGCGAUCAGUAUGUGGAGCCUGGCAAGCCCAUCAUCCUGGAAGGCACUUACACAGGCAGCCUGCCCAUUUCUGUGACAUGGAAGAAGAAUGGCCACACCAUCACUCAAUCUCAGAAGUGUAGCAUCACCACCACAGAGAAAUCUUGCAUCCUGGAAAUACUUGAUAGCACCAAAGAAGAUGCAGGAGAAUACACUUGCCAUGUUGAAAAUGAGGCAGGAAGAGAUGUUUGUGAGGCUGUAGUCGCUACCCUAGAACCUCCCUAUUUUGUUACACACUUGGAACCUCUUGAGGUGUCAGUUGGGGAUUAUACAACAUUGCAAUGCCGCAUUGCUGGAACACCAGAAAUCACUGUCUCUUGGUACAAAGGUGAUACAAAACUCAGGUCUACUCCUGAGUACAAAGUGUACUUUAAAGACAACAUUGCUACACUUAUUUUCAACAAAGUGGUUAGCAACGACAGUGGAGAAUAUAUCUGCAAGGCAGAAAACAGUGUAGGAACUGCAUCUACAAAGGCUCUCUUAACAGUUCAAGAGCGCAAACGACCACCUUCCUUUGCGAGAAAAUUAAAGGACAUCGAGCACCCUGUUGGUUUACCCCUUAAAUUUAUGUGUCGGCUCAAUGGCUCAGAACCCAUUACUGUGACUUGGCAUAAAGAUGGUGUGCUGCUAAGUGAUGACCACAACGUGCACACAUCCUUUGUCGAUAAUGUUGCAGUGCUGCAACUGGUGCGAACUGAGAUGAAUCAUACUGGGCAGUACUCCUGCACAGCCACCAAUGCUGUGGGCACAGCCACCUCAAGUGCUAGGCUCACAGUGGCAGAACCCAAGCAAGCACCUGUCUUUGACACCAAACCAGAAUCUAUUGAUGUGCCUUUUGGAGAAAGUGCUGACUUUGAAUGCCAUGUUACUGGAGCCCAGCCAAUACACAUUACCUGGUCCAAGGAUGGUCGGGAGAUCCGAACUGGAGGAAACUUCAAUAUUACAUUUGUAGCCAACACAGCUCACCUUCGAGUGCUCAGAGUGGGUAAAGGAGACUCUGGCCAAUAUACCUGCCAAGCUAGUAAUGAAGCUGGGAAAGACUUUUGCUCAGCCCAACUUGGUGUCAAAGAACCUCCCAAGUUCAUCAAGAAGCCUGAAGCUUUACGGUUUGUGAAGCAGGGGGACACAGUUCAACUUGAAUGUAAAAUCAGUGGCACACCAGAGAUCAGAACCAUGUGGUACAAAAAUGAUCAGGCACUCCAGGCAAGCGAGAAGCUCCACAUGUCCUUUGUAGACUCCAUGGCGACGUUAACCAUCUUGGGCGCCAAAACUGAAGAUGCCGGCGAUUACAUAUGUGAAGCCCAUAACUCCGCUGGCACAGCCAGCUGCAGCACUUCUGUUGCAGUGAAAGAACCACCUGUUUUUAGCAAGGUGCCAAGUCCUGUGGACACACUUAAAGGCUCAGAUGUUAUCCUCCAGUGUGAGAUAGCAGGCACUCCACCAUUUGAGGUGGCUUGGUUCAAGGACCGGAGGCAGGUCAGGAGCAGCAAGAAGUUCAAGGUGACAGCAAAGCACUCUGUUGCCAGUCUUCAUAUUCUCAGUCUGGAAUCUCAAGAUACUGGAGAAUAUCAAUGCAAAGCUAUGAAUGAGGUGGGAAGCGACACUUGCACCUGCCCGGUGAAAUUCAAAGAACCCCCACGCUUUGCCAAGAAGCUGAGUGACACUGCAAUCUUCAUCGGGGAGCCAACAGCCCUGCAGGCAGUUGUGGAAGGAUCCCCACCAAUUUCUGUUGUCUGGCUCAAGGACAAGGGUGAAGUUAUUAGGGAGAGUGAAAAUGUCCAAAUGUGGUUUAUGGACAACAUUGCAACUCUUGAGAUUGCCAGUGCAGAGGGAGCUGAUGUUGGGAAAUACAUCUGCCAGAUCAAAAAUGAUGCUGGUAUGCGGGAGUGCUCUGCCUUUUUACAAGUCCUAGAACCAGCAGUCAUCUUGGAGAAGACUGAGCCAAUCACAGUAAUGGCUGGCAAUCCUUUUACCUUGGAGUGCAAAGUAGGAGGAACACCUGAACUUAUCACCAAGUGGUACAAAGAUGGCAGAGAACUAAGGAGCGACCGCAAAUACCAAAUUACCUUUUUCAACAAUAUAUCCACUUUGAAAGUCUUUUCUGCAGACAGGGGAGACAGGGGCUUGUAUACUUUUGAGGUGCAUAAUGAGGUGGGGGAAAGCAGCUGCACUUCUUCAGUUGAUGUCUCAGAUCGUCUUGUUCCUCCUUCAUUCUCAAGAAAACUAAAGGAAACAAACGGGGUUCUGGGAUCAUCAGUGCUUCUGGAGUGCAAAGUGUCUGGCACAUCCCCCAUAUCUGUGGCCUGGUUUCAGGAUGGGAAUGAGAUUGUUAGUGGAGAAAAAUAUGAAAUCUCAUUCUUGGAUAAUGUUUGUGCUUUGAAGCUGAAUGCCCUGGAUGUCACAGAUACAGGGCCAUACACUUGUGUGGCAGCCAAUGUGGCUGGAUCUGAUGAAUGCAGUGCGUUCCUGACAGUACAAGAACCACCUUCUUUUGUGAAGAUACCUGAUCCCCAGGAAGUUUUGCCUGGAUCAAGUGUGACAUUCACCAGCUACAUCAAGGGCAGUACUCCCUUCAAAGUGACCUGGUUCCGAGGCAUCAGGGAGCUGAUGCCAGACAGCAACUGCUCCAUCUCUCUGGAUGAGUCUGUGGCACACCUGCAGCUGUACAAUGUGGAGCCAGGCCACAGCGGGGACUAUGCCUGUGUGGUCACAAAUGAUGCUGGCAGUGCCUCAUGCACAACCCAACUCUUUGUGAAAGAGCCUGCAGUCUUUAUGAAGAAAUUAAGUGAUUUCAGUGUGGAGCAGGGGAAGUCCAUUGUGCUGGAAAGCAGCUACAUAGGCACCCCUCCCAUCUCUGUCACCUGGAAAAGAAAUGGCACGCCCAUUGCUCAGUCUCCGCGCUGCAGUGUUACGACUACUGACAAAUCUGGCAUUCUUGAAAUUUUCAACAGCACCAAGAGCGAUGAAGGCGAAUACACCUGUGAGGUGGCAAAUGAGGCGGGUAGGGAUGUUUGCCGCAGCCUUGUAUCCAUCUUAGAACCACCCUAUUUUGUCACACACCUGGACCGCGUGGAGGUGAAGGUUGGCGAGCCCGUGAUCUUAAAAUGCCAGAUUGGUGGUGCACCAGAAAUCAAAGUGUCCUGGUACAAAGAUGACACCAAGCUCAGAUCAACACAGGCUUACAAAAUGCACUUCAAGAAUAAUGUGGCAACACUGGCGUUCUCCACCGUGGAGGACAGUGACAUCGGAGAAUAUAUCUGCAAAGCAGAAAAUAGCGUUGGCUUCGCCACCUCCACAGCUUUGCUUGUUGUUAAAGAACGUCAACUUCCCCCUACAUUUGCCAGAAAACUGAAAGAUAUUCAGGAGGUGGUUGGUGCCCCAGUGACAUUUGAUUGCCGCAUAAAUGGCUCAGAGCCUAUCCAAGUGUCUUGGUACAAGGAUGGGGUUCUCUUAAGCGACAGUGAUAACAUGCAGUCAGCCUUCUUAAAUAAUGUUGCGACUCUUCAGAUCUUGCAAACUAAUAUGGCUUACUGUGGCCAAUACACUUGCUCAGCCCAAAAUGCUCUGGGGACUGCAUCUUCCAGCGCCAAACUUCUCCUCACAGAACAUCUACAACCUCCUUUCUUUGACAUCAAGCCAGUAUCUAUCGAUGUGGCACUAGGAGAAAGUGCAACCUUUAAGUGCCACAUGACUGGCUCUGCUCCCAUGAGGAUUAGUUGGACCAGAGACAACAGAGAGAUCCGGCCAGGUGGCAACUACAAGAUGACGCUUGUGGAAAACACGGCCAGCUUGACAGUCCUAAAAGUCGGUAAAGGGGAUGCUGGACUCUACACAUGUACUGCCAGCAAUAGUGUUGGAAAGGACGCAUGCACAGCUCAGCUGGCUGUACAAGAACCACCAAGGUUUAUUAAGAAACUAGACUCCUCAAGACUUGUGAAACAGCAUGAUUCCACUAAGUAUGAAUGCAAAAUAGGGGGAUCUCCAGAAAUCAAAGUCACCUGGUACAAAGGUGAAACCAAGAUCCAUCCCAGUGAGAAAUACAGAAUGUCCUUUGUGGAUUCGGUGGCAGUCAUUGAAAUGGACAGCCUCAGUAUUGAAGACAGUGGUGACUACACUUGUGAAGCUCAGAACCCAGCGGGUACUGCAAGCACCAGUACCUCACUGAAAGUAAAAGCACCUCCCAUUUUUACCAAGAAGCCCCAUCCAGUCCAGACCUUAAAAGGGUCAGAUGUUCACCUGGAAUGUGAGCUUCAGGGCACUCCUCCAUUCCAGAUUUCUUGGUAUAAAGACAAACGAGAAAUUCGGAGCAGCAAGAAGUAUAAGGUCAUGUCCGAGAAUUACCUAGCUAGUAUUCACAUUCUUAGCGUGGAUACUGCAGAUGUUGGUGAAUAUCACUGUAAAGCUGUAAAUGAUGUGGGAAGUGACUCCUGUAUUGGCUCUGUAACACUAAGAGCACCACCAACCUUUGUAAAGAAGCUGAGUGAUCUCACUGUCGUAGUUGGAGAGUCGAUUGAACUGCAGGCUGCAGUAAAAGGAUCACAGCCCAUUUCUGUCCUGUGGUUAAAAGACAAAGGAGAAAUCAUUAGAGAAAGCGAUAAUCUUUGGAUCUCCUACUCAGAAAACAUUGCAACUAUGAGGAUUGGAAACGCAGAACCAGCCAAUGCAGGGAAAUACGUUUGUCAGAUAAAAAAUGAUGCUGGAGUUCAGGAAUGCUUUGCCACACUGACAGUGCUAGAACCUGCAGUCAUUGUAGAGAAGCCAGGUCCAGUCAAAGUUACAGCUGGAGACUCUUGUACUCUGGAAUGCACAGUAGACGGCACACCAGAGCUUACUGCUAGGUGGCUUAAGGAUGGGAAUGAACUGUCCACUGACCAUAAAUAUAAAAUCAGUUUCUUCAAUAAAGUGUCUGGGCUUAAGAUCCUCAAUGCAGGACUAGAAGACAGUGGAGAAUAUACUUUUGAGGUGAAAAACAGUGUUGGUAAAAGCAGCUGCACAGCUUCAGUGCAUGUUUCAGAUCGUAUUAUACCUCCUUCUUUCACAAGAAAACUGAAAGAAACAUAUGGUCAGCUGGGUUCUUCUGCUGUACUGGAGUGUAAAGUUUAUGGGUCACCACCUAUUCUGGUUUCCUGGUUUCAUGAUGGGCAGGAGAUUACUAGUGGAGACAAGUAUCAGGCUACCCUUACAGACAAUACCUGUUCUCUGAAAGUGAAUGGACUUCAGGAAUCUGAUAUGGGAACUUAUCUGUGCACAGCUACUAAUGUAGCUGGGUCUGACGAAUGCAGCGCAUUCUUGAGCGUUAGAGAGCCACCAUCUUUUGUGAAGAAACCCGAACCACUGAAUGUUUUAUCUGGGGCAAACAUAACCUUUACAAGCAUCAUAAAAGGCUCCUCUCCAUUGGAAGUUAAAUGGUUUAGAGGUAGUGUUGAGCUAGUACCAGGACACAGAUGCAAUAUCACCUUGCAAGAUUCAAUUGCAGAACUGGAGCUGUUUGAUGUACACCCACUUCAGAGUGGAGACUACACCUGCCAGGUCUCUAAUGAGGCAGGGAAAAUUUCUUGCACAACACAUCUUUUUGUCAAAGAACCAGCCAAAUUUGUGAAGAAGGUUAAUGAUUUAAGUGUUGAGAAAGGAAAAAAUUUAAUCUUGGAAUGCACAUAUACGGGUACUCCACCAAUUUCAGUGACAUGGAAGAAAAAUGGAGUAAAAAUAAUGCACUCUGAAAAGUGUAGCAUCACCACUACAGAAACGUCUGCCAUACUGGAAAUCCCUAGCAGCAAACUAGAAGAUCAGGGGCAAUAUUCUUGUCAUAUUGAAAAUGAUUCUGGACAAGAUAAUUGUCAUGGUGCAAUCACAAUACUAGAACCACCUUACUUCAUUACACCUUUGGAGCCAGUGCAGGUUACUGUUGGGGAUUCUGCAUCCUUACAGUGCCAAGUUGCUGGAACACCAGAAAUGAUUGUAUCAUGGUACAAAGGUGAUACAAAGCUGAGAGGAAGUGCUACUGUGAAAAUGCAUUUUAAGAACCAAGUUGCCACUCUAGUUUUCAGCCAGGUAGACAGCAGUGACAGUGGGGAGUACAUCUGCAAAGUAGAAAACACUGUUGGGGAAGCUGCUUCAUCAUCUUUGCUGACAGUUCAAGAGCGUAAACUUCCUCCUUGUUUUACACGAAAAUUAAGAGAUGUUCAUGAAACUGUUGGCUUACCAGUUACAUUUGACUGCGGCAUUGCUGGUUCAGAACCUAUUGAAGUAUCUUGGUUUAAAGACGGUGUACGUGUAAAAGAGGACUAUAAUGUUCACACAUCCUUCGUAGACAAUGUAGCGACUCUCCGUAUUUUGAAGACAGAUAGGAGCCUUAUUGGGCAAUAUACCUGCACAGCCACCAAUGCAAUUGGGACUGCUUCUUCUAGUGGCAGGCUUGUCCUUACAGAGGGGAAGACUCCUCCGUUCUUUGAUAUCCCAAUUACACCUGUGGAUGGUAUUAUUGGAGAAAGUGCUGACUUUGAGUGUCACAUUUCUGGAACACAGCCUAUUAGAGUCACUUGGGCAAAAGAUAACCAAGAGAUUAGAACAGGACGAAACUACCAGAUCAGUUAUGUAGACAACACAGCCCACUUGACCAUCUUGAGAGUUGACAGGGGAGACUCUGGAAAGUAUACAUGCUAUGCUAGCAAUGAAGUUGGAAAGGACUCUUGCACAGCUCAGCUGACUGUUAAAGAACGAAAAACUCCACCUACUUUUACUAAGAAACUGUCUGAAGCAGUAGAAGAAACAGAAGGGAAUGAACUUAAACUUGAGGGCCGUGUUUCUGGCUCUCAGCCUUUGACUGUUGCUUGGUAUAAAAACAACCAGGAAGUUCAUUCAAGCCCUCACUGUGAAAUAUCUUUCAAAAAUAAUACCUUACUUUUGCAUAUAAAGAAUGUAGAGCAAUCAGAUGCUGGUUUAUAUACCUGUAAAGUGUCCAAUGAAGCAGGAAGUGUGUUGUGUACGGCUUCUGUUGUUAUCAGAGAACCUAAAAAGCCUCCAGUUUUUGACCAGCCUCUUCAGCCAGCAGCAGCAGCAGAAGGUGAUACCCUUCAGCUCAGCUGCCACGUUCAAGGAUCGCAGCCAAUCCGGAUUCAGUGGCUGAAGGCAGGGAGAGAAAUAAGAGCUUCAGACAGAUGCAACUUCAGCUUUGCUAAUGGAGUAGCUCUUCUGGAACUUGCUGCAGUUAACAAAUCCGAUUCAGGAGAAUAUGUAUGCAAAGCUUCAAAUGCAGCUGGCACUGAUACUUGCAAAUCUAAAGUGACAGUUAAAGAAAAACCAGCAGUUGCACCAGUAGCUAAGAAAGCAGAAUUGGAAGGAAAACUUUAUUUUGUGUCAGAGCCUCAGAGUAUCAAAGUUAUGGAAAAAACUGUUGCAACAUUUAUUGCAAAAGUUGGAGGAGACCCAAUUCCAAAUGUUAAAUGGAUGAAGGGAAAAUGGAGGCAACUCAACCAGGGAGGUCGCAUUAUAAUCCAGCAGAGGGGAGAUGAAGCAAAACUAGUAAUAAAGGAUGCAAUAAAAACUGAUUCUGGCAUGUACAAAUGUGUAGCUUUUAACCAACAUGGUGAAAUUGAGAGGAGUGUAAACCUACAAGUUGAAGAAAGAAAGAAAGAAGUUGUUGAAGGGGAUCUCAGGGCAAAACUAAAAAGCACUCCCACAAAAAGGAAGGAAGAAGAGGAAGAGCAACCCAUUGAUAUCUUGGAACUUCUCAAAAAUGUAGAUCCCAAAGAAUAUGAGAAAUAUGCUCGCAUGUAUGGAAUUACAGAUUUCCGUGGCCUUCUGCAAGCCUUUGAGUUACUAAAGCAAACCCAAGCAGAAGAAAGCCAUAGAUUGGAAAUUGAGCUUACAGAAAAAGCUCGAAGAGAAGAUCAGGAGUUUGAUGAACUUGUAGCUUUUAUUCAGCAACGACUCUCACAGACAGAGCCUAUUACUCUGAUCAGAGACAUUGAAAAUCAGAUGGUUUUAACGGAUGAGGAUGCUAUCUUUGAAUGUGAGAUUAAAAUUAACUAUCCGGAAAUUAAACUUUCAUGGUAUAAAGGAACCCAGAAACUGGAUUCCAAUGACAAAUACGAAAUUACAAUUGAUGGUGAUCGCCACAUACUGAGAAUCAGGAACUGCCAACUUGAAGAUCAGGGAAAUUUCAGAAUAGUGUGUGGACCACAUAUUGCCAGUGCCAGGCUAACUGUGAUUGAACCUGCAGUUGAACGGCAUCUUCAUGACACCACUUUCAAGGAAGGAAACACAUGCACGCUGUCUUGUCAGUUCUCUAUCCCAAAUGCCAAGUCUCAGUGGUAUAGAAAUGGGAGACCCGUUAAGAUAGGAGGGAGAUACUCAACACAAAUCUCUGACAAAGUACACAAACUCAUCAUCAAGGAUGUUAGAACAGAAGACCAGGGACAGUAUACCUGCAAGCUUGACAAUCUAGAAACAACUGCAGAUCUGGCCAUUGAAGCGGAACCAAUUCAGUUCACAAAGAGCAUACAGAACAUUGUAGUGAGUGAACACCAGUCUGCAACCUUUGAGUGUGAGGUGUCUUUUGAUGAUGCAGUUGUGACAUGGUAUAAAGGCCCCACUGAACUGAAAGAGAGCCCCAAGUACAGCUUCAGAAGUGAAGGUCGCUGUCAUUAUAUGACUAUUCACAAUGUUACUGCAGAAGAUGAAGGUGUAUAUUCUGUAAUUGCUCGUCUUGAACCAAGAGGAGAAGCAAGAAGCACUGCAGAGCUCUAUCUGGUAACCAAAGAAAUCAAACUGGAGUUGAAGCCACCAGAUGUUCCUGAUGCCAAGGUUGCAGUUCCACCUCAAAAACCAGCUGAAGCUGCCCCUAUUCCUAUUCUUCUGCCUCUUGUUCCACCACCAGAGGAGAAAAAGCCAGCAGAAAAAAAGGUUCCAGUAAAGAAAGUCUCCAAAAAGGUGGUUAAAAAAGGUCCUGAAGAAGCUCUACCACCUAAAGUUCCUGAGGUGCUGCCAGAGAAGCCCAAAGAGAUCAAAAUAGCAUCCAUGGCAAGGAGAGAAGAGAUUCAUGAAGAAAAGAAGGAAAUAUAUGAAAAGCCUAGAGAAACUUAUGAAGAAUGGGAAGAAGACUAUGGAGAAGACCAUGAGUAUUAUGUCAAGGAAGAAGGCUAUGAUGAAGGCGAAGAGGAAUGGGAAGAAGCUUAUGAGAAAAGAGAAGUGACUUAUGAAGAAAAACGAGUCAUUCAUGAGGAAGUGGUUGAAGUUCCUAAGAAGCCUGUGCCUGAGCGAAAACCACCAGCAGUUACAGCUGAAAAGAAGGAAAAGAAAGAAGUAACAGUUCGUAAAGUUGUCAAGAAACCUGUUGAUGAAAAAGUGGAGAUAAUCACUCAGAGGGCUGCAGAAGAAAAAGUCAAACGGGCUGAGGUUACCAAGAAAGUUCUACCACCAAAACCUACACCAGUGAUCAUUGAGGAAAAAGUUAUGAGAAAGGAAGUACCGACAGUAGAAACAUGGACUGUUUCAGAAGAAAAGAUGUCGGUUUCUGUCCACAGAGAAGAAGAGUAUUCAUAUGUCACAGAGCCAACAGAGCAUGAGAAAACAGUUGAAGAAAGAUUCUUUGAAGCUGUUUACCCAAUUGAAGCACAUGAAGAAGUUGAAGAGGAAGAGGAGGAAGAAGAAGUCAUUUCUACAGAACUGGAGAUCCCUCAUGUUGAAGUGCCUGAGAUACCAGUGAGGCAUGUUCCAGAAGAAAGAAAGCCUGUUCCUGUCCCUAAAAAAGAAGCUCCACCAGCUAAAGUGCCUGAAGUCCCUACGAAACCUGUUCCAGAAAAGAAAGUUGCUGUUGCUAAAAAGGACGUGGCUCCCCCAGCAAAAGUUCCUGAAGUGCCUAAAAGGACUGUGCCUGAAGAAAAAGUACACGUUCCUGUUCCCAAAGAACCACCACGUGCCAAAGUGCCAGAGGUGCCUAAGAGAGCUCCCCCAGAGAAAAAAAUUGCUGUUCCUAAAAGAGAGGAAAUUCCAUUACCUACAGAGCCAGAAGUACCUAAAAAACCAGCUCCUGAAGAAAAAAUACCACAUGUUCCUAAAGUAGAAGAAGCUCCACCUGCAAAAGUUCCUAAGAAACCUAUCCCUAAAGAAAAAGUAUCUCCUGCUGUUCCUAAAAAAAUGGAGGCUCCUCCAGCUAAAGUGCCUGAAGUGCAGAAGAAAGCUGCUUUUGAAGAAAGAGUACAUAUCACAGAAGAAAGAAUAUCUGUUGCCAUUCCAGAGGAAAUCCCACUACCUGAAGAACCUUCAGUUGAAGAAUGGGCUGAAGAAGAAAUGGAGGAAGUGUCUAUUUCCAUUCACAGAAAAGAGAUCUCUGAAGUGUCUGAAGAAGAGUCUUACUACAUAGAGGAGAGGGUAACUGUUCCUAAAAGAGAGGAAGUCCCACCCACUAAAGUGCCUGAGAAACAUAGGAGAGUUGCUCCUGAACCAAAAGUUCCAGCUGCCCUGAAGGAAGCUCCAGGAGUUAAAGUUCCUGAAGUUCAUAAGAAAACAGUUCCUAAAGAGAAGGUACCUGUCCCUGUGCCUAAAAAAAUGGAGGCUCCAUCAGCAAGAGAACCUGCAGAAGAAUGGGUGCCCACUUUUGAGAUAGAAGUUGAAGAACGUCCAUCAACCAAAGUGACUGAAGCGCACAGAAAAAUCAUCACAGAAGAAAAAGUUGCAGUUGCUAAAAAAGAGGAGGCUCCACCAAAAAGAGUGCCCGAAGUACGCAAGACAGUUGUCCGAAAAGAAAAAGUGUAUGUUGAAGUUCCUCAGUAUGAAGAGGAAGAAGAGAUUCCAAAAUACGAAGAGGAAGAAGCCACCAGAUAUGAGAAGGAAGUAAUCCAUUACAAAGAAGUCCACCAUUAUGAAGAAGUUAGUCAUUAUGAGGAUGAAGUUCCUCAGUAUGAAGAAGUUCCUCAAUAUGAAGAGGAAGAAGUCACCAGUUAUGAAGAAGAAGCAGCUUAUUAUGAAGAGGAAGUUCCUGAAUAUGAGGAGGAAGAGUCAGAAGUUCCCCAGUAUGAAGAGGAGGCUCCCUCACCAGUUAGAGUUCCUGAGGUUCCCAGGAAGCCUGUUCCAGAGGAAAAAAUACCUGUUCUGAAGAAAAAAGAAGCUCCUCCAGCAAAAGUGCCUGAGGUGCCAAAGAAACCUGUACCUGAAAGGAAAGUCCAAGUGCCGAAGAAGGAAGCUCCCCCAGCUAAAGUUCCAGAAGUGCCAAAGAAACCUGUGCCAGAAGAGAAAGUUCCUGUUCCUGUACCAAAAAAGAAGGAACUUCCGCCAGCCAAAGUGCCUGAAGUAACAAAGAAACCUGUGCCAGAAGAGAAGGUACUUGUUCCAGUGCCUAAAAAAGUGGAAGAACCUCCACCAGCCAAAGUGCCUGAAGUGCCCAAGAAAGUUCCAGAAAAGAAAGUACCAGUCUCUGUACAUAAAAAGCCAGAACCUCCACCAGACAAAGUUUCUGAUGUUGUGUUGAAGUUUUCUACAAUUAAAUAUACUAUCUUUGAAGUGCCAGACAUACCAAGACCUCCUCCUGAAGAAGUACCUGGUUUUGUUCCUGAAGAAGAAGAGGAGGAAGAGGAAACUGUGCCAGAGAUACCAGCAAAAGUGCCAGAGGUGCCCAAGAGAGCUGUCCCAGAAGAAAAAGUACCUGUUGCAGUUCCUAAAGUAAAGAAAAUUCCACCAGCUAAAGUGCCUGAGGUGGCCAAGAAAGUUGUGCCUGAAGAAAAGGUUCCUGUUUUUGUUCCUGAGGAAGAAGAGGAGACUAUUCCAGAGGAAACUAUACUAGCCAAAGUUUUUAAAACAUGUUUGCAAAAUAAUAUCUUUAAAGAGCCAGAGAUUCCUAAGAAACCUGUCCCAAAAGAAAAAAUACCUGUACCCACUCCCGAGAAACUGGAGCUUCCUCCAGCAAAAGUGCCUGAAAUACCUAAGAAACCUGUUCCUGAAGAGAAAGAACCUGUUCCUAAAAAGGUGCCAGCUCCACCAGCCAAAGAAAUCCAUGUCUUUAAAGUCCCUGAGGUGCGUAAAAAGGCUGUUGCAGAAGAGAAAGUGCCAGCUGUUGUGCCUAAACCCAAAGAACCAACACCAACUAAAGUGCCAGAAGUAUCCAAGAAACUUGUCUGGAAAGAAAAAAUCCCUACUCCUGCUCCUGUGGUGGAGAAGUAUGAAUAUGCAUAUGAAGAGUACGAGAAGUACGAGACAUACGAAAGUAUUGAAGAGUUUGAGAAGGUUCAGGAAACUGAAGAAAUUGAGGCAUAUGAGGAACCUGAAGAACCUGAGAGAUAUAAGGAGAUUCAGGAACAGGAAUAUGAAGAGGAGGCUGAGGAGAAAGAAGAUGUCUAUGAAAAGUAUGAGUUUAAGGAGAAGGAAGAGACCUAUGAGAAAUAUGAGGAGAUAUAUGAGGAGGCUUACGAAAUCGAACCAGCUAUAGUGCCUGAGGUGCCUAAAAGACCCCUACCAGAAGAAAAAGUACCUGUUCCUGUUCCUAAAAAAGAAGCUCCUCCAGCUAAAGCGCCAGCAGUGCUGAAGAAACCUGUUCCAAAAGAAAAAGUACUUCCUGGUGUUCCUAAGAAGGAAAUUACUCCACCAGCUAAAGGAAGUCCUAAAAGUAAAUUGUAUCUUAAAGGGCCAGCUAUUCUCAAAAGAACUGUCCCUGAAGAAAAGAAACCUGCACAUACACCUGAAAUAGACGUUCCACCAAUGAAAGAGCCUGAAGUUUACGGGGAAGUUCCAGAAGAAGAAAAGGUCCCUAUUAUUAUUCCUAGUGAACCAGAAGCUCCAGCAGCUAAAGUUCCUGAAGUUCCAAAGAAAACUGUCCGCAAAGAAAGAAUACCUGCUGCUCUACCUAAAGAGGAAGCUUCACACCAUAAAGUACAUGACGUUUAUGAGGAGAUGCACAUAGAAGAAGAAAUUUCUACGGUUCAUAUAAAAGAGGAGACUCCAGCACCUAGAGUGCCCACAGUCAUUAAGAAAGCUGUUCCAGAAGAAAAAGUGCCUAUCAUUGUGCCUAAAGAACCAGAACCUACUCCUGUGCUUAAAAGAUCAGAGUCUCCACCAUCUAAAGUCACAAAAUUAAAAUCAGUAAAUAUCUUUCAAGUGCCUGAAUUGCCCAAGAUAACUAUUCCUGAAGAGAAACCUGUCCGUCUGCCUAAAAAGCCAGAAGCUCCACCUGCCAAAGUGCCAGAGGUGCCCCAGAAAAUUCCAGAAGAGAAAGUACCCAUUGCUGUGCUUAGAAAACCGGAACCACCUCCAGUCAAAGUGCCUGAAGCACCCAAGGAAAUAGUUGUAGAAGAGAAAAUCAAAGUUGCUGUGCCUAAAAAGCCUGAAGUACCACCAGCUAAAGUGCCAGAAGUGCCCAAGAAAGUGCCAGAUGAGAAAAUACCGGUUGCUGAGCCUAAAAAACCAGCAGUUCCACCAGCUAAAGUGCCUGAGGUACCAAAGAAGGUGGUCCCAGAAGAGGUUUCAGUUAAAGUACCAAAGAAACCAGAACCUGCACCAACUAAAGCACCUGAGAUGCCCAAGAAAGUGGUAUCAGAAGAAAAAGUGCACAUACAAGUUCCUAAAAAACCAGAACGUCCACCUCCUAAAGAACCUGAGGUGCCGAAGAAAGUUGUUCCAGAAAAGAAAAUACCUGUGUCUAAAAUACCAGAACCUGAGGUUGUGCCUAAAGAACCAGAACCUGUCGUUGUCCCAGAACCAGAGGCUGCACCUGAAGAACCAGAACCUCUACCAGAGAAAGCACCAGAACCUGAAAAGAAGAUCCCCGAAAAGCGAAAACCACGACCACCUUCUCCACCAAAAGAAGAUAUUAAAUUGGCAAAAGAACUACUUAAAGCUCCUGAAUCAAGGAAGAAAGUUGUGACUGCAAAACCUGGUGAACCUCCAAAAUUGGAACCCCCUCCUGCUAAAGUGCCUGGACUUGUGAAGAAACCUCGCAGAGUAAUUCCUGAAGUUACUCCUCCACCAAAAGAAGAAGUUGUUUUGAAAAGAGUUCUUAAAAAGAAAUCAGAAGAGGAAGAACCUAAACCAGAAAAAGAACCUAAACCAGAAGUUAAACCAGUACCUACACCAGUGGAGAAAAUUAAGAAACCUGAAGUCCCAGAAGUUCCUAAGAAGAAAAUUGAGAUACCUGUAAUAAAAAAAGAAGAGAAACAUGUGCCUGAACCACCAAAAGAACCUAAGCAAGCAACUAUCCCACUUCCUGGGCCUGAACCUAAACCUGUGGUCGCUCUAAAAUCUCCAAAACCAGCAGCAGAACCAGCACCAGCUGUUACUACUCCAGUGACAGUCCCAGUGGUUGGAAAGAAAGCAGAGGCCAAGCCACCAAAAGAAGAAACCCCGAAGGGUAUCAGUCCAGUCAAAGCCAAGAAGACACCUUCACCAGCAGAUGCAGAAAGAAGGAAACUCAGGCCAGGCAGUGGAGGUGAAAAACCUCCUGAAGAGCCUCCAUUCACUUACCAACUCAAAGCUGUACCACUGAAGUUUGUCAAGGAGAUGAAAGAUAUAGUGCUAACAGAAGCUGAAUCUGUUGGGUCUUCUGCAAUCUUUGAAGUCCUUAUUUCACCAUCCACUGCAAUUACCAGCUGGAUGAAAGACGGAAGUAACAUCCGAGAGAGCCCAAAACACAAGUUUAUUGCUGAUGGCAAAGACAGGAAGCUGCAUAUUAUUGAUGUUCAACUGUCAGAUGCUGGUGAAUAUACUUGUGUAUUACGACUGGGGAACAAAGAGAAGACCUCUACAGCCAAACUCAUUGUUGAAGCACUCCCAGUGCGGUUUGUGAAAACUCUUGAAGAAGAAGUUACUGUGGUUAAAGGCCAGCCACUGUACUUGACAUGUGAGCUUAACAAAGAAAGAAGUGUCGUCUGGAGGAAGGAUGGGAAGAUCAUCAAAGAUAAACCUGGGAAAUUUGCUCUGGGCAUUAUUGGUUUGUCACAUUCCCUCACGAUCAUUGAUUCAGAUGAUGCUGAUGCUGGCACUUACUCUGUUACUGUUGAAGACUCUGAGCUGUCAUGCUCGUCUUGUGUUAAGGUAGUAGAAGUGAUAAGAGACUGGUUAGUAAAACCCAUAAGAGACCAGCAUGUGAAACCAAAAGGAACAGCUAUUUUCACCUGUGACAUUGUCAAGGAUACACCAAACAUCAAAUGGUUUAAAGGAGAUGAGGAAAUCCCUGCUGAACCAACUGACAAGACAGAAAUCUUGAAAGAAGGAAAUAAAAUUUUCCUGAAAAUCAAGAAUGCUGGCCCUGCUGACGUUGGGGAAUAUUCAGUGGAAGUUGAAGGUCGCAGAUACCCAGCUAAACUGACCCUUGGUGAACGUGAAGUUCAACUUCUGAAGCCAUUAGAGGAUGUUACAGUUUAUGAGAAAGAAACAGCAAACUUUGAUACAGAAAUAUCUGAGGAUGAUAUUCCUGGGGAAUGGAAGCUGAAAGGAGAAAUCCUGAGACCCUCACCUACGUGUGAAAUCAAAGCUGAAGGAGGAAAACGCUUCCUAACCUUGCACAAAGUCAAGUUAGAGCAAGCUGGUGAAGUUCUUUACCAGGCACUUAAUGCAUUUACUACAGCUAUUCUGACAGUUAAAGAAAUUGAACUGGACUUUGCUGUGCCCCUAAAAGAUGUCACUGUUCCUGAGAGGCGCCAGGCAAGGUUCGAAUGCGUCCUUACCAGAGAAGCCAAUGUCAUAUGGUCUAAGGGCACUGAUAUACUCAAGAUUGGAGAAAAAUUUGACAUCAUUGCAGAUGGAAAGAAGCAUAUUCUUGUAAUCAAUGAUUCUCAGUUUGAUGAUGAGGGAGAAUACACUGCUGAAGUUGAUGGCAAGAAGAGCACAGCAAGACUGUUUGUGGAAGGUGUGAGGCUGAAGUUCAUUUCACCUCUUCAGGAUCAAACAGUGAAAGAAGGGGAAACGGCUCACUUUCAGUUUGAGCUUUCUCAUGAAGGCAUGCUAGUGAAAUGGUAUAAAAAUGACAAGAGACUCCACACUAGCAGAACAGUCUUUAUUACUUCAGAAGGCAAAGUUCAUAAACUAGAAAUGAGAGAAGUAACACUUGAUGAUAUCUCCGAAAUAAAGGCCGUGGUCAAGGACUUGAACACACAAGCAAACCUCAAAGUCUUAGAGGCCGAUCCAUAUUUCACUGUGAAAUUACAAGACUAUAGUGCUGUGGAGAAAGAUGAUAUUACUCUGGAAUGUGAACUUAGCAAAGAUGUGCCAGUAAAAUGGUACAAAGAUGGUGAAGAACUAGUAGCUUCCAACAGAGUUUCCAUAAAAUCGGAUGGCUUGCGCCGUAUCCUGAUAAUCAAGAAGGCUGCAGAGAGUGAUAAGGGUGUUUAUGAGUGUGACUGUGGAACUGACAAGACAAGUGCUAAUGUCAGCGUUGAGCCUCGCUUAAUUAAAGUGGAGCGCCCGCUGUAUGGAGUGGAAGUGUUUGUUGGUGAAACAGCACGUUUUGAAAUCGAAAUUUCUGAGCCUGAUGUCCAUCCUAUAUGGAAGCUAAAGGGAGAAACCCUAACACCUUCACCUGAUUGUGAAAUCAUUGAAGACGGGAAGAAGCAUACUCUUAUCCUUCAUAACUGCAAACUUGAUAUGACUGGAGAAGUAUCCUUCCAAGCUGCUAAUGCUAAAAGUGCUGCUAACCUGAAAGUGAAAGAAUUGCCUCUCAUCUUUAUCACUCCACUAAGUGAUGUGAAGGUCUUUGAAAAAGAUGAAGCCAAGUUUGAAUGUGAGGUGUCCAGAGAACCCAAGACUUUCCGCUGGUUGAAAGGAACACAAGAGAUCACUCCUGAUGAAAGAUUUGAAAUUAUUUCAGAUGGAACAAAACAUGCUUUGAUUAUUAAAUCUGUUUUGUUUGAGGAUGAAGCUAAAUACAUGUUUGAGGCUGAGGAUAAGAGAACAAGUGCCAAGCUAAUUAUUGAAGGUAUCCGCCUGAAAUUCCUUACUCCUCUCAAGGAUGUAACAAAAAAGGAGCGAGAAACUGCAGUGUUCACUGUGGAACUCUCCCAUGAAAAUAUCCCUGUUGUCUGGUUCAAGAAUGACCAGCGAUUACAUACCAGCAAAGUGGUUUCAAUGACAGAUGAUGGCAAAUUCCAUACACUCACAAUUAAAGAUCUUACUAUUGAUGAUACUUCUCAGAUUAGAGUGGAAGCUAUGGACAAAUCCUCAGAAGCUAAACUCACUGUUCUUGAGGGAGACCCUUACUUCACUGGGAAGCUGCAAGAUUAUACUGCUGUAGAGAAAGAUGAAGUAAUCUUACAAUGUGAAAUCAGCAAAGCAGAUGCCCCAGUGAAAUGGAUGAAGGAUGGCAAACCAAUUACUCCAUCAAAGAAUGUUGUUAUUAAGGCUGAUGGUAAAAAGAGAAUCCUUAUCCUCAAGAAAGCUUUGAAGAAAGACAUUGGACAGUACACUUGUGACUGUGGUACUGAUCAAACCUCUGCUAAACUCAAUAUUGAAGACCGGGAUAUUGAGAUUAUACGUCCAUUAUACAGUGUGGAGGUGAUUGAGACAGAGACUGCCCGUUUUGAUAUUGAAAUCUCUGAGGAAGGUGUCCAUGGCAACUGGAAGCUAAAAGGAGAACCCCUGACUGAAUCAGCCGAAUGUGAAAUCAAGGAGGAAGGCAAAAAGCACUUCCUCACACUGUACAAUGUACGCUUAGAUCAAGCUGGUGGAGUAGAUUUCCAAGCAGCAAAUGCCAAAUCUGGUGCUCACCUUCGAGUGAAACCUCGGGUAAUUGGCUUGCUGAGACCCCUCAAGGAUGUAACAGUGACAGCUGGGGAAUCAGCAACCUUCGAUUGUGAACUCUCUUAUGAAGGAAUCCCAGUAGAGUGGUUCCUGCAAGGAAAGAAACUGGAGCCCAGUGAUAAGGUCAUGACACGUGCUGAAGGGAGAGUUCACACACUUAUUCUUAGAGACGUCAAGUUAACAGAUGCGGGAGAGGUAUCACUGACAGCAAAAGAUUUCAGAACUCAAGCAAAUCUUUUUGUGAAAGAACCCCCAGUUGAAUUUACUAAACCACUCGAGGACCAGACUGUUGAAGAGGAGGCCACUGCAAUACUGGAAUGUGAAGUUUCCAGGGAAAAUGCAAAAGUUAAAUGGUUCAAAAACGGAGAAGAAAUUCACAAAACAAAGAAGUAUGAUAUUAUUUCUGAUGGCAGGGUCAGAAAACUCAUUAUCCAUGGCUGCACACUGGAUGAUGCUAAAACAUACACAUGUGAUGCUAAGGAUUUUAAGACAUCAUGUUUUCUCAAUGUAGAACCUAUUCGUGUUGAGUUCCUGAGACCCCUAACUGACCUUGAAGUUAAAGAAAAAGAAUCUGCUCGGUUUGAAUGUGAAAUUUCCCGUCCAGGUGUCAAGGUGAAGUGGUUUAAGGAUGGCAUUGAAAUUAGAAAAGGCAAAAAGUAUGACAUAAUUUCCAAAGGUAGAGAACACAUUCUCGUUGUCAGUAAAUGUGUCUUCGAUGAUGAAGCUGAAUAUGCCUGUGAAGCAAAAACAGCUCGGACUUCAGGCCUACUUACAGUGAUAGAGGAAGAGGCUGUUUUCACAAAAAAUCUUCAUGAUCUUGAAGUAAAUGAAAAUGACACUGUAAAAUUGAUCUGUGAAGUUUCAAAGCCUAAUGCUGAAGUUACUUGGUUUAAAGGAGAUGAGGAGGUGCCUGAUGGUGGUAGAUUUGAACACAUUUCUGAUGGCCGAAAGAGAAUUCUUCUCAUACGUAAUGCUCAUCCUGAAGAUGCUGGCAAAUAUACUUGCAAGCUCCCAAGUUCUAGUACAACAGGAAAACUUACUGUACAUGAACUUGCAGCAGAAUUUCUUACCAGACCACAAAAUCUUGAGGUGCUUGAAGGAGACAAAGCUGAAUUUGUCUGUUCAGUAUCCAAAGAGGCAAUUACAGUACAGUGGCUGAGGGGUGACACAGUCCUGGAGCCUGGUGAUAAGUACGACAUCAUUUCAGAUGGCAAAAAGAGAACACUUGUGGUUAAAGACUCUAUUCUAGGAGAUGCAGGAAAGUAUACUGUCAUGGUUGGUGAAGCUAAAGCUACAGCACGCUUAACAGUGAUUGAAAAACUCAGGAUUAUAACUCCCCUUAAGGACCAAGAAGUUAAUGAGGGUCAAGAAAUUAUCUUCAACUGCGAAGUCAAUAAAGAAGGUGCCAAAGAGAAGUGGUACAAAAACGAUGAAGCAAUAUUUGAUAGUGCAAAAUACAUUAUUGUCCAGAAGGAUUUAGUUUACACUCUCAGAAUCAGAGAUGCACAACUGAAAGAUCAAGCGACCUAUACCAUCUCACUGUCAAACCAGAGAGGUGAACACGUCAAAAGCUCUGCUGCCUUAACAGUAUUAGAGGAGGAUCUCAGAAUUGUUGAGCCCCUUGAAGACAUUGAGACCAUGGAAAAGAAAACUGUCACAUUCUGGUGCAAAGUCAAUCGCCUCAAUGCAACCCUCAAAUGGACAAAGAAUGGUGAAGAGAUCACGUUCAACAAGCGCAUUUUGUACAAAAUUGAUAAAUACAAACACUCACUCAUCAUUAAAGACUGUGGAUUUAUAGAUGAAGGUGAAUACACUGUUACUGCUGGACAAGACAAAUCUGUUGCAGAGCUUCUUAUCACAGAAGCACCAGCAGACUUCAUUGAACAUCUCCGGGACCAGACCGUCACUGAAUUUGAUGAUGCUGUCUUUACAUGCCAGCUUUCCAAAGAGAAAGCCAGUGUAAGAUGGUACCGAAAUGGAAGAGAAAUCAAAGAAGGCAAAAAAUACCAGUUUGAAAAGGAUGGAAAUCUGCACAGAUUAAUCAUAAAAGACUGUAGAUUAGAUGAUGAGUGUGAAUAUUCUUGUGGAGUGGAUGACAGGAAAUCUAGGGCAAGACUUUUUGUUGAAGAAAUCCCUGUUGAGAUCAUCCGACCACCACAAGAUAUUUAUGAAGCUCCUGGUGCAGAUGUCAUCUUCAUGGCGGAGUUGAACAAAGAUGGUGUGGAGGUCAAGUGGUUGAGAAAUAACAUGAUUAUCGUCCAAGGUGACAAACAUCAGAUGAUGAGUGAAGGAAAGGUUCACAGGCUGCAGGUGUGUGAGAUAAAGCCCCGUGACCAAGGGGAAUACAGAUUUAUUGCCAAAGAUAAGGAAGCUAGAGCUAAGCUUGAAUUAGCUGCUGCUCCUAGAAUCAAGACUGGUGAUCAAAAUCUUGUGGUUGAUGUUGGGAAGCCUUUAACUAUGACUGUCCCAUAUGAUGCUUACCCAAGAGCAGAAGCUGAAUGGUUGAAAGGGGAGGAAAAUCUGCCCACAACAACUGUUGAUACAACAACAGACUGCACUACCUUCAAAAUUUACGCAGCAAAGAAAUCAGAUAAGGGAAGGUACAAGGUUAUACUUCGAAACAAACAUGGCCAGGCAGAAGCAUUCAUCAAUGUAGAUGUCAUUGAUGUCCCGGGUCCAGUUAGAAACUUGGAAGUCACUGAAACAUAUGAUGGUGAAGUUGGCCUUGCCUGGCAAGAACCAGAAAGUGAUGGUGGAAGUAAAAUAAUAGGCUACGUCAUUGAAAGACGUGAUAUCAAGCGUAAGACCUGGAUUAUGGUCACUGAUCGUGCUGAAAAUUGUGAAUACACCGUUACUGGACUUCAAAAAGGAGGAGUUGAGUACCUCUUCCGUGUUAGUGCACGGAACAGAGUGGGCACUGGUGAGCCAGUGGAAACAGAGACACCUGUGGAAGCUAGGAGCAAAUUUGAUGUUCCUGGUCCUCCUCAAAAUGUAGAAGUUACUGAUGUGAACAGGUUUGGAGCUACACUUACCUGGGAACCACCUGAGUAUGAUGGAGGAUCUCCAAUUACUGGUUAUGUUAUUGAGCUGCGUAACAGAGCUUCGAUCAAAUGGGAGCCAACUAUGACCACUGGAGCUGAUGAACUGUCAGCUGUCCUGACUGAUGUUGUGGAAAAUGAAGAGUAUUUCUUCAGAGUAAGAGCUCAAAACAUGGUUGGAGUUGGCAAACCAAGUCCUGCUACACGUGCAGUAAAAAUUAUGGACCCAAUCGAGAGACCGAGUCCUCCCAUUAAUCUUGAUCAUUCAGAUCAAACUAAGUCAUCAGUGCAGCUCACAUGGGAACCUCCUCUCAAAGAUGGAGGAAGUCCAGUCUUAGGCUAUAUUGUUGAAAGGCAAGAAGAAGGAACAGACAAGUGGAUUCGCUGUAAUCCAAAACUAGUACCUGCUCUUACUUUUAAGGUAUCUGGAUUGAAGCCAGGAUCCAGCUAUUACUACAGAGUCUCAGCAGAAAAUGCAGCUGGUGUGUCUGACCCAGCGGAGGCUAUUGGUCCAUUAACUGCAGAUGAUACUUUUGUUGGACCUACAAUGGACCUAAGUGCAUUUAAAGACGGGCUGGAAGUUAUUGUUCCAGAGCCAAUCAAGAUCCGUGUUCCUAUCACUGGCUACCCUGUGCCAACUGCCACAUGGUCCUUUGGUGACCAAGUCUUAGAACAGGGUGAUCGUGUAACAAUGAAGACCACUGCCUCCUUUGCAGAACUUGUAAUUACUCCAAGUGAACGUCCAGACAAGGGAAUUUAUUCCUUAACAUUAGAAAACCCUGUGUCAUCUGUUUCAGGAGAAAUUGAUGUUAAUGUCAUUGCACGUCCAAGUGCACCAAGAGAACUUAAAGUUUUAGAUGUAAUCAAGAACACAGUACAGUUGUCAUGGGAACCUCCAGAAGAUGAUGGCGGGAGUCCAGUUACUGGCUAUAUAAUUGAAAAACGUGAAGUAAGCAGGAAAACAUGGAACAAAGUUAUGGAUCAUGUUGUUGACCAAGAGUUCACUGUACCUGACCUCAUCCAAGGAAAAGAAUAUUUAUUUAGAGUUUCUGCAUGCAAUAAGUGUGGCCCGGGAGAACCUGCAUAUAUUGACGAACCUGUAAAUAUGUCGGCACCAGCAACCGUGCCUGAUCCACCAGAGAAUGUUAAAUGGAGAAAUCCAACAUCAAAAGGAAUCUUCCUAACAUGGGAACCUCCCAAAUAUGAUGGUGGUGCCCGCAUUAAGGGUUAUCUGGUAGAAAAAUCCCAACGUGGCACAGACAAGUGGGAGACCUGUGGAGAGCCUGUUGUUGAAACAAAAAUGGAAGUAACAAAACUCAAGGAAGGAGAGUGGUAUGCAUAUCGGGUUAAGGCUUUGAACAGAAUAGGAGCUAGCAAGCCAAGUAAGCCAACAGAUGAUAUUCAGGCCAUUGAUGCAAAAGAGGCUCCAGAAAUUUUCUUAGAUGUGAAGCUUCUUGCUGGACUUACUGUGAAAGCUGGAACUAAAAUUGAGCUGCCAGCUAAAGUGACUGGAAAGCCUGAGCCCCAGAUUACGUGGACCAAGGCUGACAAAAUUUUGAGACCUGAUGACAGAAUCACCAUUGAAACCAAGCCUAAUCAUUCUACAGUCACUAUUACAGACAGCAAGAGGAGUGACAGUGGAACCUAUAUUAUAGAAGCUGUAAAUUCCAGUGGACGUGCUACUGCUGUUGUUGAAGUUAAUGUUCUUGAUAAACCUGGUCCACCAGCUGCAUUUGAUGUAUCAGAAAUCACAAAUGAAUCCUGCCUUCUGACAUGGAAUCCUCCACGAGAUGAUGGGGGUUCUAAAAUUACCAACUAUGUCCUUGAGAAAAGGGCUACAGACAGUGAAAUAUGGCACAAGUUGUCAUCAACUAUUAAGGAUACAAAAUUCAGAGCUACCAAAUUAACUCCUCAUAAAGAAUAUGUGUUCCGAGUCAGUGCUGAGAACAUGUAUGGUAUUGGGGAGCCAGCACAGUGUAACCCCAUCAUUGCAAAAUAUUCAUUUGAUCCACCAGGCCCUCCAACAGGUCUCAAGCCUACAGAAGUCACUAAAGAUUCAGUCACCUUAACAUGGAAUGAACCAGAUGAAGACGGUGGCAGCCCCAUAACUGGAUACUGGGUUGAAAGAUAUGAUCCUGAGCAAGAUAAAUGGAUAAAAUGCAAUAAAAUGCCAGUGAAAGAUACAACGUUCAAAGUUAAAGGUCUUACAAAUAAGAAGAAAUAUAAGUUCCGUGUCUUGGCAGAGAAUCUUGCAGGACCUGGAAAGCCAAGCAAGGAAACAGAGCCAAUUUUAGUGAAAGACCCAAUUGAUCCACCAUGGCCUCCUGGAAAGCCAACUGUGAAGGACGUUGGCAAGACGUCAUUAUUCCUGAACUGGACAAAGCCAGAACAUGAUGGAGGGGCAAAGAUCGAAUCUUAUGUCAUUGAACUAUUGAAGACCGGAACAGAUGAGUGGGUGAGGGUGGCUGAAGGAGUUCCCACAACUGAACACUUCCUCAAAGGGCUUAUGGAGAAACAAGAAUAUUCAUUCCGUGUAAGAGCUGUGAACAAGGCUGGCGAGAGUGAGCCCAGUGAACCUAGUGACCCUGUGCUGUGCAAGGAGAGGCUCUAUCCUCCUUCACCACCUAGGUGGCUCGAGGUUAUUAAUAUUACUAAAAACACAGCAGAUCUUAAAUGGACUGUACCAGAAAAAGAUGGGGGUUCCCCAAUUACCAACUACAUUGUUGAAAAGAGAGAUGUAAGGCGAAAAGGCUGGCAGACAGUUGAUACAACAGUGAAAGAUACCAAGUACACAGUGAGCCCACUGACUGAAGGCUCAUUGUAUGUGUUCCGUGUGGCUGCUGAAAAUGCCAUUGGCCAGAGCGACUAUUGUGAAAUUGAAGAUUCAGUGCUUGCUAAAGAUACAUUCACAACCCCUGGGCCUCCAUAUGCUCUUGCAAUAGUUGAAGUGACAAAAGGUCAUGUUGAUUUGAAAUGGGAACCACCUAAGAAUGAUGGUGGCAGACCAAUUCAAAGAUAUGUUAUUGAAAAGAAAGAAAAACUAGCCACUCGCUGGGUAAAAGCUGGCAAGACAGCUGGUCCAGAUUGCAAUUUCAGAGUGACUGAUGUCAUUGAAGGUACAGACGUACAGUUCCAGGUUCGUGCAGAAAAUGAAGCUGGCUGUGGCCAUCCCAGUGAACCAACUGACCUAAUUCAUAUUGAAGAUCCAACAAGCCCUCCUUCACCUCCUCAGGAUUUACAUGUCACAGAUGCAGGUCGAAAGCACAUUUGCAUUGCAUGGAAACCACCCGAGAAGAAUGGUGGAAGCCCUAUUAUUGGGUAUAAUGUUGAGAUGUGUGAAGCAGGAACAGAAAAAUGGAUGCGGAUCAAUUCUCGUCCAAUAAAAGAUCUAAAAUGUAAAGUGGAGGAAGGUGUUGUUCCAGACAAGGAGUAUGUGCUGAGAGUCAGAGCUGUCAAUGCUGUGGGAGCUAGUGAGCCAUCAGACAUCUCAGAAAAAGUUGUUGCCAAGGACCCAGACUGUAAUCCAACCAUUGAUCUAAAAACUCGUGACAUUGUUGUUGUUAAAGGACAGAAAUUAAGUAUCCCUGUACCCUUCAGAGCUGUUCCAUCCCCAACUAUAACAUGGCACAAAGAUGGCAAAGAGUUGAAAGCUGGUGACAGAACAACAAUGAAGAGUGACUACACCUCUGCAUUGCUUGAAGUCAUAGACAGCGUUCAUGCUGAUGCUGGUGUUUAUACUAUCACAUUGGAGAACAAGCUGGCAUCAACAACUGGCUCAAUCAAUGUCAAAGUCAUAGGUCCACCUGGACAGUGUAAAGACAUUAAGGCAAGCGAAGUAACUAAGAAUUCUUGCAAAGUAUCCUGGGAACCUCCAGACUUUGAUGGUGGUACUCCUAUUCUGCACUAUGUCCUGGAACGCAGAGAAGCUGGUCGUAGAACAUAUAUCCCAGUCAUGUCUGGUGAAAAUAAGCUUUCAUGGCAGGUCAAAGAUCUUAUCCCAAACAGUGAAUACUAUUUCCGUGUUAAAGCUGUCAAUAAGAUUGGAGGAGGUGAAUAUCUUGAACUAAGAAACCCAAUCAUUGCAGAAGACCCAAAACAGCCUCCAGACCCUCCUGUUGACCUUGAGGUCCAUAACCCAACAUCAAAAUCAGUAACACUUACAUGGAAACCACCCCUGUUUGAUGGUGGAAGCAAGAUUAUGGGUUAUAUAAUAGAAAAGCUUACUAAAGGCAAGGAGAGGUGGGAGAGAUGCAAUGACUACCUGGUACCUCUAUUAACUUAUCCAGUGAAAGGUCUUGAGGAAGGAAAGGAAUAUCAGUUUCGUGUUCGUGCUGAGAAUGCUGCUGGCAUCAGUGAGCCUUCUCGGAUUACUCCAUUUGUGAAAGCUGUGGAUCCUAUAGAGGCUCCAAAAGUCUUCCUUGCUGCAAACCUACAGUCUGGCCUUGAGGUGAAGAGAGGUGAUGAGAUCAUACUUGAGGCACAUAUUUCAGGGUCACCUUAUCCAUCUAUCACUUGGCUGAGGAAUGAUGAAGUUGUCAGACCAGAAGAAAUCAAAAAGAGAGUAACUACAUAUACAAGGAAGAAGAAAGGUGAAGCUAAAGAAGAGGAACCUUUCCAGCUUUCACUGCCAGAACGUACAAGUAUUGACAACCAUAAAGAAGGAGAGUCUGUGCUAUCAGUUCGUGACUCCAUCAGAGCUGACCAUGGCAUGUUUACAAUUAAAGUAGAAAAUGAUCAUGGUGUUGCAAAGGCCUCAUGUGAAGUCAAUGUUUUAGAUACACCUGGGCCUCCAGUCAACUUUGUAUUUGAAGAUGUGAGGAAAAAUUCAUUAAUUUGCAAGUGGGAGCCUCCACUUGAUGAUGGUGGAAGUGAAAUCCUAAACUAUGUACUGGAAAAGAAAGACAAUACAAAAGCUGAAAUGGGCUGGGUCACUGUCAGUUCAACACUCAGGCAUUGCAAAUUCCAUGUAACAAAACUGAUUGAAGGAAAAGAAUAUCUCUUCCGUGUAUUUGCUGAAAAUAGAGUUGGAUCAGGGCCACCAUGUGUUUCAAAACCAGUGACAGCAAAAGAUCCUUUCUCUCCACCAGACCCACCUAAUAAACCUGAUGUGCAAGAUGUUACCAGCAACAGUAUGUUGGUUAAAUGGAAUGAACCAAAAGACAAUGGCAGCCCGAUCAUAGGAUAUUGGAUUGAAAAACGUGAAAUUAAUAGUACUCAUUGGGCUCGGGUCAACAGGAACCUUGUGAAUGCUCUGGAAAUAAAAGUUGAAGGACUGUUGGAAGGAUUAACCUAUAUCUUUAGAGUAUGUGCUGAAAAUGCAGCUGGCCCUGGUAAAUUUAGUCCACCAUCAGAUCCAAAAACUGCACAGGACCCAAUAAUGCCACCCGGUCCACCCAUUCCAAGGGUUGCUGAUACAAGCUCAACUUCUAUUGAGUUAGAAUGGGAACCUCCUGCAUAUAAUGGUGGUGGAGAUAUUACUGGUUACCACGUAUAUAAACAACUAAUGGGAGUAAAAGAGUGGUCACGUUGCACAGAGAAACCCAUUAAGGUUCGACAGUAUACUGUUAAAGAAGUCAGAGAAGGUGCAGACUAUAAACUCCGUGUUACUGCACUUAAUGCAGCUGGUGAAGGACCGCCUGGUGAAACUGAACCCGUAACAGUUGCAGAACCUAAAGAGCCUCCCACUGUUGAGCUGGAUAUUUCUGUCAAAGCAGGCAUUCAGAUCAUGGCUGGCCAAACUAUUAAAAUUCCUGCCACUGUGACAGGACGUCCUGCUCCCACCAUCGCAUGGGCUGUGGAGGAGGGUGAAUUAGACAAAGAUCGAGUUGUUAUUGAAAAUGUUGGCACAAAAUCUGAGUUAACCAUUAAGAAUGCAUUGAGAAAAGACCAUGGAAGAUACGUAAUUACUGCUACUAAUAGCAGUGGUUCCAAGUCUGCAGGAACCAGAGUAGAAGUAUUUGAUGUUCCUGGGCCAGUCCUUGACCUGAAACCAGUGGUCACAAACAGGAAGAUGUGUUUGCUUAACUGGUCUGAUCCUGAAGAUGAUGGUGGCAGUGAUAUCAUCGGCUUCAUUGUUGAACGGAAAGAUGCCAAAAUGCAUACAUGGAGACUAGCUGUAGACACAGAGAGAUCUAAAUGUGAUAUUACAGGUCUAGUUGAAGGGCAGGAGUAUAAAUUCCGUGUUAGCGCCAAGAACAAGUUUGGUACUGGUCCACCUGUUGAAAUAGGACCAAUUCUUGCAGUUGAUCCAUUAGGUCCUCCAACAGCACCUGAGAGGUUCAUGUACACAGAGAGGACAAAGUCAACCAUUACACUUGAUUGGAAGCCUCCACGUAGUGAUGGUGGCAGCCCUGUCUUAGGCUAUAUUGUUGAGAAGAGACGACACGAUUCAAAAGACUAUGAAAGAGUUAAUGCAAAGCUCUGUCCAACAACAUCUCUUCUCGUUGAAAAUCUCGAUGAACUUCAUAUGUAUGAAUUCCGUGUCAAAGCUGUCAAUGCUAUUGGAGAAAGUGAACCAUCAUUGCCCCUCAAUGUAGUUAUACAAGAUGAUGAAGUACCUCCAACUGUUACAUUACGCUUGGCUGUGAGGGGAGAUACUAUCAAAGUGAAGGCAGGAGAACCAGUUAAUAUUCCUGCUGAUGUGACAGGUCUGCCAAUGCCAAAGAUUGAAUGGGACAAGAAUGAAGUUUUAAUUGAUCAAACAUCCAGCGCACUUAAGAUAACCAAGGAAGAAUUAUCUAGAAGUGAGGCAAAAACCGAACUUAUCCUGCCUGCAGCACUGAGGGAUGAUAAAGGCACUUACAGUGUGAGAGCUUCCAAUCGUCUUGGCACUGCGUUUCGCAAUGUGCAUGUUGAAGUGUAUGAUCGUCCUUCUCCACCAAGAAAUCUUGCUGUUUCUGAUAUUAAAGCAGAAUCAUGCUAUUUAACAUGGGAUGCACCUCUUGAUAAUGGUGGUAGUGAAAUUACCCAUUACAUUAUUGAGAAACGUGAUGCUAGUAGGAAGAAAUCUGAGUGGGAAGAAGUCUCCAAAAGUGCCGUUGAGAGAAGAUUUGGGGUAUGGAAUCUUGCAACAAAUGAAAAAUACCAGUUUAGAGUCCGGGCUGUAAACAAAUAUGGAAUAAGUGAUGAAUGCCUCUCAGAAAAGGUUGUUAUUAAGGAUCCCUAUGGCCUUCCUGGACCUCCUGGAAAACCCAAAGUUUUAGAUCGCACCAGAUCAUCAAUGCUGGUGACUUGGGAGCCUCCUUUGAACAAUGGUGGCAGCCCAAUAACUGGCUAUUGGUUGGAGAAGAGAGAGGUGGGAGGUGUCUACUGGUCACGUGUUAACAGGGCUCCAGUAACAAAACCAUCAGUAAAAGGUCUAGAGUAUAAUGUGCUUCGUUUAGCUGAAGGUGUUGAAUACCAGUUUAGAGUUAUGGCUGAAAAUCUUGCUGGAAUUGGCCCUCCCAGUGAACCAUCAGAUCCUGCCUUAGCAGCAGAUCCCAUAUUUGUUCCGGGUCCACCAUCUUGCCCAGAGGUCAAAGACAAAACCAAAUCAUCUGUAGCUCUUGCGUGGAAGCCUCCACAAAAGGAUGGUGGGAGUCCUAUAAAAGGAUACAUAGUCGAAAUGCAAGAUGAAGGUAGUACUGACUGGAAGAAAGUGAAUGAAGGAGACAAACUCUUUCCUACUUGUGAAUGUGUUAUUCCCAACUUGAAAGAGCUCAGAAAAUACAGAUUUAGGGUGAAAGCUGUAAAUGCUGCUGGAGAAUCAGAACCAAGUCCUGCAACAUCAGAAAUACUUGUCCAAGAUAUUCUAGAGGAACCAGAAAUUUUCCUUGAUAUUGGAGCACAGGAUUUCCUCUCUUGUCGUGCUGGCACAACAAUUAAAAUCCCAGCUGUUAUCAAGGGUCGUCCAGUUCCAAAAACAUUUUGGGAGUUUGAAGGAAAAGCAAAGACGACAGCAAAGGAGGGAGGUCAUAAUGUACCUGAAGAAGCUCAGGUGGAAGCAACUGAUACACGUUCUGUGAUUAUCAUCCCUGAGUGCAACAGAAGUCAUUCUGGACGAUACAGUAUUACAGCAAAGAACAAAGCAGGACAAAAAACUGUGCAUAUCAGAGUCAAUGUGCUUGAUGUCCCAGGUCCACCAAAAGACCUAAAAGUAAGUGAUAUCACAAGAGGUAGUUGUAAACUUUCAUGGAAGAUGCCAGAUGAUGAUGGUGGAGAUAGAAUCAGAGGUUAUGUUAUAGAGAAAAGAACUAUUGAUGGGAAGGCCUGGACUAAAGUCAAUGCAAGCUGUGGAAGUACUUCCUUUGUUGUACCUGAUCUCAUAUCUGGCCAAGAGUAUUUCUUCCGGGUACGUGCAGAAAACCGUUUUGGUGUUGGCCCUCCUGCAGAAACCAUCCAACGGACCACAGCCAGGGAUCCAAUACAUCCUCCUGAUCCACCUAUUAAACUAAAGAUUGGCCUUGUAACGAAGAACACGGUGAGCUUGACAUGGAAACCACCAAAGAAUGAUGGUGGAGCUCCUGUUACACAUUAUAAUGUUGAAUGUCUCCGCUGGGAUCGUACUGGAGAAGUGAAAGAGACUUGGAAGCAGUGCAACAGACGUGAUGUGGAGGAAACAAAAUUUACUGUUGAGGAUCUUGUAGAAGGUGGAGAAUACGAAUUCAGAGUCAAAGCUGUAAAUAUAGCAGGUCCUAGUAGGCCUUCAGCCACUGUUGGCCCACUUGUUGUCAAAGACCAGACAUGCCCACCAUCUAUUGAACUCAAAGAAUUUAUGGAGGUUGAAGAAGGAACAGAUGUUAACAUUGUGGCCAAGAUAAAGGGUGUACCCUUCCCCACAUUAACAUGGCUAAAAGCUUCUCCAAAGAAACCAGAUGACAAAACACCAGUGCUGUAUGAUCAACAUGUCAACAAGAUCGUUGGUGAAGAUACUUGCACUUUAUUGAUCCAACAGUCUCGCAGAAGUGAUACAGGCUUAUAUACUAUAACAGCUGUAAAUAAUCUGGGAACUGCUUCGAAGGAGAUGAGAUUGAAUGUUCUGGGUCGUCCUGGACCUCCAGUGGGACCUAUUAAAUUUGAAUCCAUUCUGGCUGAUAAAAUGACAAUAUCAUGGCUUCCUCCAUUAGAUGAUGGUGGUUCUAAGAUUACAAACUAUGUUAUAGAGAAAAAAGAAGCAAAUAGGAGGACAUGGGUACCUGUUACUAAUGAGCCUAAGGAAUGCUUAUUCACUGUUCCCAAGCUGAUGGAAGGCCAUGAAUAUGUGUUCCGCAUUAUGGCACAAAACAAAUAUGGUAUUGGAGAACCUUUGGACAGUGAACCAGAAACAGCACGAAACCUUUUCACUGUUCCUGGGCCUUGUGACAAGCCAACAGUUAGCAGUAUAACACGUGAUUCAAUGACUGUAAACUGGGAAGAACCAGAACAUGAUGGUGGCUCUCCUAUUACUGGUUACUGGUUGGAGCGCAAAGAGACUACUGGAAAGAGAUGGACCAGGGUUAACCGUGAUCCUAUCAAACCCAUGGCACUGGGGGUUUCGUACAAAGUUACAGGCCUUAUUGAAGGCUCUGAAUAUCAAUUCCGUGUUUCAGCUAUCAAUGCAGCUGGUGUUGGUCCACCAAGCAUGCCAUCUGAUCCAGCAAUUGCUAGAGAUCCUAUUGCCCCACCUGGCCCUCCUAUUCCAAAAGUUACUGAUUGGACAAAGUCUUCUGUAGACUUGGAAUGGACUCCACCACUAAAGGAUGGUGGUUCAAGGGUCACUGGCUACAUUGUUGAGUAUAAAGAGGAAGGAAAGGAAGAGUGGGAACGGGUAAAAGAUAAAGAAAUUAGAGGAACAAAGUUCGUUGUGGCAGGAUUAAAAGAAGGAUGUUUUUACAAAUUUAGAGUUAGAGCAGUGAAUGCUGCUGGCAUUGGAGAGCCUGGAGAAGUUACGGACAUUAUUGAAAUUAAGGACAGAAUUGUGGCUCCUGAUAUUAAUUUGGAUGCAAGCGUCAGGGACAGAAUUGUUGUUCAUGCUGGAGGAGUAAUUCGGAUCAUAGCAUAUGUCUCAGGAAAACCAACUCCAACAGUGAGUUGGAGCAGGGAUGACCAAGUUUUACCAGAAGAAGCCAAAAUUGAAGAAACAGCUAUUAGUUCUUCUUUGGUCAUCAAGAAUUGCAAAAGGAGCCAUCAGGGUAUAUACACUCUUCUUGCUAAAAAUGCCGGUGGUGAACGGAAGAAGAAUAUUAUUGUUGACGUGCUAGACGUGCCAGGCCCAGUUGGAAUGCCACUCCUUACUGAGAACCUAACUAAUGACUCUUGUAAAUUGACAUGGUUUACUCCAGAAGAUGAUGGUGGUUCUCCUAUUACCAAUUAUAUAAUUGAAAAACGUGAAUCUGAUCAUAGAGCUUGGACUCCAGUAAGCUACACAGUUACAAGACAGAAUGCUACUGUUCAGGGACUCACUGAAGGGAAAGCCUACUUUUUCCGAAUUGCAGCUGAGAAUAUAAUUGGCAUGGGUCCAUUCACAGAGACAACAAAAGAGAUUGUCAUUAGAGAUCCAAUCACUGUUCCCGACCGUCCAGAAGACCUGGAAGUAAAAGCAGUUACCAAGAACUCUGUUACAUUAACUUGGAAUCCUCCAAAAUAUAAUGGAGGCUCAGAUAUCACCAUGUAUGUUCUAGAGAGCCGUCUCAUUGGAAAAGAGAAAUUCCACAGAGUUACAAAGGAGAAAAUGCUUGAUAGGAAAUACACUGUAGAAGGCUUGAAAGAGGGUGACACCUAUGAAUAUCGUGUGAGUGCUUGUAAUAUUGUGGGGCAAGGCAAGCCAUCAUUUUGUACAAAACCAAUCACAUGCAAGGAUGAAAUUGCUCCUCCAUCACUUGACCUUGACUUUAGAGACAAGCUUAUUGUUCGGGUUGGUGAAGCUUUCAGCCUGACUGGACGUUACUCAGGCAAGCCUGCACCAAAGGUUACUUGGCUAAAGGAUGAUAUUGUUGUGAAAGAAGAUGACCGUACAAAGAUCAAGACAACUCCUACAACUCUUUGCUUGGGGAUACUAAAAUCUGUCCGUGAAGACUCAGGCAAAUAUUGUGUUACUGUAGAGAACAGCACAGGAUCAAGAAAAGGAUUUUGUCAAGUUAAUGUUGUUGAUCGCCCAUCACCUCCAGUAGGCCCAGUUAUAUUUGAUGAAGUUCAUAAAGAUCAUAUGAUAGUUUCCUGGAAACCUCCAUUAGAUGAUGGAGGCAGUGAAAUUACCAAUUACAUUAUUGAGAAGAAGGAUGCACACAGAGACGUGUGGAUGCCAGUUACAUCUGCCACAGUUAAGACAACAUGCAAAAUUCCUAAACUGCUUGAAGGAAGAGAUUAUCAAAUUCGAAUUUAUGCUGAAAAUCUUUAUGGCAUAAGUGAUCCUCUCAUCUCUGAUGAGAUGAAAGCCAAGGACCGUUUCCGUGUUCCUGAUGCACCUGAGCAACCGAUCAUUAAGGAUGUUACCAAAGACUCUGCAGUAGUGGUUUGGAACAAACCAUAUGAUGGAGGCAAACCAAUAACAAACUAUAUUGUAGAAAAGAAGGAAACAAUGGCUACAAGAUGGGUCAGAGUUACCAAAGACCCGAUUUUCCCCAGUACUCAGUUCAAAGUACCUGACCUCCUUGAAGGCUGUCAAUAUGAAUUCCGUGUUUCAGCAGAAAAUGAAAUUGGCGUUGGUGAUCCUAGUCCACCAUCAAAGCCAAUUUUCGCUAGAGAUCCAAUCGCAAAACCAAGUCCACCUGUUAAUCCAGAAGCAGUAGAUAAAACUAGAAAUUCGGUUGAUUUAUCUUGGCAACCACCACGCCAUGAUGGUAAUGGCAAGAUAAUUGGCUACCUUGUGGAAUAUCAGAAAGUUGGAGAUGAAGAAUGGAAAAAGGCCAAUCUUACAGCAGAUUCUUGUCCUGAAACAAAAUACAAAGUCACUGGCCUUACCGAGGGUUUGACCUAUAAAUUCAGGGUCAAGGCAGUCAAUGCAGCAGGUGAAUCUGAGCCAGCCUAUGUUCCCGAUCCAGUAGAAGUAAAGGACAGACUUGAACCUCCCGAGCUGAUACUUGAUGCUAAUAUGGCCCGAGAACAGCAUGUAAAAGCUGGAGAUACCCUGAGACUUAGUGCUGUUAUUAAAGGUGUUCCAUUCCCAAAAGUUUCUUGGAAAAAAGAAGGUCAUGAGGUCUCACCCAAAGCUGAUAUUGAAGUUACAGGAGUUGGCAGUAAGCUUGAAAUUCGUAACACUGUCCAUGAAGAUGGGGGAAUUUACUCCCUAACAGUUGAAAAUCCAGCUGGUUCAAAGACUGUUUCAGUAAAAGUUGUUGUCUUAGAUAAGCCUGGUCCACCCAGAAAUCUGCAAAUCAGUGAAGUUAGAAGCGAUUCUUGCUAUCUCACUUGGAUGGAACCAGAAGAUGAUGGUGGCUCUGUCAUUACCAACUAUGUGGUGGAAAGGAAAGAUGUAGCUUCUGCUCAGUGGGUAGCCAUCUCAUCUUCCUCUAAGAAACGCAGUCACAUGGCUAAAUAUCUGAUAGAAGGCACUCAGUAUAUCUUCCGAGUUGCAGCUGAGAAUCAGUUUGGUCGAGGUCCAUAUGUGGAAACACUUAAGCCUAUUAAAGCUAUGGAUCCACUGCAUCCUCCGGGGCCACCAAAGAAUCUGCAUCAUGUAGAUGUUGACAAGACUGAAGUUUCCCUUGUUUGGAAUCGACCAGAUCGUGACGGUGGUGCUGAGAUAACUGGAUAUUUGGUGGAAUAUCAAGAAGAUGGUGCAGAUGAGUGGACAAAGUUCCAGACAGUCCCUAUGUUAGACUGUGUUGUUACAGGCCUACAAAAAGGGAAAAUAUACAAAUUCCGUGUGAAAGCUCAGAAUAUUGUUGGUCUUAGCCUUCCAGAUACAACUAUACCAAUAGAGUGUCAAGAAAAACUAGUACCUCCCUCCGUGGAACUAGAUGUGAAGUUAAUUGAAGGUCUUGUUGUUAAAGCUGGCACCACAGUGCGACUUCCUGCAAUUAUGAGAGGUGUGCCAGUUCCCACUGCAAAAUGGAUUACCGAUGGCACUGAAAUUAAAACAGAUGGCAGACACAAGAUUGAGACUGAUGAUUAUUCAACUGUACUUACCAUCAAAGACUGUAUAAGAAAAGAUACAGGAGAAUAUCUGCUCACAGUAUCUAAUGCAGCUGGCAGCAAAACUGUUGCUCUACAUCUCACAGUUUUGGAUGUUCCUGGCCCACCAACUGGUCCUAUUAAUAUUCUUGAAGUAACACCAGAACAUAUGGUUAUUUCUUGGCGCCCUCCUAAAGAUGAUGGUGGAAGUCCUAUAAUAAAUUAUAUUGUUGAGAAGCGUCAAUCAAAGAAAGAAACUUGGGGAGUAGUUAGCUCUGGAACAAGUCACACAAAAAUUAAGAUUCCACGACUGCAGAAAGGCUGUGAAUAUAUUUUCCGUGUUCGGGCGGAAAAUAAGAUAGGCAUUGGUGCACCCCUUGAUUCAGAACCAACAGUUGCUAAAUAUAUGUUUGAUCCACCAUCCCCACCUGGUAAGCCAACUGUCUAUGAUAUUACAGAAAAUGCAGCAACAGUGUCCUGGACCCUACCAAAAUCUGAUGGUGGAACUCCAAUAACUGGUUAUAUACUUGAACGUCGGGAAACAUCUGGUAAAUGGGUGCGUGUCAAUAAGACACCAAUACUUGAUAUGAAAUACAGAGUCACUGGUCUUUUUGAAGGCAACACAUAUGAAUUCAGAGUUUUUGCAGAAAAUAUGGUGGGCUUAAGCAAACCAUCUCCAAGCUCUGACCCAAUAAAAGCGUCACGUCCUAUCACUCCUCCUGGACCACCUAUAAAUCCAAAAUUAAAAGACAAAACCAGAGAAACAGCUGAUCUUGUAUGGACAAAGCCCCUCAAAGAUGGUGGCAGCCCGAUUCUGGGAUACAUUGUGGAAUGUCAGAAAACUGGAACUACGCAGUGGAAUAGGAUUAAUAAGGAUGAACUCAUUAGACAGUGUGCUUUCAGAGUACCUGGUUUAAUAGAAGGAAAUGAAUAUAAAUUCCGAAUAAAAGCUGUCAACAUUGUCGGAGAGGGAGAACCAAGAGAACUGGCAGAAACUGUACUUGCAAAGGAUAUUCUUUCUCCUCCAGAAGUAAGCCUAGAUGUGACCUGUCGAGACUUAAUUACUGUCCGAGUAGGCCAAACAAUUCAUAUUACUGGUAAAGUAAAAGGCAGGCCAGACCCUGACGUAACAUGGUCUAAAGAUGGCAAAGUAAUAGUCCAAGAAAAGCGUGUUGAAAUACUCCAUGAUCUACCUAAUGUUGAACUGCAAGUGAAAGAAGCCAAAAGAUCUGAUCAUGGCAAAUAUAUAAUAGCAGCUAAGAACAGCUGUGGGCAUGCUCAAGCUUUUGCUGUUGUUAAUGUACUUGACAGACCUGGACCAUGUCAGAACCUGAAAAUAAGCUAUGUCACAAAAGAUUCUUGUAUGAUCGCGUGGGAGAGUCCAGUGGAUAACGGUGGCUCUGAAAUUACAAAUUACAUAGUAGAGUACCGCCAACCAAACCAGAAAGGAUGGUCAAUUGUCUCCUCUGACAUCACUAAACGAUUAGUAAAAGCAAAUCUUAUAGAGAACCGUGAAUACUUCUUCAGAGUUUGUGCAGAAAACAAAAUAGGUCCAGGUCCUUGCAUUGAGACCAAGACUCCUAUACUUGCUAUCAAUCCUAUUGACAAGCCUGGAGCGCCAGAAAAUCUUCAUAUUGCAGAGAAAGGAAAGACAUUUGUAUAUCUGAAAUGGAGAAGGCCAGAUUAUGAUGGUGGAAGUCCCAAUUUAAGUUAUCACGUUGAGAGAAAACUGAAAGAUUCAGAUGAAUGGGAAAGGGUUCACAAAGGCAGCAUUAAGGAAACACACUACAUGGUAGAUAAAUGUGUUGAAAAUAAGAUUUACCAAUUCCGAGUUCAAACCAAGAAUGAGGCAGGUGAAAGUGACUGGGUAAGAACAGCUGAAGUUGUUGUGAAGGAAGAUCUGCAGAAACCAGUGCUAGACUUGAAGUUAAGUGGGGUGCUAACUGUGAAAGCAGGUGACACAAUUAGAAUUGAGGCUGGAGUCAGAGGAAAGCCACAGCCUGAGGUUGUAUGGACAAAAGACAAAGAUGCUACAGAUCUAACCAGGUCUCCAAGAGUCAGUAUUGAAACAACUUCUGACACAUCUAAGUUUGUUCUCACAAAAUCAAGGCGUAGUGAUGGUGGGAAAUAUGUGAUUACUGCAACUAACACAGCUGGUAGCUUUGUAGCAUAUGCUACUGUUAUUGUCUUGGAUAAACCUGGUCCCGUAAGAAACUUGAAAGUCACUGACAUUUCAAGUGAUAGAUGUACUGUUACUUGGGACCCUCCAGAAGAUGAUGGUGGUUGUGAAAUACAGAACUACAUCCUGGAAAAAUGUGAAAGCAAGCGUAUGGUUUGGUCUACAUACUCUUCCUCUGUCCUAACAACCUCUGCAAAUGUGACACGCCUCAUUGAAGGUAAUGAAUAUAUAUUCAGAGUACGUGCAGAGAAUAAAAUGGGCACUGGUCCACCAACAGAAACACACCCAAUUAUUGCAAAAACAAAAUAUGAUAGACCUGGACGUCCCGACCCUCCAGAUGUCACAAGAGUUAGCAAAGAAGAGAUGACUGUAGUUUGGAAUCCACCAGAAUAUGAUGGUGGCAAAUCAAUUACAGGAUACAUUUUAGAGAAGAAAGAGAAACGAUCACUAAGAUGGGUUCCUGUUACUAAGACUGCAAUCCCAGAGAGACGCAAGAAGGUUACUAAUCUCAUCCCUGGUCACGAAUAUCAGUUCCGCGUCAGUGCCGAAAAUGAAGUUGGACUUGGAGAACCAAGCUUGCCAUCAAGACCUGUAGUAGCAAAAGACCCAAUAGAACCACCUGGUCCUCCCACAAACUUGAGAGUGGUUGAUAGCACAAAGAGUUCCAUAACCCUUGGAUGGGGAAAACCAGUGUAUGAUGGUGGUGCUCCAAUUAUUGGAUAUGUUGUGGAAAUUAGACCAAAAGUUGAGGGUGCUGAUCCUGAAGCAGGAUGGAAACGAUGCAAUGUUGCUGCCCAAGUUAUUCAUACAGAAUUUACAGCCACAGGCCUGGAUGAGAACCAGUUAUAUGAGUUCAGAGUCUCUGCCCAAAACCAAGUUGGCCUUGGCCGACCAGCUGAACUGAAAGAAGCUGUGUCUCCCAAAGAAAUACUUGAACCUCCUGAGAUUGAGUUGGAUGCAAGCAUGAGAAAGUUAGUCACAGUCAGGGCAGGAUGCCCUAUUAGACUUUUUGCAAUUAUUAGGGGUCGCCCAGCACCAAAAGUCACCUGGAGGAGAAUGGGUAUUGAUAAUGUUAUCAGAAAAGGACAAGUUGAUCUGGUUGACACUAUGGCCUUCUGUGUCAUCCCUGAUUCAACACGUGAUGACUCAGGCAAAUAUUCAUUGACGCUUGUUAAUGCAGCUGGAGAAAAGGCUGUAUUUGUGAAUGUCAGAGUCCUGGAUACUCCUGGACCUGUGUCAGACUUCAAGGUAUCAGAUGUCACCAAGAUGUCAUGCCAUCUUUCAUGGGCACCUCCAGAGAAUGACGGUGGUAGCCCAGUGACUCAUUACAUCCUGCAGAAACGUGAGGCUGACAGGAAGACCUGGGGAACAGUCACUGCAGAACUAAAGAAAACUAGUUUCCAAAUAGCUAACCUCGUACCUGGAAAUGAAUAUUUCUUUAGAGUAACAGCAGUAAACGAAUAUGGGUCAGGUGUUCCAAGUGACUUACCAAAACCAGUUCUAGCAACAGAUCCCCUAAGUGAACCUGAUCCACCAAGAAAACUUGAAGUUACUGAGAUUACGAAGAAUAGUGCUACUUUAGGCUGGCUGCCACCACUGCGUGAUGGAGGCGCUAAAGUUGAUGGGUACAUUGUUAGCUACAGAGAAGAUGACCAACCAGCGGAUCGUUGGACAGAAUAUUCAGUUGUUAAAGAUCUCUCCAUUGUUGUAGCUGGUCUGAAAGAGGGAAAGAAGUACAAGUUUAGAGUGGCAGCUAGAAAUGCUGUAGGAGUAAGCUUGCCAAGAGAAACUGAAGGAGUAUUUGAAAUUAAAGAACAACUCAUCCCACCUAAGAUCCUUAUGCCUGAUCAUGUUCACAUUAAAGCUGGAAAGAAAUUGAGAAUCGAAGCUCAUGUAUAUGGGAAGCCUCAGCCAGUCUGUAAAUGGUUGAAAGGAGAUCAAGAUGUACUUACAUCCAGUCGUCUUGCUGUGCAUAAAGCAGAAAAGUCUUCUGUUCUUAUCAUUAAGGAUGUGACUAGAAAAGAUUCUGAUUUUUACACUCUUACUGCAGAAAAUAGCUCUGGUACUGAUCGACAGAAAAUCAGAGUGAUAGUUAUGGAUAAACCAGGUCCACCACAGCCUCCAUUUGAUAUUUCUGAAAUAGAUGCUGAUGCUUGCACUCUUGCAUGGCAUAUACCUCUCGAAGAUGGUGGCAGUAACAUUACAAACUAUGUAGUUGAGAAAUGUGAUGUAAGCCGAGGGGACUGGGUAACAGCUUUAGCUUCUGUCACAAAAACAAGCUGCAGAAUUGGAAAACUGAUUCCUGGAGAAGAGUAUAUGUUCCGUGUUCGUGCUGAAAAUCGUUUUGGGAUUUCUGAGCCGCUUACUUCCGGCAAGAUGAUUGCAAGGUUCCCAUUUGAUGUUCCUAGUGAACCAAAGAAUGCACGUAUUACCAAGGUCAAUAAGGACUGCAUUUUUGUUGCCUGGGAUAAACCAGAUAGUGAUGGAGGCAGUCCAAUCACUGGUUAUCUCAUUGAGCGCAAAGAAAGGAACAGUUUACUGUGGGUGAAAGCUAAUGACACACCUGUGCGCUCCACAGAAUAUCCUUGUGUGGGACUCAUCGAAGGUCUUGAGUAUACUUUCAGAAUUUAUGCAUUGAACAGAGCUGGAGCAAGUAAACCCAGUAAACCAACUGAGUUUGUCACAGCAAGAGCACCAGUUGAUCCCCCCGGAAAACCUGAAGUUAUUGAUGUCACUAAGAGUACUGUAUCACUGGUAUGGACAAGACCAAAGCAUGAUGGUGGUAGCAAACUUAUUGGCUACUUUGUUGAAGCUUGCAAAUUACCUGGUGAUAAGUGGGUUCGGUGCAAUACAACUCCACAUCAAAUACCCCUGGAAGAGUAUACUGCUACUGAUUUGGAAGAAAACGCUCAAUAUCAGUUUAGAGCAAUUGCUAAGACAGCAGUUAACAUUAGCCGGCCUUCAGAACCUUCUGAUCCAGUGACCAUUCAUCCAGAAAAUGUUCCCCCCAGAAUAGAGUUGGAUCUGUCUAUGCAAUCACAGCUUACAGUAAAAGCUGGAACUAACGUGCGUCUGGAGGCAAAUGUAUAUGGCAAGCCCAUGCCAACAAUCACCUGGAAGAAAGAAGGAGAAGUUUUAAAGCCAUCUGAAGGUGUUAAGAUCACCACUAAGAGAAACCUUGCUACAGUUGAGUUGUUCAGUGUUAACAGGAAGCAAACAGGAGACUAUACUAUUACUGCUGAAAAUGCAAGUGGAUCAAAGUCAGCAACCAUUAAGCUUAAAGUACUUGAUAAGCCUGGUCCACCGGCCUCCGUUAAAAUCAAACAUAUGUAUGCAGAUCGUGCAAUGCUUUCUUGGGAGCCUCCUCUGGAAGAUGGAGGUUCAGAAAUUACUAACUACAUUGUGGACAAGCGUGAAACAAGCAGACCAAACUGGGCCCAAGUCAGUGCAAAUGUACCCAUUACAAGUUGCACAGUGGAGAAACUAAUAGAAGGACAUGAAUAUCAGUUCCGCAUAUGUGCUGAAAACAAAUAUGGUGUUGGAGAUCCUAUCUUGACUGAACCAGCCGUUGCUAAGAAUCCAUAUGAUGUACCCGGACCUUGUGAUCCACCGAUAAUUAGCAAUGUAACAAAAGAUUUUAUGACUGUUAGCUGGAAGCCACCAGCUAGUGAUGGUGGAUCCCCAAUAACUGGUUAUAUACUUGAGAAGCGUGAAACUAAGGCUCUUAACUGGACAAAGGUAAACAGAAAGCCUGUCAUUGAAAGAACUGUUAAGGCUACUGGACUCCAAGAAGGAACAGAAUAUGAGUUCCGGGUGACAGCGUUGAAUAAGGCUGGACCUGGCAAGCCUAGUGCACCAUCUAAAGCAGUGUAUGCUCGUGAUCCUCAAUAUCCUCCUGGCCCACCUGCUUUCCCAAAAGUCACUGAUACUACUCGUAAUUCAAUAAGCCUGUCAUGGAGCAAACCAGCAUAUGAUGGAGGAAGCCCUAUUAUUGGUUAUCUAGUGGAAGCAAAACGAGCUGACACAGACAACUGGGUCAGAUGCAAUCUGCCCAAGAACUUACAGGCUACGCAAUUUGUGGUAACAGGGCUGAUAGAAGACACAGAGUACCAGUUCCGUGUUUAUGCUGUCAAUAAGAUUGGAUACAGUGAUCCAAGUGAUGUUCCUGAUAAACACACUGCCAAAGACAUUUUAAUUCCUCCUGAAGGAGAACUUGAUGCAGAACUAAGGAAAGUCCUUGUUUUGCGUGCUGGAGUCACAAUGAGACUUUACGUGCCAGUAAGGGGACGUCCACCUCCAAAGAUUACAUGGUCUAAAGUGGGUGCCAACCUAAGAGAUAGACAAGGACUAGACAUCAAGUCAACUGAUUUUGAUACCUUCCUGCGCUGUGAAAAUGUAAACAAAUAUGAUGCUGGAAAAUAUGUCCUCAGUCUGGAGAACAGCUGUGGCAAAAAGGCAUACACCAUUGUUGUAAAAGUACUUGAUACUCCAGGCCCUCCAGUUAACCUGAUUGUAAAGGAAGCAUCUAAGGAUUCUGCCUUCAUUACAUGGGAACCUCCACUAAUAGAUGGUGGCAGUCCAAUCACAAAUUAUGUUGUUGAAAAACGUGAUGCAGAAAGAAAGUCAUGGUCCACAGUAACAACUGAAUGUCCAAAGACAAGCUGCAGGAUAACUAACUUAGAAGAAGGCAAAUCUUACUUCUUCAGGGUUUUUGCUGAAAAUGAAUACGGCAUUGGUGACCCCUGUGAAACUCGUGAUGCUGUUAAAGCUUCUGAAACCCCUGGGCCAGUUGUGGAUCUAAAAGCUUCAGCUGUAACAAAAUCAUCUUGCAAUUUAGUAUGGAAAAAGCCUAUCAGUGAUGGUGGUAGCCGUAUUUUUGCGUAUGUUGUUGAGGUCCUGAUUGGUGAAGAUAAAUGGCAAGAAGUCAUGCGGGCAAAGAAUCUCCAUUUUUCAAUGAGAGACCUAAAAGAAGGACAAGAAUAUACUUUCAGAGUGAGAGCCCAGAAUGACGCUGGAUAUGGAACUCCAACAGAGCUCACAAUUGUGGCAAGAGAUGAUGUUGUGGCACCUGAUCUUGACUUAAGAGAUCUACCUGAUUUGUGCUAUAUAGCUAAAGAGGGUAGUAAUUUCCGUCUUAAAAUCCCAAUUAAAGGCAAGCCUGUCCCAGCUGUAACUUGGAAGAAAGAUGAAGACCAGGCACUUGCUGAGAGUGGAAGAGUUGCAUUUGAAUCUACAGCAGUUAACACCACACUUGUAGUACAUGACUGCCAGAAAGCUGAUGCUGGAAAAUACACAAUAACUCUGAAGAAUGUUGUUGGCAGCAAGGAAGGCACUAUUUCUGUGAAAGUUGUUGGCAAACCUGGCAUACCGACAGGUCCAGUGAAAUUCGAAGAAGUCACAGCUGAUGCCAUAACCUUAAAGUGGGGCCCUCCAAAAGAUGAUGGUGGUUCAGAAAUCACUAACUAUGUCCUAGAGAAGAGAGAUAAUGUAAACAAUAAGUGGGUGACUUGUGCCUCUGCAGUCCAGAAAACCACAUUUAGAGUUACAAGACUUCAUGAAGGAAAUGAAUAUACAUUUAGGAUCAGGGCUGAAAAUAAAUAUGGAGUAGGUGAAGGUCUUAAAUCUGACCCUGUCAUUGCAAAACAUCCAUUUGAUGUGCCAGAUGCUCCUCCACCUCCCAACAUUGUUGAUGUUCGGCAUGAAUCUGUAGCUUUAACUUGGACUGAUCCCAGGAGAACUGGAGGCUCACCAAUCACAGGUUAUCACAUUGAAGUCAAAGAAAGAAAUAGUCUUCUGUGGAAGAGAGCAAAUAAAACACCAAUUAGAAUGAAAGAUUUCAGAGUGACAGGGUUAACUGAAGGUCUGGAAUAUGAAUUUAGAGUAAUGGCAAUCAAUAUGGCUGGAGUAGGUAAACCAAGCCUGCCAUCUGAACCAGUUGUGGCACUUGAUCCUAUUGAUCCCCCUGGGAAACCUGAAGUUAUCAAUGUAACUAGGAACUCAGUAACACUCAUUUGGACAGAACCAAAAUAUGAUGGUGGACAUAAGUUAACUGGUUAUAUUGUUGAAAAGCGUGAUUUACCCUCAAAGGCUUGGACAAAAGCUAAUCAUGUGAAUGUUCCAGACUGUGCAUUUACUGUAACUGACCUCACUGAAGGCUCCAAAUAUGAGUUCAGAAUUAGAGCAAAGAACACUGCUGGAGCUAUCAGUCCUCCAUCUGAAUCCACAGGAACCAUAAUAUGCAAGGAUGAGUAUGAGGCACCAAGCAUUGUUAUCGAUCCUACUUUGAAGGAAGGUUUAACAGUAAAAGCAGGAGAAACCAUUACAGUGUCUGCUAUUAGUAUCCGUGGCAAACCACCUCCAACUUCAGCAUGGUCAAAAGCUGGAAAAGAUUUUAGACCUUCAGAGCUUGUGCACAUUGAAACCACACCAACUUCUUCUACUCUAACUGUUAAAUAUGCAGCCAGAAAAGAUUCUGGGGAAUACACAAUCACUGCAACCAAUCCUUUUGGCACUAAGCAGGAAAGCAUAAAUGUGAAAGUUUUAGAUGUUCCAGGACCUCCAGGGCCUAUUGAGGUCAGCAAUGUUUCAGCAGAAAAAGCGACUCUUACAUGGUCACCUCCUGCAGAAGAUGGUGGAUCACCAGUCAAAUCAUAUGUUCUUGAAAAGAGAGAAACUAGCCGACUGCUUUGGACAUUGGUUGCUGAAAAUAUUGAAAGCUGUAGGCACGUUGUUAGCAAGCUCAUUCAAGGAAAUGAAUAUGUUUUCCGCGUGUCAGCAGUAAAUCAAUAUGGCAAGGGUGAACCAGUACAAUCAGAACCAGUUAAAAUGGUGGAUAGAUUUGGUCCCCCAGGCCCUCCUGGAAAACCAGAAGUAACAAAUGUGACUAAAAAUACUGUCACAGUUACCUGGAAAAGACCAGUAGAUGAUGGUGGAAGUGAAAUCACAGGUUACUAUGUGGAGCGAAGAGAAAAGAAAGGUUUAAGAUGGGUCAGAGCAACAAAGAAACCAGUUUCAGAUCUUAGAUGCAAAGUAACUGGUCUCCUGGAAGGAAAUGAAUAUGAAUUCCGUGUCAGUGCAGAAAAUAGAGCAGGAGUUGGACCACCAAGUGAUGCUUCAAAUUCAGUCAUAUGCAAGGAUGUUACAUACCCACCAGGUCCACCUGCAAAUCCAAGAGUGACUGAUACUACAAAGACCAGUGCAUCUUUAGCCUGGGGCAAGCCUCACUAUGACGGUGGUCUUGACAUCAUUGGCUAUAUAGUAGAACAUCAAAAAGAAGGAGAAGAAGAAUGGGUAAAAGACACGACAGGGACCGCUUUAAGAAUCACUCAGUUUGUUGCUGCUCAUCUGCAGACAGGAGCCAAAUACAAUUUUAGAAUCUCUGCCAUGAAUGCUGCAGGUGUUGGUGAACCAGCAAUAAUUCCAAGUGUGGAAAUCAAAGACCGGGAAGAGAUUCCUGACUUUGAAUUAGAUGCUGAGCUAAGAAGAACACUUGUUGUUAGAGCUGGAUUAACUAUUCGGAUUUUUGUGCCAAUUAAAGGACGUCCAACUCCAGAAGUUACAUGGACAAAAGAUGAUGUUUCACUCAAAGGACGUGCCAGUAUUGAAAAUACAGACUCUUUUACACUCUUGAUUGUCACAGAGUGCACCAGAUAUGAUGCAGGAAAAUACGUAAUGACUCUUGAAAACGCUGCUGGUAAGAAGACUGGCUUUGUAAAUGUAAAGGUCUUGGAUACACCAGGUCCACCAAUAAACCUUAAGCCUAGAGAAAUAACCAAAGACAGCAUCACCCUCCAAUGGGAUAUGCCUCUGAUAGAUGGCGGUUCACGUAUAACAAAUUAUAUUGUUGAGAAACGUGAAUCGACUCGGAAGGCAUAUUCAACAGUUACAACCAACUGCCAGAAGUGUUCCUUCAGGAUUCCUAAUUUGGCUGAGGGGUGUGAAUACUAUUUCAGAGUGCUGGCCGAAAAUGAGUACGGUAUUGGUGAACCAGCUGAAACUGCAGAACCAGUAAGAGCUUCUGAGGCACCAUCCCCACCUGAAAGCCUUAAUAUUAUGGAUGUAACACGGAACUCAGUUAGCCUGGCUUGGCCAAAACCAGAACAUGAUGGUGGCAGCAAGAUCACUGGAUAUGUAAUUGAAGCACAGAGAAAAGGAACCAACCAGUGGGCACACAUCACCACUGUAAAAACACUGGACUGUGUAGUAAAGAAUUUAACUGAAAAUGAAGAGUAUACUUUCCAGGUUAUGGCAGUUAACAGUGCUGGAAGAAGUGCCCCAAGAGAAAGCAGGCCAGUUAUUAUCAAGGAGCAAACAAUGCUACCAGAGUUUGACCUCCGUGGUAUCUACCAGAAAACAGUCAUUGCCAAAGCUGGUGACAAUAUCAAGAUUGAAAUUCCCGUGCUUGGUCGUCCAAGGCCUACUGUGACUUGGAAGAAAGAAGACCAGAUACUUAAGCAAACACAAAGGGUAAAUUAUGAAAAUACUGCAACUGCAACCAUACUAACCAUCAAUGAAUGUAAACGAAGUGAUAGUGGUCAAUAUCCACUGUCAGCUAAAAAUAUUGUUGGAGAAGUUAGUGAAGUAAUCACAGUCCAAGUUCAUGACAUACCUGGACCUCCCACUGGACCAAUCAAAUUUGAUGAAAUUUCAUCCGACUUUUUAACAUUCUCGUGGGAGCCUCCUUUGAAUGAUGGUGGUGUACCAAUAAGUAACUAUGUUGUAGAAAUGCGUCAAACUGACAGUACCACAUGGACUGAAUUGGCAACCACAGUGAUACGUACUACAUUUAAAGCCACUCGUCUUACUACUGGAGUUGAGUAUCAGUUCCGUGUUAAAGCUCAAAACAGAUAUGGAAUUGGUCCAGCCAUUACUUCAGAGUCUGUUGUUGCCAACUACCCAUUUAAGGUACCUGGGCCUCCUGGCACUCCUCAGGUGAUUGCAGUCACCAAAGAAACCAUGACUAUUAGCUGGAAUGAGCCAGUUACUGAUGGUGGAAGCCCAAUUCUGGGAUAUCAUGUUGAAAGAAAAGAACGAAAUAGCAUUCUUUGGCAGACUGUAAGUAAAAUGCUGGUAUCAGGCAAUAUCUUUAAAUCAACUGGACUUACUGAUGGCAUUGCAUAUGAAUUCCGUGUUAUAGCAGAAAAUCUGGCUGGGAAGAGUAAGCCAAGCAAACCAUCUGAGCCUGUGUUUGCCCUAGACCCAAUAGAUCCACCUGGUAAGCCGAUACCUCUGAACAUUACAAGACAUGCAGUUACACUGAAGUGGACUAAACCAGAAUAUAAUGGAGGUUUUAAGAUAACUGGCUACACCGUUGAAAAAAGAGACCUUCCUAAUGGCCGUUGGCUGAAGGCUAAUUUCAGCAAUAUACUAGAGACUGAAUUCACUGUAAGUGGUUUGACAGAAGAUGCUGCCUAUGAAUUCCGCGUGAUUGCUAGGAAUGCUGGUGGGGCUGUUAGUCAGCCCUCUGAGCCAUCAGAUGCAAUAACUUGUAGAGAUGACAUUGAAGCACCAAAGAUUAGGGUGGAUGCUAAAUACAAAGACACCUUAGUGCUGAAAGCAGGUGAAGUUUUCAAACUUGAGGCUGAUGUUUCGGGUCGCCCUCCACCAACUAUGACAUGGACAAAAGGAGAAAAAGAACUUGAAGACACAGCAAAAUUAGAAAUCAAAAUAGCAGAUUUCUCUACUGUUCUUAUCAAUAAAGAUUCUUCAAGAAGAGACGGUGGUGCCUAUACACUUACUGCAACAAAUCCUGGUGGCUUUGCCAAGCAUAUCUUCAAUGUUAAAGUUCUUGAUAGACCUGGUCCCCCAGAAGGGCCUUUGGCUGUGUCUGAAGUCACUGCAGAAAAAUGUGUGCUGUCAUGGCUCCCUCCACUGGAUGAUGGAGGAGCAAAGAUUGACCAUUAUGUGGUUGAAAAGCGUGAAACUAGUAGAUUGGCAUGGACAGCCGUAGCCACAGAAGUUCCAUUAACUAAACUGAAGGUUACUAAGCUGUUGAAGGGCAAUGAGUACGUCUUCCGUGUGAUGGCUGUUAACAAAUAUGGAGUUGGUGAGCCUCUGGAAUCAGAGCCAGUUCUUGCAGUAAAUCCAUAUGUGCCACCUGAUCCACCUAAAACACCUGAAGUUACAGCAAUUACAAAAGAUUCUAUGAUUGUCUGUUGGGGCCAUCCUGAUUCUGAUGGUGGGAGCCCAAUAACUAACUAUAUUGUGGAACGUCGAGAUAGGGCUGGUCUACGAUGGGUGAAAUGUAACAAAAGGGUUGUUACUGACUUACGUUAUAAAGUGUCUGGACUGACAGAAGGCCAUGAAUAUGAAUACAGAGUCAUGGCUGAAAAUGCUGCUGGAGUCAGUGAGCCAAGCCCAACCAGUCCAUUCUAUAAAGCCUGUGAUACUGUAUUUAAGCCUGGUCCCCCAGGUAAUCCUCGUGUUUUGGAUAGCAGCAAGUCCUCAAUUACAAUAGCGUGGAAUAAACCAAUAUAUGAUGGUGGUUCAGAAAUCACAGGUUACAUGGUUGAGAUCGCACUACCUGAAGAAGAUGAGUGGAAGAUUGUAACUCCACCAAUAGGUCUAAAAGCCACUUCUUUUACCAUCACUGACCUGAAAGAAAAUCAAGAGUAUAAAAUACGGAUAUAUGCUAUGAACUCUGAAGGUCUUGGAGAACCUGCUCUUGUUCCAGGGACUCCAAAAGCUGAAGAAAGAAUGCUACCUCCAGAGAUUGAACUUGAUGCAGAACUACGUAAAGUUGUCACUAUUAGAGCCUGCUGUACUCUAAGGCUUUUUGUCCCAAUUAAAGGAAGGCCAGCACCUGAGGUGAAAUGGACACGAGAACAUGGGGAAUCUUUGGAUAGAGCAAGCAUUGAAUCAACAAGCUCUUAUACUCUACUUAUUGUAGAAAACGUAAAUAGAUUUGAUAGUGGCAAAUACAUACUGACAAUUGAAAACAGCUCAGGUAGUAAGUCAGCAUUUGUGAAUGUCAGAGUUCUUGACACCCCAGGGGCACCUCAGGAUUUGAAAAUAAAAGAAGUUACAAAAUCAUCAGUUACACUCACAUGGGAGCCUCCUCUCAUAGAUGGUGGCUCUAAAAUAAAAAAUUACAUUGUUGAAAAGCGAGAAUCAACAAGAAAAGCUUAUUCAACUGUUAAUGCAAAUUGCCACAAGACCAGCUGGAAAGUUGAUUCACUGCAAGAAGGCUGCAACUAUUACUUCAGAGUCCUAGCUGAAAAUGAGUAUGGAAUAGGCCUUCCAGUUGAAACUUCAGAAUCAGUAAAAGUAUCAGAGAGACCACUUCCACCAGGGAAAAUAACUUUGUUGGAUGUGACAAGAAAUAGCGUAUCCUUAUCUUGGGAAAAACCUGAACAUGAUGGCGGUAGCAGAAUUCUGGGCUACAUUGUAGAAAUGCAAAGCAAAGGCAGUGAAAAGUGGUCAACUUGUGCUACAGUAAAAGUUACCGAAGCCACUAUCACAGGAUUGAUCCAAGGUGAAGAAUACACCUUCCGUGUUUCAGCUCAGAAUGAGAAAGGUAUCAGUGAUCCUCGCCAGCUGGGUAUACCAGUUGUUGCAAAAGAUCUUGUGAUUCCACCAGCUUUCAAACUACUGUUUACCACUUUCAGUGUUCUAGCAGGAGAGGACUUAAAGAUUGACGUUCCUUUUGUUGGUCGACCCAAACCAGCAGUGUUUUGGCAUAAAGAUAACGUGGCAUUGAAGCAGACCACAAGAGUAAAUGCUGAAAGUUCAGAAAAUAACACCGUGUUAACAAUAAAAGAAGCAUGCAGAGAAGAUGUGGGGACAUAUUUAGUUAAACUUACAAACUCUGCAGGUGAAGCAGCCGAGACCCUAAAUAUUGUUGUCCUUGACAAACCAGGACCUCCAACUGGACCAGUAAAAGUAGAUGAAGUAACAGCAGACAGUAUUACCAUUUCUUGGGAACCACCCAAGUAUGAUGGUGGUAGCUCUAUCAAUAAUUACAUUGUAGAAAAAAGAGACACUUCCACCACCACUUGGCAGAUUGUGUCAGCUACGGUUGCAAGAACAACUAUAAAAGCAUGUCGCUUAAAGACUGGCUCUGAAUAUCAGUUCAGAAUCGCAGCUGAGAACAGGUAUGGGAAGAGUACCUAUCUCACUUCAGAGUCAAUCAUAGCCCAGUACCCAUUUAAAGUUCCUGGUCCACCUGGAACACCUUUUGUAACAAAAGUCUCAAAAGACAGCAUGGUGGUUCAAUGGAAUGAACCAGUCAAUGAUGGUGGUAGCAAGAUAAUUGGGUAUCACUUGGAGCGCAAAGAAAGAAACAGCAUUCUGUGGGCUAAAUUGAAUAAAACACCUAUUCCAGAUACCAAAUUUAAGACAACUGGCCUUGAGGAAGGUCUUGAAUAUGAGUUCAGAGUUUAUGCAGAAAACAUAGUGGGCAUUGGAAAGGCAAGUAAAGCAUCUGAAUGCUAUACUGCAUAUGACCCAUGUGACCCACCAGGUCGUCCAGAACCUGUGAUUGUCACAAGAAGCUCAGUAACACUUCAGUGGAAGAAACCUGUAUAUGAUGGUGGAAGUAAGAUCACAGGCUAUGUUGUUGAAAAGAAGGAGCUACCUGAUGGUCGUUGGAUGAAAGCAAGCUUUACAAAUGUCAUUGAUACCCAAUUUGAAGUAACUGGUCUAGUUGAAAACCAGAGAUAUGAGUUCCGUGUUAUAGCGCGAAAUGCUGCAGGUGUUUUCAGUGAACCAUCUGAGAGCUCAGGGGCAAUUACAGCAAGAGAUGAAGUAGAACCACCUCAUAUAAGUAUGGAUCCAAAGUACAAAGACACUGUUGUAGUUCAUGCUGGUGAGUCAUUCAAGCUUGACGCUGAUGUUCGUGGCAAACCAAUACCUUCCAUUCAGUGGUUAAAAGGUGAUCGUGAGCUGACAAACACUGCUCGUAUGGAAAUAAAAAGUACUGACUUUGCAACAAGCCUUAGUGUGAAGGAAGCCAUUAGAGUUGACAGUGGUCAGUAUGUACUACUGGCAAAGAAUGUUGCAGGUGAGAAGAAAGUUCCUGUUAACGUCAAAGUUCUUGAUAGACCGGGACCACCAGAAGGACCUGUUGAGAUUACAGGCGUUACUGCUGAAAAGUGCAUGCUGUCAUGGAAACCUCCGCUACAAGAUGGUGGUAGCGAUAUUUCGCACUAUGUUGUAGAAAAAAGGGAAACCAGUCGCUUGGUGUGGACAGUCGUUGAUUCAAAUGUGCAAACCCUAAACUGUAAAGUUACCAAACUUUUAGAAGGAAAUGAAUAUGUUUUCCGCAUCAUGGCAGUAAAUAAAUAUGGAGUUGGUGAACCUCUUGAGUCUGAACCAGUACUCGCAAAGAACCCAUUUGUAGUGCCACUUCCACCAAGGGCACCAGAAGUCACAGCCAUCACCAAGGAUUCUAUGAUAGUUGUAUGGGAAAGGCCAGCCUCAGAUGGUGGUAGUGAAAUCCUGGGCUACAUCCUUGAAAAACGAGAUAAGGAAGGUAUUCGCUGGACAAGAUGCAACAAACGCCUGAUAAGUGAACUGCGAUACAGAGUGACCGGGCUUAUAGAAAAUCAUGAUUAUGAGUACAGAGUUUCAGCUGAAAAUGCUGCUGGUCUUAGUGAACCAAGCCCACCAUCCGCUUACUACAAAGCGUGUGAUCCUAUUUACAAGCCAGGUCCACCCAAUAAUCCUAAAGUUGUGGAUGUUACAAGAUCUUCAGUUUUCCUUUCAUGGGGUAAACCUAUCUAUGAUGGUGGGUCUGAAAUUCAGGGAUACAUUGUGGAAAAAUGUGAUGUAAGUGAUGGUGAAUGGGCAAUUUGUACCCCUCCAACUGGAAUUAAGAAUACUCACAUGGAAGUAGAAAAAUUAGUGGAAAAACAUGAAUACAAAUUCCGCAUAUGUGCAGUUAAUAAAGCAGGAGUUGGAGACCAUGCAGAUGUUCCUGGUUCUGUUAUUGUGGAAGAAAAGAUGGAGGCACCAGACCUUGACCUUGACAUGGAAUUAAGGAAGAUUGUAAAUGUGAGAGCAGGAGGUUCCUUAAGACUGUUUGUUCCCAUCAGAGGUCGUCCAACACCUGAAGUCAAAUGGGGGAAAAUGGAUGGUGAGAUCAGAGAGGCAGCUGUUAUUGAUACCACUAGCAGCUUUACUUCCCUUGUUCUAGACAAUGUUAACAGAUUUGAUACUGGAAAGUACACUCUGACUUUAGAAAACAGCAGUGGAACAAAGUCUGCCUUUGUCAGCGUAAGAGUACUGGAUACCCCAAGUGCACCUGUUAAUUUAAAAAUUAGAGAGAUCACUAAAGACUCUGUUUCACUUUCUUGGGAGCCUCCUCUCUUGGAUGGUGGAGCAAAAAUAAAGAAUUACAUUAUUGAAAAGCGUGAAGCAACAAGAAAGGCAUAUGCAGCUGUUGUAACAAACUGCCAUAAGACUUCAUGGAAAGUAGAUCAACUUCAGGAGGGCUGUUAUUACUUCUUUAGAAUCUCUGCUGAGAAUGAAUAUGGAAUUGGCCUCCCUGCAGAAACCAGUGACCCAAUUAAAGUUGCUGAAGUACCACAGCCUCCUGGGAAAAUAACAGUGGAUGAUGUCACAAGAAACAGUGUCUCACUAAGCUGGGCAAAACCUGAACAUGAUGGUGGCAGCAAAAUCAUACAAUACAUUGUUGAAAUGCAAGUGAAGGGUAGUGAGAAGUGGUCAGAGUGUGCUCGUGUAAAAACACUUGAAGCAGUUGUUACUAACCUAACUCAAGGGGAAGAAUAUCUUUUUAGAGUAAUGGCUGUAAAUGAAAAGGGUAAGAGUGACCCUAGAGCACUUGCAGUUCCAGUAGUUGCCAAAGACCUGGUGAUUGAACCUGAUGUAAGACCUGCUUUUCACAGUUAUAGUAUCCAAGUGGGACAAGAUCUGAAAGUAGAAGUACCAAUUGCAGGUCGUCCUAAACCAACUGUUACCUGGGUAAAAGAUGGCCAGCCAUUAAGGCAGACAACAAGAGUAAAUGUCAGCGAUUUGACUGAUCUCACUAUAUUGAAUAUUAAAGAAACUAGCAAAGAGGACAGUGGCACUUAUGAAAUCACUGUGGCUAAUGUUGUUGGACAAAAGUCUGCCUCUGUUCAGAUUAUAACUCUAGACAAACCUGACCCUCCAGUAGGACCUGUGAAAUUUGAUGAAAUAAGUGCAGAAAGUAUUACCCUAUCAUGGAAUCCCCCAGUGUACACAGGCGGCUGCCAAAUCACCAACUAUAUUGUUCACAAGAGAGAUACAACAACCACUAUAUGGGAAACAGUUUCAGCUACUGUUGCAAGAACUACGCUAAAGGUGACUAAACUGAAAACUGGUUCAGAAUACCAGUUCAGAAUAUUUGCUGAGAAUAGGUAUGGGCAGAGCUUUGCAUUGGAAUCUGCACCAGUUGUAGCACAGUACCCCUACAAAGAACCAGGACCUCCUGGCACACCAUUUGUGACAACGGUUACAAAGGACUCUAUGGUUGUACAGUGGCAUGAACCAAUAAAUGAUGGUGGCAGUAGAGUGUUGGGCUACCAUCUUGAGAGAAAGGAGAAAAACAGCAUUUUAUGGGCUAAAGUGAACAAGAGUAUUAUUCAGGACACAAGUUUUAAGACAACUAACCUUGAAGAAGGAAUUGAAUAUGAGUUUCGAGUUUCUGCAGAAAAUAUUGUUGGUGUGGGCAAAACAAGUAAAGUUUCUGAGUGCUAUGUAGCUCGUGACCCAUGUGAUCCUCCAGGUCGCCCAGAAGCUAUAAUAAUAAAAAGAAGCUCUAUUACUCUACAGUGGACCAAACCAGAAUACGAUGGUGGAAGUAAGAUUACUGGCUAUAUUGUAGAGAAACGUGACUUACCAGAUGGUCGCUGGAUGAAAGCAAGCUUCACAAAUAUCAUUGAAACUCAGUUCACUGUAACAGGGCUUACCGAAGACCAAAGAUACGAAUUUAGAGUAAUUGCAAAGAAUGCUGCAGGUGCAAUAAGCAAACCUUCUGACAGUACGGGACCAAUAACAGCAAGGGAUGAAGUUGAACUUCCACGAAUUUCAAUGGAUCCAAAGUACAAAGACACAAUUGUUGUAAGUGCUGGUGAAACAUUUAGACUUGAGGCUGAUGUUCAUGGAAAGCCACUACCAACCAUUAAGUGGUACAAAGGAGAUAAAGAGCUUGAGGAAACUGCUAGAUAUGAAAUAAAGAACACAGAUUUCAGUGCAUUAAUAAUUGUAAAAGAUGCUAUUAGAGUUGAUGGUGGACAGUACAUUUUAGAGGCCUCUAAUGUUGCAGGAACAAAGACAGUACCAGUAAAUGUAAAAGUCCUGGACAGGCCAGGACCUCCAGAGGGCCCAGUCCAAGUAACAGGAGUUACAGCUGAAAAAUGUUCAUUGGCAUGGGCUCCUCCUCUUCAUGAUGGUGGCAGUGAUAUUUCUCAUUACAUUGUAGAGAAGAGAGAAACUAGUCGCCUAGCAUGGACUGUUGUUGCCUCAGAGGUUUUGCCUACAAUGCUGAAAGUAACAAAACUUUUGGAAGGAAAUGAAUAUGUUUUCCGUAUUAUGGCAGUUAACAAAUAUGGGGUUGGUGAACCAUUAGAAUCUGUGCCAGUAAUGAUGAAAAAUCCAUUUGUGGUUCCUGGACCACCAAAGGCCUUGGAAAUUACCAACAUCACAAAGGAUUCUAUGACUGUCUGCUGGAGCCGGCCAGAUAGUGAUGGAGGUAGUGAAAUCAUAGGUUACAUUGUAGAAAAGAGAGACCGAGCAGGCAUCAGAUGGAUAAAAUGCAAUAAACGCCGAAUUACAGAUUUGCGAUUAAGAGUUACAGGAUUAACAGAGGAUCAUGAAUAUGAAUUCAGAGUUUCUGCUGAAAAUGCUGCUGGAGUGGGUGAGCCAAGCCAAGUUUCUCCUUACUUUAAAGCUUGUGACCCCAUAUUCAAGCCUGGCCCACCUACAAAUGCUCAUGUGGUGGAUACCACCAAAAGUUCAGUUACACUUGGCUGGAGUAAACCUAUUUAUGAUGGUGGUUGUGAAAUCCAGGGAUACAUUGUAGAAAUCUGUAAAGCAGAUGAAGAUGAAUGGUCCCUUGUUACUCCACAGACAGGUGUACGUGCCACUCGAUUUGAAAUCAAAAAGCUUACUGAACAUCAGGAAUAUAAACUACGAGUGUGUGCCCUCAACAAGGUUGGUGUGGGAGAGGCUGCAUCGGUUCCUGGUACUAUUAAACCAGAAGACAAACUUGAAGCUCCAGAACUUGAUAUUGAUUCAGAGCUAAGGAAAGGGAUUGUGGUUAGAGCUGGCGGGUCUGCUAGGAUUCAUAUACCAUUCAGGGGACGACCAACACCUGACAUCAUGUGGUCUCGAGAAGAAGGUGAAUUCACAGAAAAAGUUCAGAUUGAUAAAGGCAUGAACUACACACAACUUUCAAUUGACAACUGUGAUAGAAAUGAUGCUGGAAAGUACAUUCUUAAGUUGGAGAACAGCAGUGGUUCUAAAUCUGCAUUUGUUACAGUAAAAGUCUUGGACACACCAGGACCACCACAAAACUUAGUGGUAAAGGAUAUAAAGAAGGAUUCUGCUGUAUUAUCUUGGGAACCACCCAUUAUCGAUGGUGGUGCAAAGGUAAAGAACUAUGUAAUAGACAAGCGUGAGUCAACCAGGAAGGCAUUUGCAAAUGUAAGUGCUAAGUGUGGCAAGACAAGUUUUAAAGUUGAAAAUCUUACAGAAGGAGCAAUUUAUUACUUCAGAGUUAUGGCUGAAAAUGAAUUUGGAAUUGGUGUUCCAGCUGAAACCACAGAUGCUGUCAAAGCCUCAGAGCCACCUCUGCCUCCUGGGAAAGUAACACUCACCGAUGUGACUCAGAGAAGUGCAUCACUUACCUGGGAAAAACCUGAACAUGAUGGAGGUAGCAGAAUUUUGGGAUACAUUGUUGAAAUGCUGCCUAAAGGAACAGAAAAAUGGAGUGUUGUUAGUGAGACCAAAACAUGCAAUGCAGUUGUGUCUGGUUUGAGUCCAGGACAGGAGUAUCAGUUUCAUGUGAUUGCCUACAAUGAAAAAGGCAAAAGUGAUCCCAGAGCACUUGGAAUCCCUGUGAUAGCUAAAGACUUGACAAUAGAGCCAAGUUUCAAACUGAUGUUUAAUACAUACAGUGUACAGGCUGGAGAAGAUCUGAAAGUAGAAGUACCAUUUAUAGGUAGACCCAAACCUACUAUUACUUGGACAAAAGAUGAGCAGCCAUUGAAACAGACAACCAGAUUACAUAUUCAGGAUACACCAACAUCAACUAUCUUACAUAUUAAAGAAAGCAACAAGGAAGAUUUCGGUAAAUAUACAGUAACAGCAACAAACACAGCAGGCACAGCAACAGAGCACCUGAGCAUAAUUGUACUGGAAAAGCCUGGCCCACCACGAGGACCUGUCCGCUUUGAUGAAGUUAGCGCAGACUUUGUUGUUUUAUCAUGGGAUCCACCUGAUUAUACUGGUGGCUGUCAGAUAAGCAACUAUAUAGUAGAAAAGCGUGACACAAGCACUACCACGUGGAACAUCGUGUCAGCAACUGUUGCAAGAACAACUAUCAAAGCAACAAAACUUAAAACAGGUUCUGAAUAUCAGUUUAGGAUUUCUGCUGAAAAUAGAUAUGGGAAGAGCGCUCCAUUGGAUUCUAAGCCAGUUGUUGUGCAAUACCCUUACAAGGUGCCUGGGCCACCUGGAACCCCAUUUGUAACAGCAGCUUCCAAGGACCAUAUGAUCGUACAAUGGCAUGAACCAGUUAAUGAUGGAGGAAGCAAAGUUCUUGGCUACCAUCUUGAACGUAAAGAUAAGAACAGCAUCCUUUGGACAAAACAGAACAAGUCACUCAUUGCAGACACCAAAUAUAAAACAGAUGGCCUUGAAGAAGGUCUUGAAUAUGAGUUCAGAGUUUCUGCUGAAAACAUUGUUGGCAUUGGCAAAGUCAGCAAAGUAUCAGAAUUGUAUGCUGCCCGAGAUCCUUGUGACCCACCUGGCCGCCCUGAAGCCAUUGUUGUUACAAGAAAUAAUAUCACGCUGAAGUGGAAAAAACCAGAAUAUGAUGGUGGAAGCAAAAUAACAGGAUAUAUUGUAGAAAAGAAAGAACUACCAGAUGGUCGCUGGAUGAAAGCAAGCUUUACAAAUGUGUUAGAAACAGAAUUUACAGUAAGUGGUCUUGUUGAAAACCAACGAUAUGAAUUUAGAGUAAUAGCAAGAAAUGCAGCAGGCUGCUUGAGUGAACCAUCUGAAAGUACAGGGCCCAUUACUGCCAGAGAUGAAAUUGAAGCACCAGGGGCUUCACUGGAUCCUAAAUACAAAGAUGUCAUUGUUGUUCAUGCUGGAGAAACCUUCGUUCUUGAAGCUGAUAUCCAUGGCAAACCUAUUCCUGACAUUACAUGGUCAAAAGAUGGUAAAGACCUUGAAGAAGCAACUGCAAGAAUGGAAAUUAAAUCUACCAUAGAGAAAACAACUCUUACUGUCAAAGACUGUAUAAGAGUAGAUGGAGGUCACUAUACCCUUAACCUCAGGAAUGUUGCUGGCACAAAAUCUAUACCAAUCACUGUAAAAGUGCUUGACAGGCCAGGACCUCCAGAAGGACCUUUGAAGGUUACAGGUGUCACUGCAGAAAAAUGCUACUUGGCAUGGGCUCCGCCUUUACAUGAUGGUGGUUCUAGUAUCUCGCAUUAUAUCAUUGAGAAGAGAGAGACAAGCAGGCUUUCAUGGACACAAGUAGCAACAGACGUGCAGGCUCUUAACCACAAAGUAACCAGACUCCUUGCUGGCAACGAGUACAUUUUCCGUGUAAUGGCAGUGAACAAAUACGGAACUGGAGAACCUUUGGAGUCUGAGCCAAUUGUGGCUCGUAAUCCAUACAAACCCCCUGGUCCUCCUUCAACACCUGAAGUUUCAGCAAUCACAAAAGAUUCUAUGGUGGUAACAUGGGGUCGCCCAGAAGACGAUGGGGGAGCUGAAAUUGAAGGCUACAUACUUGAAAAACGAGAUAAAGAUGGUAUCCGGUGGACCAAAUGCAAUAAGAAAAGGCUGACAGACUUGCGAUUCAGAGUAACGGGUCUUACCGAUGGACAUUUCUAUGAAUUUAGAGUUUCUGCUGAAAAUGCUGCAGGGGUAGGGGAACCCAGUGAGCCAUCCAUUUUAUAUCGUGCUUGUGAUGUAUUAUAUCCACCAGGUCCACCAAGCAAUCCAAAAGUUACAGACACUUCCAGGUCAUCAGUUUCCCUUGCCUGGAGUAAGCCCAUUUAUGAUGGUGGUGCUCCAGUUAAGGGAUACGUAGUAGAAGUAAAAGAAGCUGCUGCUGAUGAAUGGACUACCUGCACUCCACCAACAGGCCUACAAGCAAAACAGUUCACUGUAACAAAACUUAAAGAGAACCAGGAGUAUAACUUCCGAAUCUGUGCCAUCAAUUCAGAAGGAGUAGGAGAACCUGCUACUAUACCUGGUACAGUCAUAGCAGCAGACAAGAUUGAACCUCCUGAAAUAGAACUUGAUGCAGAUCUCAGAAAAGUAGUCACUGUACGUGCUAGUGGUACACUACGCCUGUUUGUCACCAUCAAAGGAAGACCAGAACCUGAAGUUAAAUGGGAAAAAGCAGAAGGAACAAUUAGUGAGCGAGCUCAGAUUGAAGUCACCAGUUCCUACACAAUGCUGGUCAUUGACAAUGUGAAUAGAUUUGAUAGUGGUAGAUAUAAUCUUACUUUAGAGAACAACAGUGGUAAAAAAUCAGCUUUUGUUAAUGUCAGAGUGCUUGAUACACCUAGUGCACCUAUAAACCUAACAAUCAGAGAAGUGAAAAAAGAUUUUGUAACAUUAGCAUGGGAACCGCCACUUAUUGAUGGUGGAGCUAAAAUUACCAACUAUGUUGUUGAAAAGCGAGAAUCCACGAGAAAGGCAUAUGCCACAAUUACAAACAACUGCACUAAGAACUCCUUCAAGAUUACUCAACUACAAGAAGGAUGUAGUUACUACUUCCGUGUUCUAGCUGUAAAUGAAUAUGGGGUUGGCUUACCAGCAGAAACACCUGACCCAAUUAAGGUUUCUGAACCACCUUCUCCACCUGCAAAGGUCGUUCUUGUUGAUGUGACUCGCAACUCUGCUUCAAUUAAAUGGGAAAAGCCAGAGAGUGAUGGUGGCAGUAAAAUUACUGGUUAUAUAGUAGAAAUGCAAACUAAAGGAAGUAUAAAAUGGAGUGCAUGUACACAGGUGAAAACAUUAGAAGCAACAAUAACAGGCUUAAGUAUGGGAGAAGAGUACAGUUUCAGAGUGAUUGCUGUUAAUGAAAAAGGAAAAAGUGAUCCAAGAGAACUUGGUGUCCCAGUCAUUGCAAAAGAUAUUGAAAUCCAGCCAUCUGCUGAGCUUCUUUUCAACACAUUCACUGUGAAAGCUGGAGAUGAUCUUAAGAUUGAUGUGCCAUUCAGAGGGCGACCUCUUCCAACCGUUAACUGGAAGAAGGAUGGGAAUCCCUUAAAAGAGACAACCAGGGUAAAUGUUCAGACAUCAAAGACUUCAACCUCACUGUCCAUCAAGGAAGCUUCAAAUGAAGAUUUGGGACAUUAUGAACUACAUCUUUCAAAUACUGCUGGAUCAACAACAGCUUCCUUAACUGUAGUUGUCCUUGACAGACCAGGACCACCAACUGAUGUGCAUAUUGAUGAAGUUAGUGCUGAUAGUGUAACUCUGUCUUGGAAACCUCCUGCAUAUGAUGGUGGAUGCCAUAUUAGCAACUACGUUGUGGAGAAGCGAGAAACUACCACAACAACAUGGGAUGUCGUAUCUGCAGCAGUUGCAAGGACAUCAAUUAAAGUACUUCGACUCACCACUGGCUCUGAGUAUCAGUUCCGGAUUUGUGCAGAAAACCGCUAUGGGAAAAGCACUUACACUAAUUCUCCUUCUGUUGUGGCAGAAUAUCCAUUUAAGCCUCCAGGACCACCUGGAACUCCUCAUGUGACACACGCAACUAAAGUUUUCAUGAUUGUAACUUGGCAGGUACCGGUUAAUGAUGGAGGUAGCAGAGUACUAGGAUAUCACUUGGAGCGUAAAGAAAGAAGCAGCAUUCUUUGGACAAAAGUCAACAAGAGCCUUAUACCUGAUACACAAAUGAAAGUUACAGGUCUUGAAGAAGGACUGCUGUACGAAUAUCGUGUGUAUGCUGAAAACGUUGCUGGAAUAGGCAAAUGCAGUAAAUCAUGUGAACCUGUUGCUGCAAGAGAUCCCUGUGAUCCUCCUGGUCAACCAGAAGUUACUAAUAUUACAAGAACAUGUGUCUCUCUGAAAUGGACUAAACCAGAAUAUGAUGGUGGAGCUAAAGUAACAGGAUAUAUUAUUGAACGCAGAGAGAUACCGGAUGGUCGUUGGCUAAAAUGUAAUUUUACUAAUGUGCAAGAAACAUACUUUGACGUAAGUGGACUUACAGAAGACCAGCGAUAUGAAUUCCGUGUGAUUGCAAAGAAUGCUGCUGGACUUUUCAGUCAGCCAUCUGAAUCAACUGGACCUGUGACUGUAAAAGAUGAUGUAGAGGCUCCAAGAAUUAUGAUGGAUGCCAAAUUCAGGGAUGUAGUUGUGAAAGCUGGAGAAGUGUUUAAAGUCAAUGCUGAUAUUGCAGGACGACCAAUACCAGUGAUUUCAUGGACAAAGGACGGCAAGGAGCUUGAAGGAAAAGCUAGAGUUGAAAUAGCCUCAACAGAUCACACUACUGCAAUAACAAUUAAGGACUGUAUCCGGGGUGAUUCAGGACAGUAUGUACUAACAUUACAAAAUGUUGCAGGAUCAAGGUCUUUGGCAAUUAAUUGCAAAGUACUUGAUAGACCUGGCCCACCUGCAGGCCCACUAGAAAUAAAUGGCCUUACUGCUGAAAAGUGCCAUUUAUCAUGGGGACCCCCUCAAGAAAAUGGAGGUGCAGAUAUUGAUUAUUAUAUUGUAGAAAAACGUGAGACCAGCAGAAUUGCAUGGACACUUUGUGAAGGAGAGCUUAGAACAACAUCCUGUAAAGUGACAAAGCUCCUGAAGGGUAAUGAGUAUAUUUUCAGAGUGAUGGGAGUUAACAAAUAUGGCAUUGGUGAGCCUCUAGAAAGUGAUGCUGUCAAAGCCCUAGACCCAUUUACCAUUCCAAGUCCACCUACAUCUUUAGAGAUCACCAGUGUGAGCAAAGAUUCAAUAACUCUGUGCUGGGCAAGACCUGAGUCUGAUGGAGGCAAUGAGAUUUCUGGCUAUGUAAUUGAAAGGCGUGAGAAAACUAGCCUAAGAUGGAUUCGUGUAAACAAAAAGCCAGUUUAUGAUUUAAGAGUUAAAUCAUCUGGUCUCCGUGAAGGAUGUGAAUAUGAAUUCCGGGUUUAUGCAGAAAAUGCUGCUGGCCUCAGUCUUCCAAGUGAAACCACACCAUUGAUUCGGGCAGAAGAUCCAAUCUUCUUGCCAUCUCCCCCAUCUAAACCUAAGAUUAUGGAUUCCACAAGGUCAAAUAUCACAAUUGGGUGGACAAAGCCACUGUUUGAUGGAGGUGCUCCAGUAACGGGGUACACAGUUGAAUACAAGAAAACUGAUGAAACUGACUGGACAACUGCUAUUCAGAACUUAAGAGGUACAGAAUACACCAUAACCGGAUUAGCAUCAGGCUCUGAGUACGUCUUUAGAGUGAAAUCCAUUAAUAAAAUUGGUGUCAGUGAACCAAGUGAUGUCUCAGAACCUCAGGUGGCAAAAGAAAGAGAGGAAGAACCUGCCUUUGAUAUUGACAGUGAAAUGCGGAAGACUUUAAUUGUAAAGGCUGGUGGAUCAUUCACAAUGACUGUUCCUUUCAGAGGCAAACCAGUUCCAAAUGUAACGUGGAACAAACCAGACACAGAUCUCCGCACACGAGCAAGCAUUGACACUUCAGAUAAUUGCACAUCUCUUACUAUUGAAAAAGCAACAAGAAACGAUUCUGGAAAAUACACAUUAACAUUGCAAAACAUCCUGAACACUGCUACUUUGACUUUAAUUGUCAAAGUUCUUGAUACUCCUGGCCCACCAUCUAAUAUUGCAGCAAAAGACAUAACUAAAGAAUCUGCUGUGUUAUCUUGGGAUGUUCCUGAAAAUGAUGGUGGAGCACCUGUAAAGAACUAUGUUAUUGAAAAACGAGAAGCUAGCAAAAAAGCAUGGGUCACUGUGACAAACAAUUGUCAUCGCCUGUCCUACAAAGUGACUAGCUUGCAAGAAGGUGCCGUUUACUAUUUCCGGGUUUCUGGAGAAAAUGAAUAUGGUGUUGGAGUGCCUUCUGAGACCAAGGAGGGAACAAAAAUAACAGAAAAACCCAGCCCACCAGAAAAACUUGGAGUAACAAAUGUCACAAAGGACAGUGUCUCUCUUUCAUGGCUAAAACCAGAACAUGAUGGUGGAAGCAGAAUUGUGAGCUACCUCAUCGAAGCUCUUGAGAAAGGACAGCAAAAAUGGGUUAAGUGUGCAGUUGUAAAGACAACUCAUCAUGUUGUCCAUGGUCUUAAGGAGAAUGUUGACUAUUUCUUCAGGGUGUCUGCAGAAAACCAAGCUGGUUUAAGUGAUCCUAAGGAAAUACUACUCCCUGUUACAGUUAAAGAACAUUUAGAAUCUCCCGAGAUUGACAUGAAGGGCUUCCCGCAUAACACUGUAUAUAUUCGAGCAGGAUCAAACCUGAAAGUUGAAAUUCCAGUUUCUGGAAAACCAGUGCCAAAGGUGACAUUGUCUAGAGAUGGUGUUCCACUGAAACCUACCAUGAGGUUUCACACAGAAACCACUGCAGAAAGUCUCAUCAUUAACCUUAAAGAAAGUGUGGCUGCUGAUGCUGGCAGAUAUGACAUUACUGCUGCCAACUCAAGUGGCACCACAAAAUCAUUUGUUAAUAUCGUUGUGCUGGAUAGACCGGGUCCUCCUGUUGGUCCCGUUGUCCUUAGCGAUAUCACUGAAGAGAGUGUAAUGCUCAGGUGGCAGCCACCAGCUUAUGAUGGUGGAAGUCAGGUUACCAACUAUAUUGUACUGAAAAGAGAAACAAGUACUGCUGCUUGGUCUGAAGUGUCUGCAACUGUUGCUAGAACUGUUAUCAAAGUUAUGAAGCUCACAACAGGAGAAGAAUACCAAUUCCGCAUCAAAGCUGAGAAUCGCUUUGGCAUCAGCGAUCACAUAGACUCACAGUGUGUUGUUGUCAAGCUUCCUUACACUACCCCCGGCCCUCCUUCCACACCAUGGGUUACGAAUGUCACCCGAGAGAGUAUUACUGUUGGAUGGCAUGAACCAGUCACUAACGGUGGCAGUGCAGUCAUUGGAUACCACCUGGAAAUGAAAGACAGGAAUAGCAUAUUAUGGCAGAAGGCUAACAAGAUGCUCAUUCGCACAACUCACUUCAAAGUCACCACCAUCAGCGCUGGCCUUAUAUAUGAAUUUAGAGUUUAUGCAGAAAAUGCAGCUGGCAUUGGAAAAGCAAGUCAUCCUUCUGAUCCAGUCCUUGCAAUUGAUGCUUGUGAACCACCAAGAAAUGUUCGUGUCUCAGAUAUUUCCAAGACUGCUAUCACUCUGUCAUGGCAGAAGCCAGCAUUUGAUGGUGGUAGCAAGAUCACUGGAUACAUCGUAGAAAAACGUGAUCUUCCGGAUGGCAGAUGGACAAAAGCUAGCUUCACCAAUGUUAUUGAGACUCAGUUCACAGUAUCUGGUCUGACACAGAAUUCCCGGUAUGAAUUCCGGGUCUUUGCUAAGAAUGCUGUCGGUUCCAUUAGUAAUCCUUCAGAUGUUGUAGGUCCUAUCACAUGUGUUGAUACAUAUGGUGCACCUGAAAUCGAUGUGCCACCAGAAUAUACAGAAGUGGUGAAAUAUAAAGCAGGAACUUCUGUUAAGCUAAAACUAGGCAUCUCGGGCAAGCCUAUACCCACAAUAGAAUGGUUCAAAAAUGGCAACGAGGUACAAACCAGUGCACUAGUGUCUAUUGAAAACACAACAGAAUUUGCUUCUAUUCUCAUCAAGGAUGCAACUCGACUCAACAGUGGCACGUAUGAAUUAAAACUGAAGAAUGCCAUGGGUUCAGCAUCAGCCCAUGUUAGAGUACAGAUACUUGACAAGCCAGGACCCCCAACUGGACCUAUACAGUUUAAGACAGUCACUGCUGAAAAGAUUACAAUAAUGUGGGAGCCACCAGCAGAUGAUGGUGGUGCACCUGUAACACACUAUGUUGUUGAAAAGCGGGAGACAAGUCGGGUUGUAUGGUCUUUAAUUUCUGAAAAACUGGAGGGGUGUAUCAUAACUACAACAAAACUCAUCAAAGGAAAUGAAUAUGUGUUCCGUGUCCGUGGUGUGAACAAGUUUGGAGUUGGUGAUUCACUGGAGUCUGAACCCGUUGUAGCCAAAAAUUCAUUUGUUACACCUGGACCACCUAGUGUACCAGAAGUCACAAUGAUAACCAAGAAUUCUAUGACUGUUGUCUGGAAUAGGCCCACUGUUGACGGAGGCAGUGAAAUAUCAGGAUAUUUUCUUGAGAAGCGUGACAAGAAGAGUCUGAGUUGGUUCAAGGUUACUAAAGAAACCAUUCGGGACACCAGACAGAAAGUAACAGGUCUGACUGAAAACAGCGAAUACCAUUUCCGAGUUUGUGCUGUCAAUGCAGCUGGACAAGGUCCAUUCUCUGAAGCUUCUGACUUCUACAAAGCCGCAGAUCCUGUUGAUAAGCCAGGAUCACCAACAAAGCUGAAGGUUGUGGAUACAACCAAGACAUCUGUCACCCUUGGCUGGAUUAAACCUGCUUAUGAUGGAGGAAGUCCAAUUACCAACUAUGUGGUGGAGAAAAGGGAAGGUGAAGAGCAAGAAUGGACUGUAGUCAGUAGUAAGGGAGAAGUGAGGACAACUGAGUAUGUUGUAUCCCACCUUCAGCCAAGUGUUAACUAUUAUUUCCGUGUGUCUGCUAUAAAUUCUGCUGGACAAGGAGAGGCUAUUGAAAUGACGGAACCUGUUCAAGCUAAAGAUAUUCUUGUGGCACCAGAGAUUGAUCUGGAUGUUGCUCUCCGGACCUCUAUUGUUGCUAAAGCAGGUGAAGAUGUGCAAAUAAUGAUUCCAUUCAAAGGAAGACCUCCUCCAACAGUCACAUGGAGAAAGGGUGACAAAAAUCUUGGGACUGAUGGAAGAUAUAUUAUCCAGAACACAGAAUCAUCUACACUACUUACUAUUCCUCAAGUUACCCGAAAUGAUACAGGAAAAUAUGUUCUUACAAUUGAAAAUGGAGUUGGAGAAGCGAAAUCAUCAUUUGUGAAUGUAAAAGUACUUGACACACCAUCUGCCUGCCAGAAGCUGCAGCUAAAGCAUGUUUCUCGUGGCACAGUUACACUGGUAUGGGAGCCACCUCUCAUUAAUGGUGGGUCUGAAAUCACAAAUUAUGUUGUUGAAAAAAGAGAUGCUACAAAGAGGGCUUGGUCAACUGUAACAACGAAGUGCUCUCAUACCACCUUUAAGCUAACUAACCUGUCAGAGAAGACUGCAUUCUUCUUCCGUGUUCUUGCUGAAAAUGAAAUUGGACUGGGUGAACCUUGUGAGACAUCUGAACCAGUGAAAGCUGCGGACAUACCUGGACCUGUAAAAGACCUAGCCAUGAAAGAUUCUACAAAGACUUCUGUUAAACUGCAGUGGAGCAAACCUGAUUAUGACGGUGGUAGCAUUAUAUCGGACUAUGUUAUUGAAAAGAAACUGCAGGAAGAAAAAGAAUGGACAUAUGCAGGCACAAGCAAGAGCUGUGAAUUUGAAGUUGAAAAACUUAAAGAGCUUUCUGUCAUGGAAUUCAGAGUCUUUGCUAAAAAUGAAAAGGGCAUGAGUGAUGGUGUUACUGUUGGGCCCAUUACAGUGAAAGAACAUAUAAUAACACCUGAGGCUGACCUUUCUGAUAUUCCUGGAGGUCAAAUUGCAGUAAGAAUUGGACAUAACCUACACAUUGAAUUGCCCUAUAAAGGUAAACCUAAGCCAUCAAUGAGCUGGCUCAAGGACAACCUCCCUCUUAAAGAAACUGAACAUCUUCGGUUCAAGAAAACUGAAAACAAGAUAAGCUUAAGCAUCAAGAAUGUGAAAAAGGAGCAUGGUGGCAAAUAUACUUUAAUUCUUGAUAAUGUAGUCUGCAGAAAAACAUUCACAAUCACUGUCAUCACUCUUGGCCCGCCAUCUAAGCCAAAAGGACCUUUAAGACUAGAUGAAAUCAAAGCAGAUAGUGUAGUUUUGUCAUGGGAAGCUCCUGAAGAUGAUGGGGGAGGAGAAAUUACUGGCUACAGUAUUGAGAAGAGAGAAACUUCACAAAUGAACUGGAAGCUGGUGUGUUCAAGUGCUGCAAGAACAACUUUCAAAGUACCAAACCUUGUUAAAGACACUGAAUAUCAGUUUAGAGUGCGUGCAGAAAACAGAUAUGGAGUGAGCCCACCUCUUGUCUCAGCAGAUGUUGUGGCAAAGCAUCAGUUUAGACCACCAGGUGCCCCAGGCAAGCCUGUUGUAUACAACAUAACCUCUGAUGGAAUGACCAUAUCUUGGGAUGCUCCCGUUUAUGAUGGUGGUUCAGAGAUUAUUGGAUACCAUGUUGAAAAGAAGGAGAGAAACAGUAUUUUGUGGCAGAAGGUUAAUGUUGCAUUAAUUUCUAGCAGAGAAUACAGGAUUACUGGACUGCUUGAGGGCCUGGAUUACCAGUUCCAAGUAUAUGCUGAAAACACUGCAGGUCUAAGCCGAGCUAGUGAGCCAAGCAAGUUUACUUUGGCAGUCUCUCCAGUGGACCCGCCUGGUACUCCUGAUCACAUUGAUGUCACCAGGGAAACAGUCACCCUUAAAUGGACCCCCCCACUGCGUGAUGGAGGCAGUAAGAUUGUGGCCUACAGCAUUGAGAAACGACAAGGAAGUGAAGACCGUUGGCUCAGAUGUAACUUUACUGAUGUCAGUGAAUGCCAAUAUACAGUUACAGGACUCAGUUCAGGUGAUCGAUAUGAAUUCAGAGUGCUCGCAAGAAAUGCUGUUGGUACAAUCAGCCCGCCUUCACAGUCUUCAGGCUAUAUCAUGACCAGAGAUGAAAACAUUGCUCCAACAAUUGAAUUUGGCCCUGAGCACUUUGAAGGCCUUACUGUUAAAGCUGGAGAGAGCAUUAAACUUAAAGCUCUAAUCAAAGGACGUCCAGUACCUAAAGUGACAUGGUUUAAGGAUGGUAAGGAGAUUGAGAAAACAAUGAAUAUAGAAAUAACUACAGCUAUUGGAUAUAGUACAAUCUUCAUUAGAGAUGCCUCCCGGGAUCAUCGUGGAGUAUAUACAGUAGAAGCCAAAAAUGCAUCAGGCACUAAACAAGAAGAUAUUACCUUCAGAGUACAAGACACACCAGGAAAAGUUGGUGGACCAAUACGAUUCACAAACAUUACCGGAGAAAAAGUCACUUUAUGGUGGGAGCCUCCAGCUAAUGAUGGUUGUGCUUCUAUUUCCCACUACAUAAUUGAAAAACGCGAAACCAGCAGGAUUGCUUGGGCAUUAGUUGAAGAUAAAUGUGAAGCUUGUACCUACACUGCACUUAAACUAAUUAAGGGCAAUGAGUACCAGUUCCGUGUCUCUGCAGUGAACAAAUUUGGAGUUGGCAGACCAUUGGAGUCUGAUCCAGUUACUGCACAAAUACCUUAUACUCUCCCUGAUGCACCAGGAACUCCAGAGCCUACCAAUGUAACAGGAGACAGCAUCACACUCACAUGGGCAAGACCACAAUCAGAUGGCGGAAGCGAGAUAAAUGAGUAUAUUCUAGAAAGGAGAGAAAAGAAGAGCAUGCGCUGGGUUAAAGUAUCCAGUAAAAGGCCCAUUACUGAGAACAGAUACAGAGUAACUGGCCUUAUUGAAGGCAAUGAGUAUGAAUUUCAUGUCAUGGCUGAAAACGCUGCAGGAGUUGGACCUCCAAGUGACGUUUCAAAGCUGAUUAAGUGUAGAGAACCAGUCAGCCCACCAAGCGCUCCUAAUGUUGUAAAGGUGACAGAUACAUCAAAGACUAGUGUAAGCUUAGAGUGGACCAAGCCAGUUUUUGAUGGAGGCAUGGAAAUAAUUGGGUACAUCAUUGAGAUGUGCAAAGAUGAUCUUGAAGCAUGGCAGAAAGUAAAUGCAGAGACUGUUAUUGCUACAAAAUAUACUGUUGUUGAUUUGGAGGCAGGAGAACACUAUAAAUUCAGAGUUAGUGCUGUCAAUGGUGCUGGCAAAGGAGAAAGUUGUGAAGUUGCUGCUUCAGUCCAAACUGUGGACAGGCUGUCUGCACCUGAAAUAGAUAUCGAUGCAAACUUCAAGCAGACUCAUAUCGUAAGAGCAGGUGCAAGCAUUCGGCUAUUUAUUGCCUUCUCUGGAAGACCUGUGCCUACUGCUGUGUGGUCCAAAGCAGAUGCUAAUCUUAGCUUGCGUGCUGACAUUCAAACAACUGAUUCAUUCAGCACAUUGACUGUGGAGGAAUGCAAUAGAAAUGAUUCCGGCAAGUAUGUCUUCACUGUGGAAAACAACAGUGGAAGUAAAUCUAUCACAUUUACUGUCAAGGUUUUAGACACACCUGGUCCACCAGGUCCUAUUACAUUUAAAGAUGUGACUCGAGGAUCUAUUACUUUAAUGUGGGAUGCUCCUGUUCUCGAUGGAGGUUCACGUAUUCAUCACUACAUUGUGGAAAAACGGGAAGCAAGCCGUCGUAGCUGGCAAGUGGUGAGCUCAAAAUGCACUCGACAAAUCUUUAAGGUCACUGAUCUGGCAGAAGGUGUACCAUAUUACUACCGAGUGUCAGCAGAAAAUGAAUAUGGUGUAGGUGAACCCUGUGAACUAACAGAACCAGUUGUAGCCACAGAAGAACCUGCUCCACCUAAGAGACUAGAUAUUGUUGAUACAACCAAAUCUUCUGUAGUUUUAGCUUGGCUUAAACCUGAUCAUGAUGGUGGUAGCCGUGUUACUGGAUACCUUCUUGAAAUGAAACAAAAAGGAUCUGACUCCUGGAUUGAAGCUGGACAAACCAAACAACUUACUUUCACUGUUGAAGGCCUUGUGGAGAACACUGAAUAUGAGUUCCGGGUCAAGGCAAAGAAUGACGCUGGCUACAGUGAGCCGAGAGAAGCUUUCUCUUCUGUUAUUAUUAAGGAGCCACAGAUUGAACCAACAGCAGAUCUCAGUGAAAUAAGCAGACAGCUCAUAACAUGCAAGGCUGGAAGCACAUUUACUAUCGAUAUACCAAUCAGUGGGCGUCCAGCUCCAAAAGUGACAUGGAAGCUUGAGGAGAUGAGGCUGAAGGAAACUGAGAGAGUGACCAUCAAGACAACAAAAGACAGAACCACGCUGACUGUAAAGGACAGUAUGAGAGGUGACUCUGGUAAAUACUACCUCACACUUGAAAACACUGCUGGUGUGAAAACAUUUACUGUCACAGUGGUAGUCAUAGGAAGGCCAGGCCCUGUCACUGGCCCAAUUGAAAUAUCAUCUGUCUCUGCUGAAUCCUGUGUGUUGACCUGGAAAGAACCUGAAGAUGACGGUGGCAGUGACAUUACAAACUACAUUGUAGAGAAACGUGAAUCUGGCACAACAGCAUGGCAGCUAGUAAAUUCCAGUGUAAAACGUACACAGAUCAAAGUCACUCAUCUCACAAAAUACCAGGAGUACAGUUUCCGAGUAAGCUCAGAAAACAGAUUUGGUGUCAGCAAACCCCUUGAAUCAAAAACAAUAGUUGCUGAGCAUCCAUUCGUCCCACCAAGCCCACCUACAAGGCCAGAAGUCAUUUCUGUGUCUGCAACUGCCAUGGCCAUCCGCUGGGAGGAACCCUAUCAUGAUGGUGGCAGCAAAGUCAUUGGAUAUUGGGUUGAAAAGAAGGAGCGCAACACCAUCCUUUGGGUGAAGGAAAACAAAGUGCCAUGCUGUGAAUGCAAUUACAAAGUCAUGGGAUUGGUGGAAGGACUAGAAUAUCAAUUCAGAACCUAUGCUUUAAAUGCUGCAGGUGUUAGCAAAGCUAGUGAAGCUUCCAGACCUGUAGUGGCUCAAAAUCCAGUUGAUCCACCAGGAAGACCAGAAGUAACAGAUGUCACCAGAUCUACAGUGUCGCUGAGCUGGUCAGCACCCCUUUAUGAUGGUGGAAGCAAAAUUAUUGGAUAUAUUAUAGAGCGCAAACCAUAUAACGAAUCUGGUGAUGGACGCUGGCUGAAAUGCAAUUACACCAUUGUCUCAGAAAACUUUUUUACUGUGACAGCUCUUAGUGAAGAUGAAGCAUAUGAAUUCCGUGUACUAGCAAAGAAUGCUGCUGGUGUGAUUAGCAAAGGAUCUGAAUCAACCGGUGCUGUCAUUUGCAAAGAUGAAUAUUCACCACCAAAGGCUGAACUCGAUGCCAGACUGCAGGGAGAAGUUGUGACCAUUAGGGCUGGAUCGGAUCUUGUUCUUGAUGCAGCCAUUGGUGGGAAACCAGAACCAAAAGUUUUCUGGUCCAAAGGUGACAGAGAAUUGGAUCUAUGUGAAAAGAUAUCUCUGCAAUACACCAGCAAACGAGCCAUUGCAAUUAUCAAGUUCUGUGACAGAAAUGAUAGUGGAAAAUAUACUCUAACAGUUAAAAAUGCCAGUGGGAUGAAACAAAUUUCUGUUCUUGUCAAAGUGCUUGACUCACCAGGUCCAUGUGCAGGUAGAAUCACUGUUAGCAGAGUAACAGAAGAGAAAUGUACUCUGGCAUGGAACAUUCCUCAGGAAGAUGGAGGUGCACCAAUCACACACUAUAUCAUAGAAAGGCGUGAAACCAGCAGACUUCACUGGGUUAUUGUUGAGGCUGAAUGUCAGACUUUAUCAUGUGUGGUAACAAAACUUAUUAAAAAUAAUGAAUACAUCUUCCGUGUGAGAGCUGUCAACAAAUAUGGACCAGGUGUUCCGCUUGAAACAGAACCUGUGAUUGCCAGGAAUGCUUUCACUAUCCCCACACAGCCUGGUGCUCCUGAAGAAGUGAGUGUCGGCAAGGAACAUAUCAUUAUUCAGUGGACGAAACCAGAAUCAGAUGGUGGCAGUGAGAUUCGGGACUAUCUUGUGGACAAACGUGAAAGGAAAAGUCUGCGCUGGACACGAGUGAACAGAGAUUACACUGUUUAUGAUACCAGAUUGAAAGUCACUGGUCUCAUGGAAGGCUGCCAGUACCAGUUCCGUGUCACUGCAGUGAAUGCUGCUGGGAACAGUGAGCCUAGUGAAGCUUCACAAUACAUGUUAUGUAAAGAACCAUCAUAUACUCCCGCACCACCUUCAGCUCCAAGAGUUGUGGAUACUACUAAGCACAGCAUAAGUUUAGCAUGGUCAAAGCCCACAUAUGACGGUGGUGCUGACAUCUUAGGGUAUGUUCUUGAAAUGAAAGAAGAAGGUACUGAACAGUGGUAUCGACCCCAUACAACUGCCACUCUGAGGAAUGCUGAGUUCACCGUGACUGGUCUUAAAACAACCCAGAAAUACCAAUUCAGAGUUGCUGCUACAAAUGUGAAUGGUAUGAGUGAAUAUAGUGAAUCAUCAGCAGAAAUAGAACCUGUGGAAAGAAUAGAAAUACCUGAGCUUGAGCUUGCUGAUGAUCUGAAGAAGACAGUUACAGUCAGAGCUGGUGGUUCCCUGCGCCUAAUGGUCUCUGUAUCUGGCAGACCUGCUCCCGUAAUCACGUGGAGCAAACAGGGUGUUGACCUUGUAAGUCGAGCUAUUAUUGAUACUACAGACAGCUACACUCUGCUUAUUGUGGAUAAAGUUAAUCGGUAUGAUGCUGGAAAAUACGUCAUCGAGGCUGAAAAUCAAUCAGGAAAAAAAUCUGCUACUAUUUCUGUAAAAGUGUAUGAUACACCUGGUCCAUCAGCUGCAGUGCGAAUUAAGGAAGUAUCAAAAGAUUCUGUGACACUUACUUGGGAUAUUCCAACCAUUGAUGGUGGAGCCCCAGUCAACAAUUAUAUAAUUGAGAAACGUGAAGCUUCCAUGAGAGCUUACAAGACUGUUACUACCAAAUGCAGCAAGACAUUUUAUAGAGUUACUGGACUUCUAGAAGGAGCUUUGUAUUAUUUCAGAGUUCUACCAGAAAAUAUUUACGGCAUUGGUGAAGCUUGUGAAACAUCUGAUGCAGUACUAGUAUCUGAUGUCCCCAUGGUACCACAAAAACUCGAAGUGAUUGACACCACUAAAUCAACUGUUACUCUUGCAUGGGAGAAACCACCACAUGACGGUGGCAGCAGAUUGACUGGCUAUGUUAUUGAGGCCAGCAAAGCUGGAACAGAAAGAUGGUUGAAGGUAGUGACACUAAAGCAUACUGUCUAUGAGCACACAAUUAUCUCUCUCAAUGAAGGUGAACAGUACUUGUUCAGGGUCCGAGCACAGAAUCAGAAGGGAGUGUCAGAACCACGAGAGAUUGUCACAGCAGUGACAGUACAAGACCAAAAAGUUCUACCAACAAUUGACUUUGCUGGAAUACCUCAGAAGACAAUUCAUGUACCUGCUGGCAAGCCCAUUGAGUUAGCAAUUCCAAUUGAAGGACGACCACCUCCAGCUGCAUCUUGGUUUUUUGCUGGUUCUAAACUAAAAGAAUCAGAACGCAUCAAAAUGGAGACUGUUGCCAAAAUGGCUAAAUUAACUGUGCGUGAGACCACCAUACAUGACACUGGAGAGUAUACGCUUGAACUGAAGAACACAACUGGAACAGUUACUGAUACAAUAAAGGUUAUAAUUCUUGACAAACCUGGACCACCUGUUGGACCUAUCCGAAUUGAAGAAGUUGAUUCAAAUUAUGUAACCAUCUCCUGGGAGCCACCUGAGCUGGAUGGUGGAGCUACCCUUAGUGGCUAUGUGGUAGAACAGCGCGAUGCUCAUCGUCCUGGAUGGCUGCCAGUUUCAGAGUCAGUAACCAGGACAAUGUUUAAGUUCACCAGACUUGUUGAAGGUGCAGAAUACGUGUUCCGUGUGGCUGCUACAAACCGCUUUGGAAUUGGAUCUUACCUGCAGUCUGAAAUUAUAGAAUGCAAGAGCAGAUUCCGUAUCCCUGGUCCUCCUGGCACUCCAGAAGUGUUUGAUAUCUCUCGAGAUGGCAUGACAUUAACAUGGUAUCCUCCAGAAGAUGAUGGUGACUCACAGAUUACUGGUUAUAUUGUGGAACGCAAAGAAGUUAGAGCAGAUAGAUGGAUCCGUGUAAAUAAAGUUCCAGUCACUAUGACUCGUUACCGUUCCACUGGGUUGGUUGAAGGAUUAGAAUAUGAACACCGAGUCACAGCAAUCAAUGCCAGAGGCACUGGGAAACCCAGCCGUCCUUCCAAGUCUGCUGUCGCCAGAGAUCCAAUCGCUCCUCCAGGUAAACCUCAGAAUCCAAGAGUCACUGAUACCACAAGAACAUCUGUCUCCCUGGCUUGGAGUCCACCAGAAGAUGAAGGUGGUUCUAAAGUCACUGGCUACUUAAUUGAGAUGCAGAAGGUUGAUCAAGUUGAAUGGACCAAAUGCAAUACUACACCAACCAAGAUUCGUGAAUACACCUUGACACAUCUCCCACAGGGAGCAGAGUACAGAUUCCGUGUGCUAGCCUGUAAUGCAGGUGGGCCAGGAGAACCUGCUGAAGUGCCAGGAACAGUUAAAAUAACAGAAAUGCUUGAAUAUCCUGACUAUGAACUUGAUGAAAAAUACCAGGAAGGUCUCAUGGUGAGACAAGGUGGAGUUAUAAGGCUUACAAUACCCAUUAAGGGUAAGCCCAUCCCAAUAUGCAAAUGGACGAAAGAAGGACACGACAUCAGCAAGAGGGCCAUGAUUGCGACUUCUGAUACUCACACAGAACUUGUGAUCAAAGAUGCAGAAAGAGAAGAUUCAGGCACCUAUGAUUUGGCACUUGAAAACAAGUGUGGCAAAAAAGCUGUAUAUAUUAAAGUCAGAGUGAUUGGCAUUCCAAAUCCACCAGAAGGGCCACUUGAGUAUGAUGAUAUACAAGCUCGUUCUGUCAGAGUAAGCUGGAGACCUCCUACAGAUGAUGGUGGUGCAGAUAUCCUAGGUUAUAUUGUUGAGAGACGAGAAGUACCAAAGACUGCCUGGUACACUGUUGACUCUAGAGUGAAGGGGACAUCACUAGUGGUGAAAGGGCUCAAAGAGAAUGUGGAAUAUCACUUCCGUGUUUCUGCUGAAAACUAUUUUGGUGUUAGCAAAUCUCUCAAAUCUGAAGAACCAGCAGUGCCAAAGACACCUCUAAAUCCUCCAGAGCCUCCAAACAACCCACCUGAAGUGCUUGAUGUUACAAAGAGUUCUGUCAACUUGUCCUGGUCCAGGCCUAAAGAUGAUGGUGGUUCUCGUGUAACUGGCUACUACAUUGAACGUAAAGAGACAUCUACAGAAAAAUGGGUGCGGCAUAAUAAGACACAGAUUACCACUACAAUGUACACCGUCACAGGACUUGUUCCAGAUGCUGAAUAUCAAUUCCGUAUCAUUGCUCAAAAUGACAUUGGUGAAAGUGAAGCAAGUCCUGCUUCUGAACCAGUUGUAUGCAAGGAUCCAUUUGACAAACCAAGCCAACCUGGAGAAAUUGAGAUCACUUCUAUAUUUAAGGACAGCAUCACAUUAGAAUGGGAGCGACCUGAAAGCGAUGGUGGCAAAGAGAUCCUUGGCUAUUGGGUUGAAUAUCGCCAGUCUGGAGAAAGCACCUGGAAAAAAUGCAAUAAAGAACGCAUCAAGGAUAGGCAGUUUACAGUAGGAGGUUUACUAGAGGCUACAGAAUAUGAGUUCCGCGUUUUUGCAGAAAAUCAGACUGGCCUCAGCAGGCCUCGAAGGACUGCAAUGGCAGUGAAAACUAAAUUAACAUCUGGAGAAGCACCUGCCAUAAGAAAAGAAAUGCAGGAUGUUACAACCAAACUGGGUGAAGCAGCUCAGCUGACAUGCCAGAUUGUUGGGAGACCUUUGCCUGAUAUUAAAUGGUACCGCUUUGGCAAAGAACUGGUGCAAAGCCGAAAAUACAAAAUGUCAUCUGAUGGACGCAACCAUACACUGACAGUAAUAACAGAUGAACAGGAGGAUGAAGGUCUCUACACUUGUAUGGCUACCAAUGAUGUCGGAGAAAUCGAAACUAGUGGCAAACUACUAUUGCAGGCUCCUCCUCAGUUCCAUCCUGGCUUCCCAUUGAAAGAGAAAUACUAUGCAGGUGCAGGUGGCACCCUCCGCCUUCACGUUGUGUAUAUUGGCCGACCAGUACCAGCAAUAACUUGGUUCCAUGGCAACAAACCUUUGAGAGGAUCAGAAACGGUUACCAUUGAGAACACAGAGCAUUAUACUCAUCUUGCUAUUAAGAAUGUCCAGCACAAGUCUCAUGCUGGGAAGUACAAAGUGCAACUCAGUAACAUAUUUGGAACUGUUGACACUGUACUUAACGUGGAAAUACAAGAUAAGCCAGAUAAACCGGUAGGGCCAAUUGUUAUAGAGUCUAUACUGAAGAAUUCUGUGGUGAUAAGCUGGAAACCACCAGAGGAUGAUGGAGGUGCUAUGAUAACCAAUUAUGUCAUAGAGAAACGUGAAGCCAAGGAAGGAGCAGAAUGGCAACUCGUAUCUUCAAGCAUUUCAGGCACAACCUGUAGAAUUGUUAAUCUAACUGAAAAUGCAGGCUAUUAUUUCCGUGUUUCUGCUCAGAAUACAUAUGGCAUAAGUGAAGCACUGGAGGUUUCAUCAGUUGUUGUUAUGAAGCCUCCAUUUGAAAAACCAGGACAACCUGGUCAGCCAGUAGCAAGUGCUGUCACAAAGGAUUCUUGUGUUGUCUCAUGGAAGCCACCUGCAAGUGAUGGCGGUGCAAAGAUUAGAACUUAUUAUCUUGAGAAGCGUGAGAAAAAACAAAACAAGUGGAUUUCUGUAACAACAGACGAAAUUCGUGAAACAGUCUAUUCUGUGAAAGAUCUUGUUGAAGGUCUUGAAUAUGAGUUCCGUGUAAAAUGUGAAAAUCUUGGUGGUGAAAGUGAGUGGAGUGAGGUAUCACAACCAGUCAUUCCAAAGUCUGAUGUACCGAUUCAAGCUCCACAUUUCAAGGAAGAACUAAGGAAUCUGAAUGUGAAAUUUCAAGCUAAUGCCACAUUUGUCUGCAAAGUCACUGGUCAUCCUAAACCAAUUGUCAAGUGGUACAGACAGGGCAAAGAAAUCUUGCCAGAUGGUGAAAAGAUCAAGAUACAGGAAUUCAAGGGUGGAUAUCACCAGCUGGUCAUCACAAACGUAACAGAUGAUGAUGCCACAGUAUAUCAAGUUAGAGCUACCAACCAAGGAGGAUCUGUGUCUGGCACCGCCUCCUUGGAUGUUGAAGUUCCUGCAAAGAUUCACUUGCCCAAGAAUCUGGAAGGCAUGGGAGCUGUUCAUGCCCUCCGAGGGGAAGUAGUGAGCAUCAAGAUUCCAUUCAGUGGCAAGCCUCACCCCGUGAUCACAUGGCAGAAGGGACAAGACCUCAUCGAUACGAACGGACACUACCAAGUCAUUGUUACACGAUCAUUCACAUCUCUUGUCUUCCCAAAUGGCGUUGACACAAAAGAUGCAGGGUUUUACAUUGUUUGUGCCAAAAACAGAUUUGGAAUUGAUCAAAAAACAGUUGAAUUAGAUGUGGCUGAUGUGCCUGAUCCACCAAGAGGUCUGAAGGUAACUGACAUUUCAAGGGAUUCAGUCAACUUAACCUGGAAUGAACCAGCUACUGAUGGUGGAAGCAGAAUCAUAAACUACAUUAUUGAGAAACGUGCUACAACAGCAGAGCGAUGGAUUCGUGUUGCACAAGCUCGUGAAACACGAUACACAGUGGUGAACCUAUUUGGCAAGACCACUUACCAGUUCCGUGUGAUUGCAGAAAACAAGUUUGGCCAAAGCCAGCCUUCUGAACCUACUGAUCCAAUCAUAACAAAGGAAGAUAAGACCAGAGUAAUGAACUAUGACGAAGAAGUUGAUGAGACCAGAGAAGUCACCACAGUUAAAGCAGCUCACUAUUCUACAAAGGAACUCUAUGACAAAUAUAUGAUUGCAGAAGAGCUUGGACGUGGGCAGUUUGGCAUUGCACACCGCUGUGUUGAGGCAGUUUCAAAAAAGACUUACCUGGCCAAGUUUGUCAAAGUAAAGGGUGCUGACCAAGUUUUGGUAAAGAAAGAAAUUUCCAUUCUAAACAUUGCCAGGCACCGAAACAUCCUGUAUCUUCAUGAAUCAUUUGAGAGCCUAGAAGAAUUGGUUAUGAUCUUUGAAUUCAUUUCUGGAGUUGACAUCUUUGAAAGAAUCAGCACAGCUUCAUUUGAACUGAAUGAAAGAGAAAUAGUAAGUUAUGUACGCCAGGUCUGCGAUGCACUAGAAUUUUUACAUCGCCACAGCAUCGGACAUUUUGAUAUUAAACCAGACAAUAUUAUUUACUUCACAAGGAGAAGCUCUGUAGUUAAAAUUGUUGAAUUUGGUCAAGCCAGGCAACUGAAGCCUGGAGACAGCUUUAGACUCCAGUUCACUUCUCCUGAAUAUUAUGCACCUGAAGUACAUCAUCAUGAUUUGGUCAGCACAGCUACUGACAUGUGGUCAGUGGGUGCUCUAACAUAUAUACUUCUCAGUGGCAUUAACCCUUUUGUUGCUGAAACAAACCAACAAGUUAUUGAAAAUAUUCUAAAUGCUGAGUACAACUUUGAUGAUGAAGCAUUCAAAGAAAUAAGCAUUGAGGCCAUGGACUUCAUUGAUCGCCUACUAGUAAAAGACAGAAAAGCUCGGAUGACAGCUGCUGAAGCACUUAACCAUGUCUGGCUAAAACAGCAGACUGAAAAGACCAGAACUAAAGUCAUCAAGACCUUGAGGCACAGGCGUUACUACCAAACUCUAGUAAAGAGAGAGUGGAAUACAGUUGUGUCAGUAGCCCGCAUUUCCUGCGGAGGCGCGAUUAGGUCUCAGAAAGGUGUAACGGUGGCUAAAGUUAAAGUUGCACCAAUAGACAUUGGUCCCAUUGCUGGACAGAUAAAGCAUACUGUUGCAGAAGAAGGAGGGCAUGCAAAAUAUGUAUGUAGGAUUGAAAACUACGAUCAGUCCACACAAGUCACAUGGUACUUUGGUAUGAGGCAAUUAGAAAGCAAUGAGAAAUAUGAAAUCAAAUACGACGAAGGUGUGGCAACCAUGUAUGUCAAAGACGUUUCUAAAGCUGAUGAUGGUACCUACAGAUGCAAGGUAGUAAAUGACUAUGGUGAAGACAGCUCUUAUGCAGAACUUUUUGUUAAAGGUGUGAGAGAAAUUUCUGAGUACUACAGAUGCAGAACUGUUAGGAAAGUGAAACGACGGGUUGAUACUAUGAGACUAUUAGAGCGUCCACCAGAAUUUACUCUUCCUUUGUAUAACCGCACUGCAUAUGUUGGAGAAAAUGUCAGGUUCGGAGUAACUAUAACAGUUCACCCAGAACCUCGCUUAACAUGGUUCAAAUCAGGCCAGAAAAUCAAACCUGGUGAUGAUGACAAGAAGUAUACUUUUGAAUCAGACAAGGGUCUUUAUCAACUUGUCAUCAACAAUGUCACUGAAGAGGAUGAUGCUGAAUACAGUAUUGUGGCACGCAAUAAAUAUGGUGAAGACAGCUGCAAAGCUAAGCUGACUGUGAUUCCACAUCCACCUCCAGCAGAUGCCACACUAAGGCCAAUGUUUAAAAGACUGCUGGCAAACGCUGAAUGUCAAGAAGGCCAAAACGUCAGUUUUGAGAUCAGGGUAUCUGGUGUACCAAAACCAACGCUGAAAUGGGAGAAAGAUGGUCAACCUCUAUCCUUUGGUCCUAACUUUGAUAUAAUUCAUGAAGGUUUAGAUUAUUAUGCUUUGCAUAUCAGAGAUACUUUACCAGAAGACAGUGGUUAUUACAGAGUUACUGCUACAAACAGUGCUGGAUCUACAAGCUGUCAGGCUUAUCUAAAAGUUGAACGCUUGAAAUACGUCAAGCGUGAGUACAAGACUGAAGAAGAGCGGGAGAAACAUGUACAGAAGCAAAUUGACAAGACCUUACGAAUGGCAGAAAUCCUUUCUGGGGUCGAAGCUGUUCCACUGACACAAACUGCACAAGAGGCUCUCAGAGAAGCUGCUAUCUUAUAUAAACCAGCUGUUAGCACUAAGACCGUCAAAGGUGAAUAUGAAAUUAAGAAAGAAGAAAAGAAGGAAGAAAGAAGACUUCGUAUGCCAUACGAGGUCCCAGAGCCUCGCAAACAUGUGCGCACCUCUCUUGAGGAAGAUCAGAGCAUUAAAUACUUUGUGCCUCUGUCAGACAUGAAGUGGUACAAGAGGCUGCGAGACCAGUACGAAAUGCCAGGAAAACUUGAGAGAACUGUUCAGAAGCGCCAGAAACGCAUACGUCUUUCCAGGUGGGAGCAAUUCUACGUGAUGCCACUGCCACGCAUUUCUGAUCAGUAUAAGCCCAAAUGGCGCAUACCAAAGCUAACACAAGAUGAUCUUGAAAUUGUGAGACCAGCACGUCGGCGUAUCCCAUCUCCAGACUAUGAAUAUUAUUACAGACCAAGAAGGCGAUCCCUUGGUGACUUGUCUGAUGAGGAAUUGCUCCUGCCUAUUGAUGACUAUUUAGCCAUGAAGAGAACCGAAGAGGAAAGACUGCGCCUUGAAGAAGAGCUGGAGUUAGGCUUUUCUGCUUCCCCACCAAGUAGAAGCCCCCCACGUUUUGAACUGUCUGCGCUUCGGUAUUCUACUGCAGGAGCACAGGUCAGUUCAGAGGAAGAAAGAAAAAGGGAACUGAGGUAUUCAAGCUAUCACAUCCCAACUAAAGCUGAGACCAGUGCAAGCUAUGCAGAGCUUCGUCAACGCCAUGACAGGGCUGCCUACAGACCACCUAAACAAAAGCAAAGGAUAAUGGAUGAAAGAGAGGAUGAAGAAUUGCUCCGUCCUGUUGGCACUGCUCAGCGACUCUCUGAAUACAGGAGUGAGCUCGAAUAUAUGGCAGAGGAGGAAAAGAGUAGACUCAGGAGAAGGAGGGAAAGAGAAAUAACUGAGAUCACAUCAGAAGAAGAAGAAGAAAUAGAAAUGGUGCAACACGUUCACAGGGAAUUUUCACCUCCCUCUAGACUACUGAGAAGACGACGAUCUCUUUCUCCAACUUACAUUGAGUUGAUGCGUCCUGUAUCUGAAUUAAUUCGACCCCGCUCACGGCCUCCUGAAGAAAGUGAGAGAAGAUCCCCAACACCAGAGAGAACUCGACCACGCUCACCUAGCCCAGUUUCUAGUGAAAGAUCACUCUCUCGGUUUGAGAGAAUGGCAAGAUUUGAUAUAUUUUCUAGAUAUGAGUCCAUGAAAUCUGCUUUGAAAACUCAGAAAACUAUGGAAAGGAAAUACGAAGUUCUGACUCAGCAGCCUUUCACCCUUGACCAUGCUCCUCGCAUCACCCUGAGAAUGCGCUCACACCGGGUACCGUGUGGCCAUAAUACCAGGUUCAUUCUAAAUGUUCAGUCAAAACCCACUGCUGAAGUGAAGUGGUACCAUAAUGGUAUUGAGCUCCAGGAGAGCAGUAAGAUACAUUUUACUAAUACCAGUGGUGUAUUAACUCUGGAGAUUCUCGACUGCCACAUUGACGACAGUGGGACAUACCGGGCUGUAUGUACAAACUACAAAGGGGAAUGCUCUGAUUAUGCAACACUUGAUGUUACUGGAGGAGAUUACACUACAUACUCUUCCCAGAGGAGAGACGAAGUAGUACCAAGGUCAAUUUUACCUGACUUGACAAAAACAGAGGCAUAUGCAGUCUCCUCAUUUAAGAAAGCAUCUGCUACAGAAGCAAGUUCGUCAGUAAGAGAGGUCAAAUCAGAAAUGUCAGCAACAAGAGAAUCACUUUUGUCAUAUGAACAUUAUGCUGCUUCUGAAGAAAAAAUUGCUGCAGCUGAAGAAAAAUCAUUGGAAGAAAGGACUGUACACAGGGCAUUUAAAAGCACUCUACCAGCAACGAUCCUUACAAAACCACGGUCAAUCACAGUUUCUGAAGGGGAGAGUGCAAGAUUUUCCUGUGAUGUUGAUGGUGAACCAGCACCAACAAUAACAUGGUUCCGUGCAGGUCAACCCAUUGUUUCUUCGAGGCGUUUCCAAGUAACACGAACACAGUACAAGUCUACCUUUGAAAUUUCUUCAGUCCAAAUGUCAGAUGAAGGAAGUUACACUGUUGUGGUGGAGAACUCUGAAGGAAGACAAGAAGCACAUUUUACUUUGACCAUUCAAAGAACAAAAAUUCCCGAAAAAACAAUUACAUCACCUCCAACAGUCAAAUCUCCUGAGCCUCAUGUGAAGUCUCCAGAGCCAGUUAAGUCUCCUAAACGAGUGAAAUCUCCAGAACACAUCAGUGGCCCCCCAAAAGGAAAGUCACCACCUGAAGACAAAACAGUACCAGCAGAGAAAGUACAAUUACCAACUGCUUCUCCACCAAAGAUAAAACAGCAUCUGAAAGCAGAAACUCUUGGAGAUAAGGUGAAGUUAUCCUGUGCAGUUGAAAGCACUGUUUUAAGUGUCAGAGAAGUGGCUUGGUAUAAGGAUGGCAAAAAACUGAAAGAAGACCAUCAUUUCAAGUUUCACUAUGCAGCAGAUGGCACCUAUGAGCUCAAAAUCCAUGAGCUCAAGGAAUCUGAUAAAGGAGAAUACACCUGUGAAAUUAUUGGGGAAGGAGGUGUUUCAAAAACUAAUUUCCAGUUUACUGGCCAAGUAUUUAAAAAUAUCCAUUCCCAGGUAAAAGGUGCAUCUGAAACUCAUAAAUCAGUUCAGAAAGAAGAUGAGGUGCUUACAGUUUCUACCCAGAAGAAAUCAGCAGCUGCAACGGAAGAAAAAGCAGCAGUUCAAGAAGUAAUUAAAAAGUCAAUUGUUACUGAAGACAUCAAACAAUUAAAAGCAGAAAUCAAAGCUUCAACUAAAAUGACAGUGUCUGAAGGGCAGAAAGUGACACUGAAAGCCAACAUUCCUGGUACCUCUGAAGUAAAAUGGGUGCUGAAUGGAGUGGAGCUGAGAAAUUCAGAUGAUUACAGAUAUGGUGUUUCUGGAAGUGAUCACACACUCACUAUCAAAAAGGCUUGUAAUAAAGAUGAAGGCAUACUCACCUGUGAAGGUAAAACUGAUGAAGGUAUUAUUAAAUGCCAGUAUGUUCUGACCUUUUCGAAAGAGCGCUCCAGCGAACCAGCAUUUAUCAUGCAGCCUAAGUCUCAAAAUGUCAAUGAAGGACAAGAUGUAUUGUUCACCUGUGAAGUUUCUGGGGAUCCUUCUCCUGAAAUUGAGUGGUUUAAGAAUAACCAACCCAUUGCUGUUUCAUCGCAUAUCAGAGUAACACGCUCUAAAAACAUAUAUUCUCUUGAGAUUCGAAACACAGCAGUGAGUGACACCGGAAAAUACACAGUCAAAGCAAAAAAUUACCAUGGGCAGUGCUCUGCUACAGCGUCUUUGACUGUACUCCCUCUAAUUGAAGAACCUCCAAAAGAGGUAGUAUUGAAGACAAGUGGCGACGCAAGCAUGCACGAAAGUUUUUCUUCUCAGUCCUUUCAAAUGGCUUCUUCUAAACAAGAGGCUUCAUUCAGCAGUUUCAGCAGUAGCAGCAUGACUGAAAUGAAAUUUGCAAGCAUGUCUGCCAAAAGCAUGUCUUCCAUGAAAGAAUCCUUUGUAGAGAUGAGCUCCAGCAGUAUUAUGGGGAAAUCUAGUAUGGCUCAACUGGAGAGUUCAACUAGUAAAAUGCUUAAAUCAGGUCUGAGAGGAGUGCCACCCAAAAUUGAAGCUCUCCCAUCUGAUAUCAGCAUUGAUGAAGGAAAAGUUCUCACACUAUCUUGUGCCUUUUCGGGUGAACCCACUCCUGAAAUAACAUGGUACUGCAGAGGGAGAAAAAUUACCAGUCAGGACCAGCAAGGCAGAUUCCACAUUGAAACCAGUGAAGAUCUAACCACCCUGAUCAUAAUGGAUGUCCAGAAGAACGACGGUGGACUUUAUACCCUGAAUUUAGGAAAUGAAUUUGGUACCGAUUCUGCCACUGUGAAUAUUAAUAUUCGAUCAAUUUAGAGAGCUUGAUCUGUAUUAUUUACACUUGUCUUUUUACAAGUGAUUCAUAUAUGGACUGAAAUAUCUGAUCUGUAAAUAUAAAAAAAAUAUUUUUGUACCUACCUGAAUGAGACAAAGUCCAGAGCUAUACGUUAUGACUUAUAGUCAUUAUUGACCUAAGAAUUUUAAACACUUUUUUCACUGACAUGUACAUACUGUAUAUAGCCGAAGUUAACGGUUAUGAAGUUUUGUACCAUUUGUUUUAUGACAUUUUGAAACGUAACUUUUGGAACUAACAGUUGGUAGGAGAAAGUUUCCUAGCAAACGACUACCCUGCUCAACAUAUAACUAAUUUUUGCGCCUCAACUCAUUGUUGAUGUCUAAGAAUGCCUCAACAGGUAGAGAGGCUCCCUGUUGAAGAUUACCUACACCUAAGAGAUGUUACUGUGCAUAGUAUUUCAUACAUGCACAAAUAUUUAUGUUGAAUCAGAAAUGUAAGGCAUUGGUGAUGCUUGCAAUUACCCUCCUGUAAGCAUUGCUCUAAUGUUUUACAUUAGAUCUGAUUAUGUCAUAAUUUCCAUACCUGACUGACAAUUUUUGGACAAAGUGCCAGCGGCCAGCACUUUGUUCACCCACUGUCUGCGUGCUGUUUCUGACAUAUUGACUGCCUGAAUAGCUUUUAAAAAGUAACAUCACCUGGCCAUCCCCUUAAUCAACGAAGCUAUUUAGGUACUCAAGUGCAGCAGCAGCACCCUCUCGGAGGUUCGUAGGGUGCAGUGAUUGAGUUUGUGUGGUAGUAUUAGACACCCAGUAGUCGCUUCCGGGCAACUAAGCAACGAACCACAGUUUGAAAACAAGCUGUUGUUACAACAUCAAAUACCGCCCUGCACUUCAAUUUGCUUUAGUUCUCCUUAGGUAGUAGUAAAUCUUGUUAGCUGUUGAACCUCCUUGAGAUAGAAUUGUUCAGUUGAAAUAAAGCAUGCUUUCUGCACCAUAAAA